GGACGGAGAGAGAGAGAGACACGUUACUUCUUCGGGAGACAUGAAUCAUCCCAGAAAUAACACCGCGCGAGGUCGUGGCAGCAGAGAGCAAGGCCGGCGCUGGCGCGGCUGGGCGCGUUUGCUCGGUCUCUCUCCCCCUCGCGCGCCCUGCCUGCGAAAAGAUGGCUGAAGCUGCUGGCGGCGGCGGCGGCGCCGGCUUUCUGGAGCAGCUCAAGUCGUGCGUCGUCUGGUCGUGGACGUAUCUGUGGUCGCUGUGGUUCUUCCUCAUGCUCUUCCUCGUCUACGUCCUGAGGGUGCCUCUGAAGAUCAACGACAACUUGAGCACAGGUAGCGAGCGACGACGCGCUUUUUGCAAAAAGCAAACCCCCCCCAAACUUGCAACUUUGCGCAGGGGGGGGGGGUGGGAAUACAACAAGGGCGCGCGCCACGGCUGGGCGGGAAAAGGCGAAGGGGCAACGGGGACGGCGGCGUCGUGCUGCAAACUUUUCCUGCCUCUCCCGUUGCUCUUUCCCUCUCCUCCCCACAGACUGGAAAACAGCAACAGCUGCGACACCCUUUCCUCAUAUUUCUUCACAUAGGCAUGCUUGGUUUUGGGGGGGAGGGUUGUGGUUGAGGGUCCGCCUGCUGCCCCCCCCCCCAGUUUCCAAACCCACCCCCUUUUUUUCAGUCUGAUGCGCCCGCCCCCCUUCUUGCAACCGGGCGCUAUGAGGGCGGGUCGAGGACAAGGGACGUUUUUAGGGGAGUUUUAAUUUCCAGGCUCGCCAUACCCGUCUUUCCUCCUCGCCGCAAAAAUUGUUCAGCCCCGCUAAUAAAUGGUGGGUCGCUACAAAGAAGGGGGAAAGGAAGAAAGACGUUUAGUUGGAAGAAGAAGCGAUGCCUUCCUGCUCCUCGUCAGGACUUGAGGCGGGGGGAACCUCACAUGCAGAAGGCGGGAAUAAUUUGGGCAAAGGCAUCUCCGCCCUCUUUCUCAAUGGAAGAUGCACGUUAUAUAGAGGCAUCUCCUGGGUCCCAGCUGUGAGGAGGUACUAGCAGACCGUCUUAAAAAGAAGAAGAAAUAAACAUUGUAUUUGCUAGGUCAGAACAGAAGGCUGGUCUUUUAUGGCUUCCCUCUGAAGGCUCAUGAGCGGAACGGGAAGGUGUGAUGGUGAGAUCCUGAACUCUCCUCUUCAGAAGUACCUGCAAGGUGUACUGCCUUGCAGUUGUCGAUAGGGCCACAGAUUCCCCACCCCUGAUAGCUCUAUGUUGCUGGACCACAACUCUUCAUUGCCCUGUGGGGCAAUAUAACCAUUGUGGGUUAAGCUGACUAAUGAAAAUGAAAUGGCUAAUGGGAGCUUGAGUCCCUCAACAUCAGAAGCACUUCAGGUUCCCCAUCUCCGCUCUGUGGAUUUCGCCUGUCCUUCCUGAACGCUUUUCUAGCCUAAAGGUCAUAAUUGUGAAUUUAAUCAUUUUCCACCUCGCCUGCUGUUUUGUUGCUUGUUUGGCCCGGUGGUAGAGAGGCCCCUUCAGAGCUUUUGACAGCUUGUUUGGGAUUUUAACAUAUUGAAUGAUCUGGUGUCAUUCACAAACUUGAGUCUUUCCCUAAUUUGUCCCAACUUCAAAUAAUGUAUGACUGUUAAAUUGCUCCAGUGCAGAUUCACUCUUUGGUUUUUCCUUCUUUGGGAAAUCUCUUCAUUUUUUUUUCUUUCUGCUUUCCUCUUUUUAGCCAAUAUUUGUUGUUUUAUUACUUAUUUUCUAGGUUAAUUUAUAUGCUGCUGUCAGAACAGUUACCAAUCCAUUAUUGCAAUUGGGCUUCUUCCCACAUAACCACUAAGUUUUCAGAAGAGCAUUUGAAGAGAGGUUUAGAUUAUUAUUUUUUUGAAAUUCCAAAUGUAUUGUAUUUUUUCCAUCUGCAUGUUUAUUGAUUCAAUUUUAAAAGAUGGAUUUGGCAAAAAUUCCUUUUGCAGAAGCCACACUGACUUUACCUCAGCAAAGCUUGUUCUUCUGUAUGCUCGAUAAUUCUAGCCUUAAUAAUGUUUUCCACCAAUUUAACUAGGAAAGGCUAUUAGAAAUCAGUGUUAAGUUUCCCCCUUCACCUGCUAGCAAGUUGGGUAUUACUUUGUAUUGCAGGGAGAAGCUAGAGAAUCUACUUUGCCAUUUCAGGUUGUUAGCACAAGUGGCAAUAAGAAAUUAGCAUGUUUGCAUUCCCCAAAUUCUUUAAUUCUAAUAUAAUACCAGUAAUAUUUGCUGGUGAAGGUAAUUUGUAGGGGCGAAUCAGUGGGUAAGAAGUAGGUUGCUAAACUGUAGCUUCGGACAGAAUUAUGGCUUCCCACAAACCAAGAAUUGAAGCUUCUAAGCUCCAUUCUAAUGUCCAGUGGAAAGAGAGGACAGAAUGCAGAGGUUUUGAGGCUGCUCAUAUUUGUUGUAAUGGCAAAGAAUGUUUGCUGUUAGUAUAGCUACUGUUUAUAUACGUGGCUUUUUGCAAACUGUACUGGCCUUGCUGCUUCCCCUUUUGGAGUGUUCACAUUUCAAACUGAUCUUGUUGGCCAACCAUCAAAAGCUAUGCAAGGUAGGAGAGAAUUGUAAAUGUUUUGGGAGGCACAUUCAAAUGGAACCGGCCUAGAGAUUUGCAGUAAGGUUCAGCUUCUUUUGCUUGUUGUAAAUGAGUAUUUUAAUUGGAGGAGGGGCACAUUUGUGUUUGAAGAAACAACAUGGGUGUAUUCUGUGAGUGCUGAUUUUGUAUUAUGCUUUAUGAUGUCGUCUUGAGUAUUUUUCAUGAAACAUAGGAAAAGAAAUAUGGAUUUGUACUUGUAAGCUUUUGUAUACAGAGAUGGGAAUGCUGAAUGUAGUGCUUUGUAGCUCAAGGAAAAAUGCAACUAAUCAAUCCAUGGUUCCUACAGAGAUUCCCCUGUACUCUGCUGUAGACUAAAACGUUUUAACUGUUUUUAAGUGCAAUAUACAAUGGGACAUUAGAUGGCAAUAGUGAUCCUUAUGGAAAAUUCAAUGUAUUUUAAAAAACUUUUUUUAAAAGCAUUUUCAGAACGUUUUUCAUAUGUGUGUAGAUUCCAUCAGGGGAGAAUUUGAGGAACUGCCUUAAAAUGGCUGUAUCUAAGAUUUUUUUUAUCAGAUUAUUCUGAAAUUUGUGAAGAGCUCACCAGGUAGGUCCUCCGUUGGGUGUAGUGCAAUAGCAUUGGAGGGUCUAGCCCCUAAUUUAUAAUAUUGGAUGACUGUUUGGGCCUCCCCUCUUAGCUAUGCAAGCACUAUAACACUUUGGUUUUCAACAACAGUUAUGAUUAGGUUUUUUUAGCUACUUGAUUGGAAGCCAAUCAGGCCCAGUUCUCACCGAGAUGAUUUAUGAAGCAACAUAUCCGUCAUGUAAAUCCCUGAUUGCACUAUGAAGCUUUCAUUCAGACACAGAUGUGCCAUGUAGUGAAAAUUAUACAUUAGUUGCAUCCAUUUUGUAAAGAGGAUAACUAUAUCCUUUUCAGCAAUUAAUAAAGGUAAAGGACCCUUGACAGUUAAGUCCAGUUGCAAACGACUCUGGGGUUGCGGCGCUCAUCUCGCUUUAUUGCCUGAGGGAGCCGGCAUACAGCUUUCGGGUCAUGUGGCCAGCAUGACUAAGCCGCUUCUGGCGAACCAGAGCAGCGCACGGAAAUGCUGUUUACCUUCCCACUGGAGCGGUACCUAUUUAUCUACUUGCACUUUUUGGUAUGCUCUCGAACUGCUAGGUUGGCAGGAGCAGGGACCGAGCAACGGGAGCUCAUCCUGUCGAGGAGAUUCAAACCACAGACUUUCUGAUCGGCAAGCCCUAGGCUCUGGUUUAGACCACAGUCAUCAUCAAAUGGAAUCAUGGUUGGCCUGUCAAGAAGUUCUAUUACCAGUUUCCUCCACAUACUUCCCUUACUUUCAGUUUUUAAAAUCAGAGGUCAAUUUUUACCAGUCUGGAAACUGUAUUGCCCAGCUAAGCAGUAUCUAUAGUAUCCUGUAGAAAUAGGUCUCAGAUAAGUGAUGGUAAGCAGAGGAGCCUUAAAUUUAUAACUUAUCGUAAAUUUCUGUAAUGCAGAUAUGAUAAUAAAAUAGAAAUUACAAAAUGUAUGAUGCAGAAUAAGCUUUGGAGUAUUAUAACUAUUGCCAGCAAGGAAAGGAAAAACAGCACAGUCAUUGUGUCAGGCAAGAAACUAAAAUAAGCACCCGAGAUGAAUGUGUUCUUGCCUUAGUCCAAAAUAACCCGCGUAUGUUCUUAGCCUUGAUAAUGUGCUAUGAGGUACAUAUUUUUAUUUUUUUAAUAAAAAAUCUGCUUAAAUUCAUCUUGGCCUUUUAAAACCCUGCUAUUUUUUAUCCUGGCCUUUUAUUCAGUCUCAUGUCUUCUUUUGUUUACAUGUAGUUAGAAAUUAACAGAGCAAUCCUAACUCCUAAUCCGCACAGCUGGCGGGGUUUUAAGAUUCUGCAAUGGUAUCCCUCUGCUGAGUUGUGUGUGAAUGUAGCUGUCACACUGGCUAUCCUUGCGGUCAACAAAACUGCUGCUGCUGGCACAGGAACCUGAAAUGUGUUUGAGGGUGCAGGCAGAACAAACCUAUUUAUGGAUCCAGUUGUGCCAGCCUGGAGCUGUUCCACACAACCUCCCACACUUACCUGGGAGUAAACCCCACUAAAUUCUUUGAAUUUAAUAGGACAUACUUCAGAGUAGAUAUGUUUGGGUUUGUGCUGUAAGAAUGCGAACUUACUGACCACAGUUCAGCGCAGGAUCCCUUAGGAAUCAACAAGCGUUUGUGUUGGAUGGUGGCCUUCCCUUCUUAAAGUCUAUUAAAAAUUUAAGGAUGCAAUUAGUCUUGCAGCAGAAAGGUUGUGAAAACCCAGACGAAAAGGCUCCUGAGAAGCUUUGGUUUCACAGGAAAGCUGAUAAAUCUAAAAUGUGACUUCCCAAAAAUAACCAUGAUGGUUUCAGUUGGUUUUGUUCCUCCCCCCCCCCAGACAAUAGCACCUCCUUUCUCUCUUUUAUGACUGUAAGUGAGAUUGCAUUCUGUGUUGCAGAAUAACAAAGCUGCUUUUAUUCAACAUUUGUUUAGUGCAGGGGUAGGCAACCUAAGGCCUGUGGGCCGGAUGUGGCCCAGUCGCCUUCUCAAUCCGGCCCACAGACUGGGAAUCAGCGUGUUUUUACAUGAGUAGAAUGUGUCAUUUUAUUUAAAAUGCAUCUCUGGGUUAUUUGUGGGGCUUGCCUGGUGUUUUUACAUGAGUAGAAUGUGUGCUUUUUUUAAAAAAGCAUCUCUGGGUUAUUUGUGGGGCAUAGGAAUUCAUUCAUUUGCACCCCCCAAAAAACUAUAGUCCGGCCCACCACAUGGUCUGAGGGACAGUGAACCAGCCCACGGCUGAAAAAGGUUGCUGACCCCUGGUUUAGUGCUUUUUUUAUUUUUAAUUUUUUUUAAUUAAUAUGUAUUAAAGUUUCAGAAAGAAUAAAAUCACAUUAAUAAACACAAAAAAUUUCACAAAGACAGAAAAAAAUACCCCAUACAAAAUACAGAGUACAGAAUAGAAAAAAGUAAAAAAAAGAAAGAAAAAGAAAAAAACAGUUAAAAAUAGUUCCGUCCUUUCAUAACCUCUUUUAAAUUUACUUGUUUCUCGGAGUUCCUCAUACCUCCCUCUUUUGUAUUCCAAUUCAGUUUGUAAACCCAGCAAUUUCUUACCCUCCUUUUUAAUUCCAAUUCUUAAUCUUAAUAUAUUAUGCCAUUAGAUUUUUACCUAUUUGAACCUAUUUUUCCAUUUCUCUUAGUCUGUUUGGUCCUAAUCCUUAAUCUUGAUACAUUUAUAACUUUAAAAUCUGUUCAGCUAGAAGCCACUUAACUUCAAUCCAACAUCACUCUAACAUUCAUUGAUUUUGCAGUAUUUCUGUAGAUAGUCUUUAAAUUUCUUCCAGUCUUCUUCCACCGACUCUUCUCCCUGGUCUCGGAUUCUGCCAGUCAUUUCCGCCAAUUCCAUAUAGUCCAUCAUUUUCAUCUGCCAUUCCUCCAGUGUGGGUAGCUCUUGUGUCUUCCAAUACUUUGCAAUAAGUAUUCUUGCUGCUGUUGUAGCAUACAUAAAGAAAGUUCUAUCCUUCUUUAACACCGAUUGGUCGACUAUGCCCCAGAGAAAGGCCUCUGGUUUCUUCAAGCAGGUAUAUUUAAAUACCUUUUUUAAUUCAUUAUAAAUCAUCUCCCAGAAAACCUUAAUCCUUGGGCACGUCCACCAAAGGUGAAAGAAUGUGCCUUCAGUUUCUUUACAUUUCCAACAUUUAUUAUCGUGCAAAUGGUAGAUGUUUGCAAGCUUAACUGGGGUUAUGUACCACCUGUAUAUCAUUUUCAUAAUAUUCUCUCUUAGGGCAUUACAUGCCGUAAACUUCAUACUACCCCUGGUUUAGUGCUAAUGCAGUAGAUGCUGACCAGGAAAACAAUGCAACGAAACAGACCGGGCACCUACAUUAAGCAAGAAGGACCAGGGUGAAUAGGAAAUGGUUAGCCGGUAGGGGGCAAAAUGGAGAAAAAGUCAGACUGUGGUGGAAAACAUUGCUAUUCGAGUUUCUUCAUGCAGCUUUGGAUUCAUGUAUGCAGCAGAAUUGAGAUUCCGACACCUGAGCUAGUGCAGAAUAAAAUGACAUUGAAUAGCAGGUGCCUUGUAAUAAAGUACCCGUGAAAACAAACAAAUGAAACAAAACAAGGAACUGGGGAUAUGAAAGUAGAGAUACACGAAUUCAAAAAAGUGGAGAGGACCAAGAAUUCUGACUGCAUACACACAAUACAUUUAAAGCACCUCCUCCUGAAAAUGGAGGUGACAUCAGUUUUAGCCCGAAAUACAGAAGGUAGCUCCUAGAUAUUUUCCCCCUGAAGAAAUACUUCCAUGCAUCACCCCCCCACCCCUUUGUCUGGUCCAGAAAUAGGAAACCUGAUGAAGUGUUUGGAUCUUGAGGACAGGGAGAAUUUAUAUUAUUUUAAUUUAUAGGCUGUCUCUUAGAGCAAAUCUAUCUUACAAGGCUGCUUACUUAAAACAACCAUAAAGUACAGUCUCACAUUUCAAUAAAAACAACUGGCAGCCUAAAACAAUUCACAGGCCAGUAACACGUCAUUAUAAUUAACUGAAACACCAUAUAAUUCCUUUACAGAGACGUAAUCUGAACUAAGUGGAGUUUUAAGGCCUGUUUAAAAGUCUGUACCAGUGGAGUCCAUAUGCAUAUCACAAUAAUAUUCUCUGGCGAUUGUGCAUAGGAUUGUUGACUUAGUGUAUUUAAGUAUACACUAUACAACAGGGCAAUAAGGAAAAACCUGAUUGUUUAUAAGUUAUCAUAAUCAAUACAUUCAUGUUCAAAACUUUCUGGAAAUGAGCUUAGCUGCAAACCAGCCUCUUAUGUUCUCUUGCUGUCUUUUGUAAUGCAAUUUAAGAAGAAGAAGAGGAGUUUCGAUUUGAUAUCCCACUUUAUCACUACCCUAAGGAGUCUCAAAGCGGCUAACAUUCUCCUUUCCCUUCCUCCCCAACAACAAACACUCUGUGAGGUGAGUGAGGCUGAGAGACUUCAGAGAAGUGUGACUGGUCCAAGGUCACCCAGCAGCUGCAUGUGGAAGAGCAGGGAAUCAAACCUGGUUCACCAGAUUACGAGUCCAUCGCUCUUAACCACUACACCACACUGCCUCUCAGUGUCUAUUUAUUUGGUGAACGUUUAAGGCACCCUGUGGUAUAAAACAGCCAGUUUCUAUCUCCAGCAUCUUCAGUUAGGGCUAGGAGAGUCUGAAAUCCUGGACAACCACUGCAAGUCAGUGUAGAUGAACGACACUGUGCUAGAUGGACAGUUGGUAGAGCUUGAUGCAAGGCAGCUUCCUAUGUUACUAGCUUUUUGAAUUAUGUGAUUAUUUUCUUCCGGACUUUUUUUUUUUUUUGCAUUAAGAGGUUCUGAAUGCGUUCUGCUUCCCAUAAAUAAAGCACAAUCUCUGUUAUGUUUCAUGCUGAAGGCUAAAAAGAUGUUUAUAAAUAACACAUCGGUCUAAGCUAAGGCCUUUCAGUUUGGCUUGAUUGCAGAAGCUUUCAAGGUGAAAUCAAGCUCUGCUGCAUUUGUGUCAUAAUAUUACUGUGAUAAUCCUAAAAAUGAGAGAUUUACAGCAUAUUUUAAUGCUGCUCCAAACUCCUGCUACAAUACCUGCCCCCCAUCUCACCUUCCUCAGUUUUUUCAAAUUCUUCCUCAUGACUUCCAAAUCCUUUCUUGACUGUUAUAAAACUCCAGUUUUGCCAUGUCUGUUUUCUGCUGCCAGUUAACCCAAACUUCUCUUUUGUCAAAUGCAGUCCUCUCCCUUGGUCUUUCACCAAAUAACACCAUAAAUAAGUCAUGUCGGAAAGUUAAUUCCAGAAAGUGAAAUCUUAGUGCUUUCAAAAUACUGUGUCUUUGUGUUGGUCAUGGGUUUUUGACUGCAGAUUCAAAAAUGCCUGAAGGCUGCAUCUUUAGCACCAUAUCUGUAAAUCUUGUGUGCAGGGCCUGAGAUUGCCUCUUAGGUGCUAUUUGGAUGUGAAUGUGUAACGAUAAAAGCAGCAGUUUUCCUCAGUAUAACCGAGUAUAAGCCAUUGUUGUUGUUUAGUCAUUUAGUCCGACUCUUCGUGACCCCAUGGACCAGAGCAUGCCAGGCACUCCUGUCUUCCACUGCCGCCCACAGCUUGGUCAAACUCACGUUCGUAGCUUCAAGAACACUGUCCAACCAUCUCGUCCUCUGUCGUCCCCUUCUUCUUGUGCCCUCAAUCUUCCCCAACAUCAGGGUCUUUUCCAGGGAGUCUUCUCUUCUCAUGAGGUGGCCAAAGUAUUGGAGCCUCAGCUUCAGGAUCUGUCCUUCUAGUGAGCACUCAGGGCUGAUUUCCUUCAGAAUGGAUAGGUUUGAUCUUCUUGCAGUCCAUGGGGCUCUCAAGAGUCUCCUCCAGCACCAUAAUUCAAAAGCAUCAAUUCUAUGGUGAUCAGCCUUCUUUAUGGUCCAGCUCUCACUUCCAUACAUCACUACUGGGAAAGCCAUAGCUUUAUGUAUAUGGACCUUUGUUGGCAAGUUGAUGUCUCUGCUUUUUAAUAAGCCAUUUGUAUAAGCUAAUCUGCCUCCGCUACUGGAAAAGUUUCACCUGUGCACCCGGGCUUGUUAUUUUUCAGGUUUUACCAGUGCCUCUCAAGGGUGGGGAAGAGGAGAAUGGUUAUUGUGGAAUUCGUUCCUUAUUCAUCUGUUUGGAAAGCCUUGGCUCUUGCGGUCAGGACAGGGACAGCAGGAUGGGGGAAGACAAACAAACAUGUAGGAAAAUUCUGUGUAUAGGAAUGUCAACAUCCCUUUCAUUCUCUGCUAUCUUCUCUUUGUCAGUCUGAAUGUGUGGUUAGGUUAUCCUGUCUGCUUUCUACUGCAUGUCUUGGCUGUUGGAACCAUCAGAGAUUCAUCUGACCUCUGCUGGAUUAAGGAGAGGAAUUCCUUUCCCCCCCUAGCCAAACAUACUGGCUGUGUUGCUUUUUCCAGAUUCCAUAAGUUAGGUAUCCAUCAUCUCAUUACAUUAUUAUUUAUUUAGAUUCAUUUCUUGCCAUCUCUUGGGUUUCAUUUCAUUUUCAUAGCAAACCCUGUGGAGUCAGUUGUUUUCGGGGAAGAGGAAAGGGGUACUCAUAAUUUCAUAAUUAUUUAAAUAAGUAAUAUGCUUACUGGUUUUAUUUUUUACCAGUAAUAUGCUUACUGGUUUAGGGAAAUUAGCCACAUGGCUUCUCAAAAUGGAGUUUGCUAGAACAAAGCUAAAGCACACAAGUUACAAGUUUUAUGCUCCAUAGAUCUCCUGGGCUCCUAUGAAAGGAUCAUUACAGGGCAGUCAUAAAUUUUACUCCACACUGUGUGGUACUACGCAGCAUUGCUAUGUGGGCUGAAACGGUACGUUUUUUGAAGGUGUUUUAACUAUCACUUUAGUAUAGCUCAACUGCUUCAGUUUAUGAGCAUCACUAUCUUUCACAAGUUAUGAUUUUUCCAGUUUCAAUACACCUCAUGGCAGAUGGUGUGAGACAAGACAGUCUUUAGAUGUUGAGCCAUUGUGUUCUGCUACUAGAUCCCAGGUAUGAUCUGAAGAUGCAUGAGGCAACUUACUACCUUGCAGAAGAUGAACAGAUCUAGGUGUGGUUAGUGACUAGACAGGAGACAUCUGUAUGCCAUGUCUUGGGCUCCAGGAAGGAAGAAGAGUGGAUGAUAAAUAUAGGAAAUAAAUUAAAUAAAAUAGAUGUUACCCUGUGUUUCCAUUGGGCCGGCUGCUAGCAGCACACAGCAAUGGUUUUGUAUACAAGUAAAGCAUAAUUGUUCGUUUUUUCUUUUAUACUGUUGUGUCAGAUUCAGGGUGGAUUUGAUUUAAAUCACAAUUUAAAUCACUAGUCAGUAAGACUUGAUUUAAAUCUCUCCCCCCCUCCCCCCGGAAAAACUCAUUCUUUCUGGUAUAAUCUUAAUAUUUACAAUCAGAUGAAGGUUUCAUUUUUGGAAUAAUAAAUUUUCAGAGUAGUUUUUACAGUUAUAUAAAAAAUUGCUGAUUUGGUUAUACUAUUAGAAAUACAUUGACAGAUAAUUAUGAAAUUACUGUGAUGUUUAAUAAGUUAACUGUUUAUAUUUGGAAAAGUUUUCUGCUGUACUUUAUUGGAAGGAGAAAAAUAAUCAUUUCCUUAACAACAAUUUAAACAAUUUAUUUAACUGAAACAAUAACAUUAUAGCAUAUGUAUCCAUGUUUGUUAACUGAUGUGGUUAAACGAUUUUUUUAAAAAAAAACAACCUUAGACUGAAUUUUAGCACACCUAAAAAAUUUAAAACAAAUCUUUAUUUCCUGAUGAAUAGCCUUUGGACUAUAAUGUAACUUAAAUAGAAAACUAUCUUUAGAAAUAUUUUCCUUCCAAAAGCAUUUUAUUUUAAAAAUCCAAUUUAAUUUUUUUAACAAAAUCCGAUUUAAAGGGGGGGGGGAAUGCAAUUUAAAUAAAAAAAAUUAUCCACCCUGGUCAGGUUAUUAUGUUGUAACUGAAAUAUUGUUUUCUGCUUCUGUGUUGGUGUAUGUGCAAACCUGGCCUUUUAAAACUAAUAAGCAAAAUACUGAAAGGGUUUGAAGGUAGGGAUUCACAACCUGUUAAAUGCAUUCCAUAUAAUUUAGAAUUUUUUAAAUCUUACAAAUGCUUUUGCCAUCUCUAAAGUUCGUCCGUGCUAAGUUUUGCACUCCUUAUGUUUCUCUCAAUAUACAGUCACUGUUUACUGACUGAAAUUUUAAACUCAUCAGUGGUGUUUGAAUUUAGAGGAGUAGCAUGGGAAUUUGAUUUAAGAACAGCUACAAGCCCAUUGUUUUUAACACUUACUCAUAUGUUUGGAUUACAUUUUAGGAGAUCCAUUUUAUUAUUUCCAUUAUGAGAGGGGAUGGAUAAGAAAUGUCAUAGUAAUGAGAGAGGAAUGGCCAAGCCUUAUACCAAACACUAGAGGUCAGCCUUUAAACACUAUAAAAUGCUAUAAAAUUCAGCUUCACUGACCUCUGGAGCUCAGGAAAGGUAAUUGACAGUGAAGGAUUAUGGGAGAUGUAGUACAAAAAUUGGUAGGGCAUUUGUGUUUGAAGUAGAAAGUGAGGGGGAAAUCAAUGGAAGCAGACAUUUUUCUUUUAAUUAUCAUAGUAGCUUAAAUGGGGAUCCCAGACAACUGUUUAUCAGGCACUGACCAGCCUAUCGCCUGCUUCAUUUUAAGACUGCAAUAGUCUCAUGUACCCACGGGCUAUGCCAUUCCAUCUGGUCAUAAUCCUACAGAAUACAGAUAUUGAUGGUAUAACUAAGCACUAUAGUGACAUUUCUCAAUAAGGGAAUGUCCAGACAGAAAAUGUGGCAGGGGCAGGGAGAAGGAUACCUGAUAUUCUAACUGUCUACCAGGCCUGGACAGAGCUUAUCUGAGGGCACAGGAUGGGAGUCUUGUUAGAAAAAAAAAGCAGCCGGUCCCUGGCAGGACCCCCUGGCCAGUUUAGCCCUCAGACCUGGGGAAAGUGUAAGGCCUCGGUCCAGUAUACCUGAAGGAGCGUCUCCACCCCCAUCAUGGACACUGAGGGCCUUCUGGCGGUUCCCUCACUGCGAGAAGCCAAGUUACAGGGAACCAGGCAGAGGGCCUUCUCGGUAGUGGCACCUGCCCUGUGGAAUACCUUCCCACCCAAUGUCAAAGGAAAAAACAACUACUAGACUUUUAGGAGACAUCUGAAGGCAGCCCUGUUUAGGGAAGCUUUUAAUAUCUGAAGGAAUAUCGUAUUUUAAUAUUUUAUUGGAAGCCGCCCAGAGUGGCUGGGAAAACCCAGCCAGAUGGGUGGGGUAUAAAUUAUUUAUUAUUUAUUGUUGUUGUUGUUAUUACCUGGAUGCUCCUGGCCUGCUGGCAACACUCAGCAGCCACAAGCAUUGCCGGUUAGAUCAGUUGGUUAAAGCGUGGUGCUGAUGACACCAAGGUAAUAAUCCCUGUAUGGGGGCAUAUUCCUGCAUUGCAGUGGGCUGGACUAGAUGAUCCCUGGAGUCCCUCCCAGCUCUAUGAUUCUAAGACAUACUGAGAAGUGUCACUGUCUGUGCUGAUUUGUUAUUCCAGAUGUCUCUUAGUAGCAUCAAUACGGCUGGCAUGGUCCAAAUCAGGAAUUACCAACAGAAUAGUUUACAAAAUUGCACACAUCUUUAACUUCUUUCUGGUGCAAACUGCUUUUUAUACUUGCUGUUUGAUGUUAAAUCAUUCAAUCAGUGGUGUUGGACUGGUCCUAAAUCUAAUUGGGAUUAAUGAAUUUGGAUAUUUGGAGUUGAUGGGCAUGCCUUCCUGUGCAUGUCAGGAUCUUUGAAAUAGGCAUAGCUAGAUUUAUGUUUUUAUUUAGGCUCUUGAAGAUGCUGCCGUUCUUUUCCGAAAGAUUGCAUGUAACUUCUGGGGGAAGAGUUUUCAUAACUGCUGACAGCUGCAUACUCCCUCACGCUGUGUUCUGGUAAUACUGCAUCGCAUUACUCCAUUAGCGCAAACCACCAAAAACCACUUGGUAUUUGUUUUGUUCUUCAUUCUUUGGAUGAGUAAGAGUGUCAGUUUUGCGGUGACAGCUUACACGACAAAGGUUUGUAGUGCAAAAUACUUGCUCGUGGAUUUGUAGGUUAUUGGUAGUGAUGUAAAUGGGACGCUAAAGAACAGUGGUCCAAAGAACACAUCCUAAUAGGUGGACUUCUAAAAAAAAAAACAAUUUAUGGGGCAAUUCUAGUUUAUUUGGAAGACAUACUCUCUGAUGUGGAAGCAUUUACAGCCCAAACAUACAAAGACUGGUUGGACUGAUUAAUUAGUAAACAAAAGGCACUUUGCAGACUGUUCCUAUUCUGUUACUUGUUCCCAGGAUGAGUCUGCCUGGCACUGAGAACUGCUUGGGAGGCUCAGCCUCAGAAGCUCUAUUAUCAAUCAGUAAUUAGUUUCCCUGUGGUCUUCCAGAUGACCAUCAGCCAGGGAUGAUGGGAGUUGUAUCUCAACAACAAACGGAGAUCCAAAGAAGGCUAUGAGAAGUGGUGGACACUGAAGGCUGGUUAUGCAUUAAAUGAUUGUUUGAGGUAUGAAUGCCUGGAAAUCUUUGGACUCAGUUUGUUCCUAGUACCUUUCAGCCUUAUAUGCAUUUUGUGUAAGGAAAGAUAAUAGAAGUACUUUAACAUGGUUGGCAAUGCACUCAACAGCAAUCUUUCAGUAGCCUACAGGAGGCCUACAUUUUGCAUUAUACUGUAUUCUGGUUCCUAAUAAUUCCAAUGUAGGCAUUUUAACACAGCCUGCAACACAGUGUGAUCGGCCACAGGUGUAACAGCAUCCACGUCCUACGUUAAAUUCAGCAACUGAGAAGACAUGAAGUGAGAUUAAUUUUUAUUGGGCCAGUGGGCUGCCCAUGAAAAUUAUUAUCGUUGGGUUGUAUCCAACUAAUGUUCUCUGUUUGCACAACAGAACUUUCCCUCCUUUGCUCUCCACGUGCCUCCUAAAUCUGGGCUGGCGUUCCCCCAAUGCUCCAGAGCAGAUAUGGGGAGGGUGCAGUACAAAAAACAGCUGAAUAUAAGUGUUAGAACAAUACAAAAUGAACAUUUAAGGCAGAGAGAGAACUUUUUAUCCCACUGGAUGAAAUUUGUGACUUGGAGUUAGAAAAACAGAAUCGGCAAUGAAUUGCCUAUUUAGCCUAGUAAUUGAUAGAUGUUUCUACAGCCUAUUAAUAACCUAGCGACUUACAUCACUAUCAGUAGUGGCUGCAUUACUGCAAGAAUAAUAUUGUUAGUAAACUUCACCGUCUUUUUAGGUGUCAUUUCUUUAUGGCUGAAAUGAUCAACAUUUCAAAUCAGUUUUGAUUGUGUGGGGGAGGAAAGCCCAAAGCAAAGGCAAAAAUAUGUUUUGUUGGAUUCAUCUCAUAGUUUCUGAGUCACUCAUCCUGUAGAAGAAUUGAUGAAUGGCGGAAAGGAUGACUAAGCAAGCCCAUUGGUUUUGGAAAUGGAUCGUGCUUCACCCCCAGCCAUUAAGUUUAAAAAUGUAUGUGCAGUGAAAAGUCCAAGGCAUGUUUAAUUUCCAGGCUAACUCUGGAGGGGGGAAAGCUGCCACUUUAAACAGUUCUGAAAAGAGUUCCUAGGCAAAGAAAGGGAAAGGUUCAGAGAUGUGAAGAUCCAUAGUCUGUUGUGCUUGAGUCCUUUGCAAAAUACUGUACUUAAUAUGUGCAAUGGCAACAUUUAACUCUAUCAGUAUGUUGCAAAGUUAAUGAGAAGUUGUUGGGUUGUUGUUGGUUUUUGUUUGUUUGUUUGUUUGUUUGUUUGUUUGUUUUUUUGCAUGAAUUAAACCAGUUUUACGAUCCUGGGGAGGAUAGGGGGGCAAGUCCUGUUGCACAAGCGUAAAUCCUUGCACUGAGGGGAGAAUGCAAGGCAUUCAGCCAACAUAACUGGUGCAGGAUUGCUGUAAUAUGUUCUGACUCUCUGACCCCACAAGCAUUCUUAAUUCUGCUUUCUGUGCCAGUUCAAAUUUCCAGGUUGGCUCCAAAGGCAGCAUCCUGGCACAGAGCACGUAAGAAAAUCAGAUAGGUUUCCAUGAAGGUCCUGAUGACUUGCUCCUAAGAAUUAAACUAUAUAAGGGAAAUGAAAGGUGUUUAACCAACUUAUAGUGCUGUUAAGCUUACCCACAAGUCUUUUGGAGGUCUGGUAUUUUUCACAGCUUUGACAAGAUGCCCAUCUGGUUUACUGUUGGGUAUAGGAAACUAACUCUGCCAUGUCAGGGUUACUGUGCUAAGAGAUGGAUAUUCACAGUCAGGUUUCUAUGAGACAAACGAUCCCAGGAUUGGUGAUUGAGUCCAGAGAUAAGGAUCAAUAUAUGUUGCAAAACCUGUUCAGAAUACACACAUGGCGGUACUAUUUUUGCUGAAGUUUCUUGGCUCUGUGGAAGCUCUGUGAGCAAACAGUACUGAAUCUUCUUCGAAUUCACAGCUGCCAUGGACUGCCCAGGUAAAGAUACCAUUUAUAAUAUAUAGAUUAACAAUUUGCUGGAUAUAUUAUUAAAGCGCAUAUCCAAGACUUAAUUUCAGAACAGAAGUGGAAUUGAUAACAGUCAAUAAUCAGCCAUUCCAUUCCCAUGGCUUCUGCUUUCUGCUGAUUUGAAAUGUGUAUGUUUCAUAUGCCUUAGUAGUUAAGUCCUAGCUAAUCUGUUGACCUUUUGUUGAGGAAUCUGAGCUUCACUGAACAUUACCCAUAAAGAACAUAAGUUGUGCAUGCCGCCUAGCUCCCCUGCAGAGGAUCAGUUUGGAAAGACAGUGAAUGAUAUUUCUUUCAUUUACAGAGACUAGUACAAGUGCAUUGUAAAGAAAUAUUGCAGUGCAACAUUGCAAGGUUGGUCUGGAGGCAUUUUUGUCCACCAUUUAGAAUGUUAUCCUGACCAUGAGGAAUGUAUUCAGAAAUCCAGUUUGGGUUAGGGGAUCUUACGCUGCUGAGAUAUGCUGGAAAAUUUUGUGGUGUGGCAGUGAAAGAGAUGGCAGACUGUAAUGGGACCUGCUAAGUUCAUUAAAACGUUUCUAGAAACUUUCAGUGGAAUUCUGGACUGGUGAUACAAUCAUAUACAUGUCUACUCAGAAGUGAGCAUCAUUUACUUUAAUGGGACUUAUUCCAGAUAAAUGUGCAUAGACUCAAGACUAAAUCUGACCUAAGCAUAGACCUAGAAGAAAGGCAGAGGAAAAUGUUUGAAAAAUUUGGGUUUCUGAAUGCAGAGGGAGGAACAGAGUAGCAGGGGAACUUAGAUAAGUUUCUGGGAGACCUUUUUCUGCACUAACAUCUGACUGACUCUUCAGAAGCAGUUGAUCUGAAGCACUUGUCUGUUGGAAAGAAUGUGACUAGAUCAAAAGGACCAGCUGCCCAGUUUUCAAACCUUAACUUUCAUUUCUCUUUUAUCUUGAAGGGAGAUCCCUCACUCCUUCCUUUUAGACCCUCCUGAAAAGCACUAUUCGUUCACGUUACAAUUCUGCAGAUUAGUGAGAUGAAAGGAAUAUAGUUUGAAGUCCUAAAUUGCAGGGUUUCAUCAACAAACUUCAUAACACUUACCUGUACUUAAAUUCCUGUCCUCCCAAAUGACAUGAAAAGUUGCACAUGCAGUGGAACUUAGCUUAUUUACAAAGUGGUGAGAGUUCCUAGAUUGUUGGAUGGAUUGGUGAGAGCCAUGCGACUUAACUGGAGCAACCAGCUUAAACCUCCUCACAUGCUGAGAUUCUCACAGGUAGAUGUAGACAGGCUGUUGGUGGUGAACAGUAGAUUACCUAAUUCCUCCCAAGGUAAGAGGAAGUGACAUAACUAAGCUUGGCAGGACAGCUUACUCUAUGGCAUUAACCUCUUCAUGCAUUAAUUAGACAUAUGGAUGUUGGUUAUAUGAGGCUGAUGAUCCUGCAAUAUAUACAAGCUCAGCCUACACACUCACUACAUCAGGGGUCGGCAAACUUUUUCAGCCGUGGGCCAAUCCACCGUCCUUCAGACCAUGUGGUGGGCCGGACUAUAUUUUGAAGGGGAAAAAAUUAACAAAUUCCUAUGCACCACAAAUAUCCCAGAGAUGCCUUUUAAAUAAAAGGACACAUUCUACUCAUGUAAAAACACGCUGAUUCCUGUGUUUUUGAGAAGACGAUUGGGCCGCAUCCGGCCCCUGGGCCUUAGGUUGCCUACCCCUGCACUACAUGCUCAACAAGGAUGAAAGGAAUUAUCAUACUGCUGACAAUUCAGGCUGAAGCUGGAGUCACAGUUCUGCUGCUCUCUUCCCUCCUCCUUCUGCAGCAAAUCCAAAAGAACAUCUUGCUGGAUUCUAGAUCUCCAUUGCAUUCCUUCCCAUUUCCAGUUCACCUGGCUGCUUAAAGCACGGGUGCUGGUGCUGCUGCUGCUGUUCUUCUGAGGCAGGAGUACUUAAAAGUACUUAAAAGUUAAAAAUGAAGAGGGAUGAAAGACAGUGCUUGUCUUAAUUACCAUAGCGUUUCCCAUUGCUCAGUUUGCCUUACAAAAUGCUGUUUUGUGGAAAGUAGAAACAGUAAGCUAGAAAAACUACUACACAUGUACUAUAUUUCCGCAUCAGGUACAUGUGCCUAAUCACUAUUGAUGGCACUAUAUUUUAAAAUGAUUUUUUGUAGCAAAGACUAAGGCAUCUCCAUAGUAAGUGGGAAUGUGGAAAUACUACUGUCUCUUUUUAUUUUUAAAAAAGCUUGGUAAAGUUAGCUGUGCCCAACAAGGGGGGGGGGGGGAUCAGACAAUAUCCUUUGCACCUUUGUCUAUUAUGAGAACCUUCCAAUAGGUUAUAUUAUUUCUGGUCAAACAUGCCCCCUUUUGUUAGCAUUUUCUUAUGUAGCCCUUAUCAGCUAUUUGGCCUACGACUGUUCUAACUGGAACUAAAAUCCUUGUACUUUCCACCACAACUUGCUAGCCUCUUGUUUUGCAUCUGUCAAACCAUCUUUUUCUUCCUACGCGUAGUCAAAGGAUGCAAAAAUAUUCAUCAUGAUAAUGUUCAAAAUGGCAGUGCUCUGCUUCAAGAUGAUGGCACUGCAUAUCCUGUGUGGUUCAAGAGUUAGACAUCCAUUCCAUUUGCACUAAAACAAGGGUCAGCAAACUUUUUAAGCAGGGGGCCAGUCCACUGUCCCUCAGACUAUGUGGUAGCCUGGACUAGACUUUGGGGGAAAAAAUGAACCCACAAAUAUGCCCCACAAAUAACCCAGAGAUGCAUUUUAAAUAAAAGGACACAUUCUACUCAUGUAAAAACAUGCAGAUUCCUGGGCCGUCCACAGGCUAGAUUUAGAAGGCAAUUGGGCCGGAUCCGGCCCCCGGGCCUUAGUUUGCCUACCCAUGCACUAAAUGAAGACACUGAAAAGUUUUCAUUGACUCAGUGUGCCAGCAUGCUAAUAUAUCCAGAUCCAGUUUAAUAUGCAUAUUUUGUUUGUUUAUUGUUACAUACAAGCCCCCUUGAAAUCCAAGUGUGGGUUGUUUUUUAUUUUCAUUAUGAGCAAAACCACGAGCGCAUGUUUUGCCACACCUUGAUCGAAUAUUUUGCAGGGCCAACAGACAAAAUUGGCUUGGCUUGGGGUCAUAUUCACAGUCAAUUCACAGUGCUUGGUCAGUGGCGCACAAACACACUUAGGAAUAUUCUCUCUCCCUCUUGUCAAUUUAUCAGAAAGGGUUUUGGAGUGAAUCAUAGAUGCUGGGUUGCUCUUUGCUUGUUAAACAGCCAUCUGCUCUAGGGCAUACAUUGAACAUAUGAUAGCAUAUUGGGAGUAGAUUUAUUAUUAUUAAUAAUAAUGUGGCUAAUGCAUGGUAAGGAAGGACUUGCUGCAGCCGAGGAAAUGUAUUUACCAUUCACCCCAAGGACAAUGUUGCUUGCUCCCCAUCCUCUAGCGUGCAGAAGGUUCCUUCUGUUUUAAUCAGCAGGGAGGGGAAAUAUGUGUGGUUCUUUGUCUUCUGCGUUUUUGUGACAAAAGAAUUCCCAUUUGAAUUGCGGUGCUCUAUUCAGGCUCCCUCUGAGCCUGUGGUUAACAGCAGUCAGUCUUUGCAGUGUUCUGACGUCAUCCAGUGUAUGCAUAAGCUAUGCUAUUGUCUUACUGAGAGCAGGGGCUGUGAAUUGCAGUAUCUGGUGUCUGCUACCUAUUUCUGCCUCACUGCAUCAACAGAAGAGACACUGGCCUUCUCUUUGCUGGAUUUUAAAAAAAUAAGUACUCCUGUUCCUUUGCUUUUUUUUUUUUUAAUUACAAAAAAAAUUGCUUCUGCGAAGAAGGACCUGUUUUGCUUUAAGAGCUGCAGAGAGAGGCAAUCUGCAGAGUGGAGCUUGGGGAGGAAGAGAGGAAAAUCUGGAGGCUGGCUAGCUGUGGGGACUGCGCUGUCUGGCUUCAUGACCCUUGCUGUUUAGAAGCCUCAUCCCUUCUCUGACACAUUCCCCGCAGCUCUCUUUCUUUUCCCUUUUAACCCCUCUUUUGAGAUUUGAGCAUCUGGAGCCAGCCAUGUUUGGCACAGAGUCGUCAUGUAAGUAAACGUGUUCUCUCACUUGCAUUUUGUGUUGGUGGGCAGGUCUGGCUGGCCGGAUUUGUUCCAUGCCCGGUAACUUCAUUCUGCCAUGUUGAAGGGUUCAGAAUAAAAUAGUAAUAGUAAUUAAUAAAAUACGUGGUUCCAGCUUGCUUGGUAAAGAUGCUAGGGGGGAGGUUUCGAUCAUCUCUCCUUCUGCGUGUCUUUGACUCUGGCGGCCAGACAGCCAAGAGCUGUCAGUGAUUCCGAAUCCAGGCCGCUUAAAAGAUCCAAAAGAAAAUGUGGUUUUGCUUGAAUAUGUUCUUUGUGUGUGAGCAAGACUGAGAGAGCAGCGUGUGCAUGUACACACACACACACACACACACACACACACACACACACCUCUUGCUAUUGCAGUUGCAGUAAUUAAAGAGUUACCCAUGUGAUAAUGAGAGUGUUUGAAGGAUUGCUGCAGGAUUAUGUGCUGGGCAGCUAGAACCUAUUUAACAAUGGAGUGCCAGCUUGCUGCUAUAUAAUAAAACGCAAUUUUGUUUAAAAGCUUCUAAAGUUUGGUUUGCUGGUGUGAUGGACUGCAGCAUUGGGGAUAUAGUGAAAGCAAUAAUAAUAAUCCUAUAUAAUGUCAGUGGCUGGUUGCAUAUUGAAACUUACAAGCUGGGUCUGGUGCAAAGGAGGCAGCAGAGAUGUAUGGCAGGUUUGUUUUCCAUUUUAAAAAACCAUUGGGAAGCUACCAAAGUGAGAGAGAAUUGUGUAUUGGACCUUAGUCCUGAUAAUAUUUGCGAUGACAGUGACACCACUGGGAAUCAGUAUUGCCCAGUAGGCUUAUAAACAAAAAGGGAAAUAAAAAUAAGAUGUUGUGCUGACUUACAAGGGUAUGGUAUGACAUGCACCAAAAUAAUUUGUGAUCUGAUUUUUGUUCACGGUGGGAAGGAAUUUAUUCGCCACAGUGGUUAAUCUAGGUUCCUGAUUACAGAGGUCCCAGUUCUUUUAGAUUGGUAAUAGUGUGGGACAACAACUUCAGCCCUUAAAGGACUUGGAAGUUUCCAAGGGUUAACUGGUUCUUUUGAUUCCGCUUCCCACUCAUCAUAACACAAUGCCUGUUGAAGGUCAAGGGAGAAUAAAACGCAUCACCAUCUGUGCAUUGUUUUAGUUUUCUUCGCUUUCCCAAGAAAUGUUGCAUUACUGGCCUCGUCUCUUAACUUUGGGUUGGGGUUUUUUUUUGCAUAUACAUUUCCCAGUAACUGGUACUAAAAGUAGAAUGUUGAACACUUUUUAGCCUGGCACUUGUGAAUUACCUGGGGAAUGCAACUUGCAAAGCGUCUACAUGAUCAAAAAGAAAAAGGAAUGGCUGCUAUUGCUUCAACACUUUUACCCAAGGGUGUACAGGGUAAUAGCUAACGGCAAAAAGCCAUCUAUAUAAAUAGUCCUGAAAAUAAAGGACUUCCUUAUUGUCUGCCGAACAGUACUCUUUCAUAGAGUUGCCAGUGUGGUAACUAACUGGCUUCCCUUCUGAUAACAGCUGGGCAAGCUUUUGUUUCCAUGACAUCCUGAUUAAUGCAAUUUCUGGUUUUUAAAAGGGUGUGUGGAAUUGGGGGGGGGGGAGAGAACCCUGCUUAUUUUAUGAAAUUUAUUUUACUUCCUUUUCGUUAACAGCAAACUCCAAAUGGUUAUAAAGUUGAGAAUUUCAGAGAAUAACCUUAGCCAGGGCUUUGUUCAGCCCCACCCCAAGUCCAAGACAGGUUAACUGCUUUUGCAAGCUUGACGGCUAGCAGUGCUGCAGCCAAUCAGAGGAAGUGUUACGAGGUGUGUUUUUUUCCUUCCCAUGUUCCUCUUUGCAAAAGGCCAUUAUCUCUCCUUUGUCUUAGGGCGGCUUCAGAUGUGCACUAAGCAUGCUGAAACUGUGAGAGGUCUGCAGUAGCCAAGGUGAUUCUUCACCUUGCAUUCAGACUUGCCUCUAGAACACCCAUUUCUGGGAACAGGUUUAAAGGUAGCACACCACAGAACACCACCUCAUUGAUUCCACCUCAUUGAUUCUAGACAUGUGCAAUUCGGAUGCAUAGCGAGGUGCCCCGUGCAUGCCUGAAACUCUGUGUUCCUGGCUUGUUUUAAUGCACAUAAGACCCAAGCCUUUUCCCCCUUUGCUAUUUGAUUCUGCCCCUAGCACUUAAGACUACCCCCCCCCCGAAAUGAGCUUUGGAGAGGCACAUUAUUAUUUAAUUUUCUCUAUAAAGACAUGUGGGUAGCAUUCAAGGAUUGAGGAAUACGGAAUAUUGGCAUGUGAUAGUUUCAUUGUUCAUUUUUCAUGGUUAGUGAUAGUUUCAUUGUUCAUUUUUGUAGACCACUCUGAGGUUUUAUGACCGUCGAGCAGUAUAUAAAUCGUACAAAAUAAAUAAACUUAGUUUUACUCAGAUCAGACCCAUUGACAUCAAUGGGCCUAACUUUUCUAGUGGGUCUAGUAAAAUUUAGUUGCAUACCACCCAUGGUAUCUAGUUGGCCACUGUGAUAACAGGAUGCUAGACUAGAUGGUCCUUUGGCCUGAUGGUGCUUGUGUGCUUAUGGUUGUUCAUCCUAUCCCUGAAGCAGUAUUUUGCACACUUUUUGAGCUUGGUGGUUCCUCUUCUGAACCUCUUCUACCUUUGUGACUCCUGCUCCACAACCCUACACCAUUCGACAAGUGAGUAUGGAGAUUCUUAUGCAUCAGUGCAUGCAGUAUCUGAAUUUGAGUUGGAUUUGCCCAACAUUGGCAUUAGAAGAGGAACAGAACAGGAGAUUUGACUUCAGAAACCAUACCUAGAGAACUCUGGCCAUCGUUUUCUCUGCUUCCUUCAUCACAAAUCAGAUGCGAGUCUGUGAAGGCUCCCUUCCUGGAGGCAUUCACCUAUUUUUUGUCUGAUGUAGGAGAGAAGGGAAGGGAAUUUUCUACCUGCCUCAGGACCAUCUCCCUUCCUUAAAUUUCACACUCCCUUGUGGUACUCUAAAGCCCUUUCAUGGUUUACAGAAUGGAAGUUGCCUUUUUUUGUUGUUAAUGGUAUUAACAGGAAGUUAGAAUAACAUUUACAAAAUAUUUUAAAGCUUUGUUUAGGAUAGACAACACACACACAAACAAACAUCACACCACUUCCUAAAACCUGCAAGAGGUAGAGAAGUAUGCCUGUUUUCUGGCCCCCCCCCCCCCCAGGAAAAUAACCUUAGCACCAUGAUGUUUACGUUUCCUGAUCAUAAAAAAGUUGAAAGGUUUGGUUUUCUGGAUUCUGCUUUUAUCCUGUUACUUGUUUUAUAUUUUUCUGCUUUAUGUUUCUAUCUUUCUGUUUUUAAUUUUCACUGGUAAACUACCCAGAGAACCUUUGCUAUUGGGCAGUAUGCUUAUAUAGUCAGCCAGCUGAUUUUAUUGUUCAUAGCCAAUGGACAUCACAGUACAGUAUGAGCACAAAUCACACAACUACAAAAUGAAAAACAUUACAUGCACCAGACCAGGACAAAUCUGCAAUGGGCAUAUGAAUAUUGCAAAUAAAUAGCAUUCUUGGCUGACUCAGCCAGCAAAAGAUGCACAUUAUGCAGUUGCAGAGGGUGGCAUAAUCACAAACUUGGGGAUCCAUGCUUUCGUAUUGCCUUUGGCUUGGCUGUGGGGGAAAGAUGCAGCAAUCCAGAACCUUCUGUAGUGUUGCAUGCAUGUCAAAGUUGGGAAUAAACUUUUAAGUAUAUUUCCACCUGGAAUGGCAGAAAAUAUUGUACCUGAUAGCAUGACAAGAAGUUUUUAUCUAUAUAUUUUUUAAUGUACUUGAAAUGUUACCUCAAAUUAGGGUGCCCUCAGAGAGGAUUGUGUUGCUUUUAAAAGGUGAAUAGCAGUGCAUAAUCGUGUGUGUGCGUACUCAGAAGUAAAGCGGUGGGAUAUAGAAAAGAAGUAUUGAAUUGUUCAGAUCAAGUGAUGUGUCAGGUUACCAGUAGCCACAGUUGUUAUGGGAAAGGGUAAGUUCAAGAGAUGCUGGUUUCAGUUUAUACAGAGAAAGGAAACCGUCAAGGUCACCGUGUCCAAACUGCUUAUGAGGGGAAGUACCAGAUAAGGAUGGUUGUAGUUAUUAGCUUAUUUAGACUUGAUCGCCGUCCGGUACAGAUCAAAUGACAGUGCAAUGUGUUGUUCCCAAGGUGCAGCCAAGAACAGAAAACUGGAACUCCCAGCGGACAGAGCCCCAUGAUGUUGAGAAUCAGGACUCUGUAUAAUGUAUAACCAAAGUACUUUUCCUCCUGCAAGAAAUUUUGUUCUUUUUAAAAAAUAAAAUAAAAAAAUACAACAACAGUUUAGAACACUUCCCAUAUAUAAUAUUGUGAUUCUUACAGUGACCCGUUUAAAGUAGGUCAGCAUUAUUAUCCCCAUAUUGCAGGUUGUUGGACUGGGGCUGAGACAGAUUUGCUUGGCAGGGCAUACCCAAACCAUGCACUCUAAACAUAUCCAAGACACAUUCUUCCCCCCAAAGAAUUCUGGAAACUGUAGUUUCUUAAGGGCAACGGGAGGGGGAACUGCAGUUUUCACACACUAAUACUACAUCCUGUAGAAUUCUGCCACUUACAUCUUACCUGCACAAUCAUAAUGAAGUUGGGGAACCAAAGUGCUUUUUCUACACAGCCUGAGCAGGAGCAGUGAACAAUGUUAUAGUUAAUUGUUGUAGCUUGUCUUUACUUUAACCUACCCCACAGCCCUCUCACAGUUGUGAAGAAUAUUCUUAUGUUAUGAGUGGUUCAUGUCACCAUUAACAAAAAGAGGUAGGAAAAGGCCAGUAUAUAUGCAGACCGUCCCUAGACAAAGUGACUUUUCUUCUUUAAAUUCUCAAAGUUCUUAACCUAGCUCAAGGUUGAGAUCUAAACUAGGCAGAUGUUUCACUGAUAGUCAAUCGCAGUUAGUGCAUCAUUUGAAAAAGAAUACUUUACAGCUGUCUUUCCCCAAAAUGGCAGCUAGACGUUCCAUUUUGGUGACUGUAACCUUGGUUUAAGGAGCCAUUUGGCGCCUAGCUUACAUAUCUGAGUUUCUAACACUUGAUAAAAAGGUGAGUCAUCAACAUAGUGAAAUUGCAAUGAAGGUAAACACCUUAUUUGGUUGCCUUAUUAGAGGGUUGACAGGUAACAUGGCAGUUUCUUCUACUAUUGUUACUGAGGCCUUCAGCUAAGUGGAAUGUGCUUCGUUCCCAUUACCGUGUUUCUAGAAUGAUAGGAUUUGAUAACGUCUUUAAAAUGCACUAAAGGAAAAUAAGGCUAGGCUGUCCUCCAUGAACAAGAUAUGUUUAAAUGGACUGAAAUGGCACAAGGUAAGAUUUAGACUGGCCAUCAGAAGAUCUUCUGAAGUGUGAAUGUGGUUGAGCGCAGAAGCAGGUUGUAGGUUGAGUUUUAGAGUCGACGUGCCUCUUUGCAUGUUGAUGAGAAACCAAAGCUACAUGUGUGAAUCUUAAGAGGUUAGCUGCAGAGGAUGUGAAGGUGCCACUAAAGUGUUUCGAUAGCCGCUAGCGUAUGUGUGGGGAAUCAAAAACAGUAGCGUUCCAACUAAACCAAUCGUCUAGUUUGGAAACCGUAGUCUAGACCAGCUUUUCUCAACCUGUGGGUCCCCAGAUGUUGUUGAACUACAACUCCCAUCACCCCUAGCUAGCAAGGCCAGAGCUCAGGGAUGAUGGGACAACAUCUGGGGACCCACAGGUUGAGAACCGCUGGUCUAGAUCAAGGUUUGCCAAAAUUGGGUCUACAGCUCCUGUUGGGACUAGAACUCCCAUCACACCUCGCUAGCAGGACCGGUGGUCAGGGAUGAUGGGAGAUGUAGUCCAAAAACAGCUGGAGACUCAAGUUUGGUAAACUCUGGUCUAGAUGGUGAUGUGGCCAACCAGUUACUACAAUCUGAGACUGCUCGGGCUGUUUGAAAUGCUGAAUGAAACAGACUUGCAUUACUAAAAGAGUAGGGAAAGAGCAGUCUUUGGGCACAGUCUAAGCAGGGAAUUCUCCUGCACAAUUCCCAGUGGAAUAAAUGAGUGUCAUUCAGGAAUCUCUAUAUCUGAAAGCUUGCUACGGUGCUGCUGACGUUUAUAGCAGUGUGCCCUGGCAAUCCGACACCAUUGUUUGUCCAUGGGAACAUGGAAUACAUUCGCUUCAGCACAUGCCUAUUAAGAGAAAAGGAGAGACAAAAAACAGUGAUGCAUCCGCAGCUGAGGUUUGUUUGUCCUUUACAUUUUGAUCCAACCGCUGAUCCAAUUUGGUUUCCAUGUUUUGUUGUUCUCCUCUGCCCGUUCCAUGGCAUUCAUUUUCCCAUUUUCCACAGGCCUUACGAUCUUCAGGUGUCCUAUUUACUUAACUGAAAGCCCCAAUUACAUAUCCUAGCAUAUUCCUUCUCUUCCCAGAUGGUCCCCUCGUUGCAAAUUGGGAACAAUCCUCUAUUGGCAAUCUGUUCAGGAAAUGACUGGCAUGAACCCAACACCAUAGACUCUUGCACAAUAUGAUCUGCAUUGUAUAUUGCUUCAGACUAAAUUAGUAUCUGAAUUUAAAAGAGUGGAACUGCCGAAUCAGGGGCAAAAAAAAAUAAGAACAAUUGCUGGGUGAUGUUUUGUCUUAGUCUGGUUGGCACUUAAUACUGAUAGCCAUUCAGCUGGGGUAGUAGCUUAGAGCUUGAAUACCAGCUGUGCGUCUCCAUGUGCUGCUGUGCUAUUCUCAGCCACUGUGAAAAUGAGGCAUUUCCAUUUAAUUUGCAUCUCUCCCCCCACUAAACAAACAAACAAACAAAAAAAGCAAACAAAUGAGCCACAGCUAUUGCAUUUAUUCCCAUUAAACUCAUUCAACUAUAUAUACAGUAGGCUCUCUUUCACACCUUACUAGUGCUAUUUAAAAUAAAAUAAAAAUUAUCUUGCAGUUUAAGGAAGGGGAAACUAGUCAUCCAUUCUGUGGUUUGUGUGACUUUGCAGAAUAUUACUAGAUUCUGAUUUUGUCAACUACAACUGCAGAUAAUCUAGUUCCAAAAUUUCUGAUGGUUUCAAAUCUAUAAUGAUGAUGGAAUAUAAUAUUGUUACCUCUUCAUUUCAAAGCAUAUAAUAUAGAUAUAUAUUUAUAUGUAUGUGUGUUAGAGAGAGAGAGAGAGAUAGCAACCUGAAUUUGAGCGAUCAUGAAUAUAGGUAAAGGUAAAGGGACUCCUGACCAUUAGGUCCAGUCGUGGACAACUCUGGGGUUGCGGCGCUCAUCUUGCUUUAUUGGCCGAGGGAGCCAGCGUACAGCUUUAUUGGCCGAGGGAGCCAGCGUACAGCUUCCAGGUCAUGUGGCCAGCAUGACUAAGCCGCUUUUGGCAAACCAGAGCAGUGCACAGAAACGUCAUUUACCUUACCUUACCUAUUUAUCUACUUGCACAUUGACGUGCUUUCGAACUGCUAGGUUGGCAGGAACAGGGACCAAACAACGGGAGCUCACCCCGUCGCGGGGAUUUGAACCGCCGACCUUCUGAUCGGCAAGCCCUAGGCUCUGUGGUUUAACCCACAGCGCCACCCACCUCCCAGUCAUGGAUAUAGCUGGCAGCAAUUCAUACUAAGUGAAAACAGGUGUAACUUUUGUAAAACAGUGACAUCUGUUUGGGAAUGGCUUUGCCACAUUCAAGACAAGCUUGGAAGAAAAAGACCUGUUCUUUGGCGGAAAGUUGACUGAUGAGUUGCUGUGAUGUCACACAGCUCCAGCCUUUUCUUUCUUUCUUUCUUUCUUUCUUUCUUUCUUUCUUUCUUUCUUUAAAAAUAAAUAGUGAUGGAGGAACAUAUGAGUAGGUAAAUAAAUAUACAUGCACCACUUUAAGAACAUAGAAAAAUACAAAGCCAAGAUUUGUGGGUGGGAGAAAACCAUAUUAUUCACUAGGGGUGAAGAUGUGAGAUCAUCGGCCAGAUCAUUGUUCCAUGUAGCUCAGUAUGAAUGACAGCUGCUCUCCAUGGUUUGUCAGGGAACAUUCCCAUCCCCAACUGAAGAUAGCAGUGGUUAUACUUUGAACCCUCUGCAAGUAAGCAGGUGCUCAACCACUGAGCUGUAGCCCUUCUCUGAAAAGAAACAUGGGCAACCUGUCUGAAUCUUGGGAUGCAGAGGUACGACUGAUGGCUUUACCCAGGAUUUGAUUCUUAUAUAUUUAGAAGCUUAAUUUCUUUGCUCUCCAAUAACCAAAAUUUGCUGGUGUGUCCACUCCAGGAGAAAGCCAGGCUUGUACCACAGGUAAAGAGCUGAAUGCACCUCUUUCUCAGUGUUAUCUCUGCAACAAGCACUACAAAUCUAGCGGGGGGUUUUCUGUUGUUUUAUUUCUUAAUGUUUGCCUAGUGCUACAUAAAUCAAGUUGAAAGGUCUGUCAGGGAGAAGUCUGGACAGGCUGCUAUCACAAUGCUGUGUGAGCCCCUACCUUAGAAGAGGAGGUUUUAGUACUAGAUUUCUCUUUCCCAGAAGUAAGACUGGACUCCUAACUUCACCUACUUGCAAGUAGGCCCCACUGCAUUCAGCAGGACUUAUUUCUGAGUAGAAAUGCCCUGCAAUUUCUCAUUUGUUUUCAGGGCAACUUGUUGUGCAAUGGUGAACUUGCACAAGUUAAGUUUAGAAAUUAGUAUUGGUUGCAGAAUUCAACUUCCUUAGAAUUUCAGCUUUGUUGGGGUGGGGGCGCAUCCUGGUGAUGUCCCAAACAGGAUGUCUAGGGGGGCUUAAGAGUAUAAAUAAGUGCUUUGAAGAACUCUGUUUGUCCUGUCCAUCAGCUAUUGGGAAAUAUGUAGCCUGGAUUAUCACAUAUGCAUGCUACCUUUCCUCCAGCUAUGCUUCAGUCUUCUUAGCCCCAAGGGAAAUAUAAGUGUUGUGUUUUUUAAGGCUUUAAUGACUUGGUUGUGUGGAAGCAAGCAGCUUAUUUACAAGCCUCAUUUGUCCAGGUAUAGCAGAAUCCAAUCUUUCUCUGUGCAGAAUUUGGACUCUCUUUCUACUGAACCUUUGCUCUGUUUUGUAGUUCGAAGAGUACGAAAUCCUGACUAGAUUUGAACCUGUAGAAAAAAUGGAAGUGGUACUCUGUAUCAACUAGUUUGAGAACUAGUAAUUGUGGGGUGGGUGGGUGGGUGUGUUUUAACCAGGCAGUAAAUAGAAGUACCUUAUGCUGUUUGUCGUGGGGAAUGUGAUGGGAUUCAAAGUUAUGGGAAAGAGGUAGCUAUUUUUUAUAAGACAAAUGUCAUCGUGCAUGACCUCACUUAAACUAAUUAGUUAGAUACCUUUUUGGAUUUGUUGCAGGUAUCCUCCAAGAAAGAACUGUGAGACCGCAUCUUUCAUAAAAGCCAGUUUUGAGACUGUGAUUUACAGCCCAGAUGGUCAGCACUACCAUUAUCUCUUGCUGUGAUCUUUUGAUAUACAGUUCUAAAAUAGGUACCCGGGGGGUGGGGGCUGCAUCAUGGAGAUGGUUCAGGGUUCAGCCCUCGACAUUUUCCAUUAAAAGAACUUCAGGUAACAGGUGUUGAGAAAAGCUGGUCUUGCUGAGACUUUGAAGAACCACUUCAGGCCCAGGCAAUACAGAACAACAUGGGUAAAUAGUCCCAAGCCCGGAUAAGGCAGCAUCCUAUGCACUCUAUGAGCCAAGGACUGUUUCUGAAAUACAAUAUUACCCUUGUCAAACAGCUGAGCUAAGUGAAAGCCAAUAGCCACUGAAUAAAAUUAACAUGAGUUAAUUUUAUAGCUUCCUUGAAAGCUGUUAAUGAUGCAAGAAAUAUCUGCCAUGCUUUCAGCAGAUCAUCAUUUUUUAUUUAGCAACAUUGGGAGUUUGCAGAGAAGUGGCUGCAAGGUAGAAUUCUGGCCAUCGGUGGUCUGCAGCUUUGAACGUCAGUUCUACACAUUGCUUCUACGAACCCUUUGCUUAGGACUUCACAGUUGCGUUGGAUACAGAUUGUGGGAAGCUCCAUUAGAUGAACAUCUUUUUUUAAAAGAAGGUACUUAAUAUCAAUGCAACAAGACAUAUUCUAUUGUAAAUUGUAGUGUAGCCCCAGCCCAUGACCUAGGAAUUCUGGUGUUAAUCAUAAACAGGCAAACCAUGUGGACUUCUUUCUGAACCCAGGUUGGAAGGGUGGGGAGACAGCGUUUUCUCUCUCCACCCACAAACAUCUCCCCCCAACUCCCCAUGAAACAUCAGUGGGAAGGAAGUUAACUGCACCAGCUCUGAUGUAGUUCUUGGCCCUUUUGUUGCUAUGUUUGGGGCAGCGGAACAGGGGGAUGUUGGGAUCAUGUGGAUUCAAGGCUGCUCCCUCUCUCUUUUACCACUUGCAGAACAUCUACACCAGAGCAGCUUUCAAUAAGUGUGGGUGCUGACCUGCUGGCAUACAUCCCUUCCUUUCAGCAUAAAACGUUCCACGGCUGCUCGCUAUAGCAGUGAAUGAACAGUAUGUUAAAACAAAAAGCAAUUAAAGCAGCACUAAAGCCCGAAACAACAGUACUAAAUGAAAUAAAAGUACACAAACAAACAAAACAAAACAAAACAAACAAACAAACUGCUAUUGAAAACCAACGGCACCCUGAUAGCAAUAAAAACAUCUGUUAAAGGCUCAGAAAAAUAAGAUUUUUAUCUGGCACCUAAAAUAUAGCAAAGUAAGUGCCAUCUUAGUAUCCCCAUAAAGCAGGGGUUAGCAAACUUUUUCAGCAGGGGGCCGGUCCACUGUCCCUCAUAACAUGUGGGGGACCAGACUGUAUUUUGAAAAAAAAAUAAUGAACAAAUUCCUAUGCCCCACAAAUAACCCACAGAUGCAUUUUAAAUAAAAGCACACAUUCUAUUCAUGUAAAAACAUCAGGCAGGCCCCACAAAUAACCCAGAGAUGCAUUUUAAAUAAAAGGACACAUUCUACUCAUGUAAAAACAUGCUGAUUCCUGAACCGUCCGCGGGCCGGAUUUAGAAGGCAAUUGGGCCGGAUCUUGACUUAGUUUGCCUACCCAUGCCAUAAAGAGUGUUCCACAACUGGGGUCCAACCACCAAAAAGGGACUGUCUCCUGUUGCCACCUCCAAAUGUCUGAAGGUGUGGACCACUGAAGAAGGACCUCUGAUAAAGACCUUAAAGGACAGGCUCAUAAGGAAACAGGUGGUUGCCUUAAUUGAGGCUGUGAUGCAUAAGAAGUGAUGCCUUUAGAAGUAAUGUUUCACUCGGUUCUUCAGUUUCACAUAAUACUAAAGGAGGACUCUCCUUUGCUUUUGUUUUCCACCAAAUAUCACAACAUGGAUUAAGCUCAUCUCCUUCUUCCACCCACCCAGCCCAUGAAUUGUAAUGAUAAAGAUUUUUAAAUGGUGAAUUUCUGAGUGUUUUGAAAAGUCUCUGAUGAUGGAUACGAUUUAUUUGUUUAGAAAAUGGCUGCCCCAUCUAUCCAGUGCAUUUGCAUCGCACAAGGUAGCAUAAAACAUGUAAAUGACUGUACUUAGCAGUGAGAGAGGCACUCAGCAUAGACUCGGGCCUUCUGUUCUUUAUAGAUUUUUGUCCUGGCCAUCUCAUUCAAAUUGGCUGUGGAGCUAAGCCUUGGGAGAUAGACUGGAGCUUCCUCUAUUGUGAAUAAAAGGCUAGCUAGAGAGAGAGAUAAUAUUGCUAUUCCUGCAAAUGCGUGGGGGGGGGGAGAGAAUGCUGUUAGAUGCUAAUGCAUGGGAGAUCUUGGGUGAACAAAGACUUAGCUAUGCCAUGUGACAGCAGUAUGGGUGCUAGGUUUCUUCACAGCAGAUCUCUCAUUGUGCUGAGUGGUGUGUGUACACCAGCUCACCACAGUCCUGUUCAGGUGCUGCUUCUUCACCCCCAAUAUGUAUACCAAAGAUAUGGAUUUGGAAGCCAGACUGCACCCAAUGGCCCCCACCCCACCUUUUGUGUGCUCCUUCCCAUAAUGUUUGCACGUUCAGUGUAAUGUCCAAAAGGGGUGCCAUUGCACUGAAUGGGGGGAUGCUCCUGGGACCAGCAGUUGUGUGAAAGAAUAGAAAUAAAAGAAUCUCCCCUCGUGCCACUGCUGAGCUUUCCUCCCUUCCUUAAACAGCAUAAUAAUUCAGCACGCAUCAUGACCUUUCCUGAAAAUCGGAGUUGUUUGUCUUGUACUGACCAUCCAAAGAGGCUAGAAAUACUUCCAGGAAUCUAUUUUUUGUUGUUACUUGCUGAACUUUCACAUGAUAUAUCUCUGCUAAAGUUAAUAUUUGACUUUUCCCGGUUGGUGAUUUGCUUUGCAAAUCCUAUUUCUCCUCCUGUUUGCAUAGUUUCGAAUUGCAGCAAGUCUGUAAUAAAUGCACGGAGCUUUAGCAAAUACCAGUUUCAUGCUCACUAUUCCCUACUGGCAAGGCGUGGGGGAGAACAGAUUUGGUUUAGUAAGAUAAGCACUUCUAUAAAUAUGCUUGGAAAAUCAGCAUUUGCUCUUGAACUUAAGAGUUGGUUGUGCCAUUAGAGUUUCAGAGAGUGACUUGACGGAGAAUCAGUCAUCACUAGCAAAAGCAGGGGCUCUUGGACCCUCCCCUUUUCAUAUUACAGAAGAGGAAUAAAAAUAUUGUGUAAAUAAUAUCAGGGUUGCUUCCCCCGCCCCCUUGGUUGGAGUUUAUGGUUUUACAAAGAUACACAGUGCCCUGCAAAUGGCCUGUUAAAAAUCAACAGGUGAGUGUGUCUGAAAGAAAAACGGAUAAUGCUGUGAAAUCCUUUAUUCAUGUAGAUAGGGGUUAACUCAGGCCAAAGUUGACCUUAUGUUACUGUUUUAAAAGUAAAAAGUGGCUAUUUUCAUUUUCAAGAGAAAGCAGCUGAAGAGCCCAAAUUCAGAACGUACUGCUGCUGAUCGGGACAGGAACCCAACACAGCUUUAAAAUCACCCUGGUUGCUCCCAGAGGUGCUGAAUGCAACAGGCAACACCUUUUAGAGGCAAACAAUAUUUGAUAAUGAUAAAUAUUUGUUGCUCGUAGCUAUAGGCCCUUGCAAAUUUAAAUAGCAGUUGUGGGGAGAGCAUGUUUUGGUGGGAAAUCAGUUCAUGUUCCCAAUCUGGAUCUCAGUUGUUAACUCUGUAUCGCAGGCACGUCCAACAGGUAGAUCGUGACGUCUGUGGUAGAUCACUGGUAGAUAACUGGCUCCCCUCAAAAAGCUUAACAGCUUUGACCUGAACCCCCCAAAAUGGGGUAGAUCACUGCCAAUUUUUAACUCUGUGAGUAGAUUGCAGUCUCUUGGAAGUUGGCCACCCCUGCUAUAUUGUAUUAAAGAGUGUAGAAGAAUUUCUGACCUCUGAUCCAUUUUGUAAUGGGGGGGUUGGGGCAGGGUGACAUCCAAGGCACCUUACCAGUCUACAAUUACCAGGGCCCCUAGGAGAUUAUCCUCCUCCUGUGAAGAAUGAUAUCCACCCUUGUAGGUCCCACGGAAACUUCCGCCGUGAGCCCCCUUCUGCUUUUGAUGUUCAGAAUGGCACAUGAGGGGGGGAAAGGUGGAAUAUCAAGGUAGUAUCAGGGAUGAUCAAGGCAAGGGUGGCCUUAGACUGGCUGCCAUGGACUGGUUGUUUUGACCUGGGUGUUCCCCAUACUCAAAACACAAUGAUCUGUCCAUGAGAUGCGUAAGCAAGAAUUCCCCCACUCACUUUAAAAAGGAAUAUGGAGUUUAUAGGAAGAAAGUGGUACAACACAAGUAUUCAAGCCUCCUUUAUGUAGACGGAGCCAUUUCAGUAUGCAUUUUUCCUAUGAAAUUGAAAGUACUGGGGAGGGAAAGGUUAGAAGUUAUUUAAAACAGACUCAUGCUGAAAUAGGUUGAAUGCCAUCAUCCAAGCAAGGAGGGACUUGGUUGGCAGGCAUUAGUAAAUUCCAUCUCCUCUCAUGUGUUGCUAUUUUUGUCUUGUGAUCUUCGUAUGAGAGAUCUGCUUGCUCCAGUCCCAGGAAGCAAACAGUGCAUAAUGUUUCCCAUCAAUAUUUCACACAGCACAGUUUAUCUUAAGAGGGGGGAAAUCACAGAAUAACCCUGUGGUUAGCUUUUGAAAAAGUGGAUAUUGUAUUGAAUAUGUGGAACCUUUUGCCAAACAUGAGUAGCUUGGGUUCAGUAUACCCAAGGGAUUGUUCCCAGCUCCUGCUCUGUGUCUUUAUCUAUAACCACUGAAGUGUAGGUGGGUUCCCAUGAGGCAAGACACAGUGAUAACUGCAAGAACCUUUAUUGAACUAACAGAACUAGACAACAGGGGCAAAUCAACUUGUAUACAUUUCUGAAGGCCUGGGCCACUCCCACUCCCAACAUGAUUGGCUAUCUAAACUUCCAAGCUGCAAAUCAUGACUCAAGUGUUUAAGGGCCAGUGGCAGAGGCCCAAAUCCUGAAAUGUUAUGUGAUUGGAUAUCAUGUAUCAAAUCAGAACACAGGGGCUCAGAAUCUUUAGUCCAGACCAGGGUGGAUUUGAUUUAAAUCAAAUCAAUUUAAAUCAUGAUUUAAUCAUGAUUUAAAUCACUAGUCAGUAAGACUUUGUUUAAAUCUCUCUCUCUUUUUUUUUUUUACAGAAAGACACAAUCUUGCUGGCAUAAUCUUAAUAUUUACAACCAGAUGAAGGUUUCAUUUUUGGAAUAAUAAAUUUUCAGAGUAGUUUUUACAGUUAUAUAAAAAAUUACUGAUUUGGUGAUACUAUUAGAAAUACAUAGAUAAGUAUGAAAUUAUUGAGAGGUUUAAUAAGUUAACUGGUAUGGUUUUUUUGACAAUUUUUCUGCUGUACUUUAUUGGAAGGAGAAAAAUAAUCAUUUCCUUAAUAACAAUUUAAAAAAUUUAUUUAACUGAAACAAUAACAUUAUAGCAUAUGUAUCCAUGUUUGUUAACUGAUGUGGUUAAACGGUGUGUUUUUAAAAAAAACAAACCCAAACACCUUAGACUGAGCUUUAGCACACAUGAAAAACUUAAAACAAAUCCUUAUUUCCUGAUGAAUAGCCUUUGGACUAUAAUGUAACUUAAAUAGAAAACUGUCUUUAGAAAGAUUUUCCCUCCAAAAGCAUUUUAUUUUAAAAAUCCAAUUUAAAUUUUUAAAAAUCCCAAUUUAAAUUUUAAAAAAUCCGAUUUUUAAAUUAUUUUUUAAAAAGCAUUGAUUUUUAUCCACCCUGGUGCAGACUCAAACUCGGGCAAACACAAACCACUGAAUACAUAACAACCACUUCCUCAAAUAGUUCAGAGCUUGCUCCUACCAUAUUUUCAUCUUGGUUCAACAGCAGCAGCACAAUAUCCAGCCCAAACCUAAUUCAGACUGGAAUUGUGAUGGUAAUGUUUGCUGGGAGAGGCAGGAAGCACUCAAGACCGAAGCUCUAUUUAGUCAAGAGAUACUGUAGGAUGAGUACGCAAGGAAGCGGGAAGGAUCACACUUCUUAUCCCUACCACUGACCUCCAUCCAGAAUUUCUCCAGUUAUAGACUCUGGGAUCUAUUGGCUCUGCAUGAUCCCGAUCUCCUUCAUAAGGUUAUUCUACACUGUGUUAGCAGAAGAGAGCUCAAAAUCUCAGGGUUUAUUGCUAUAGGAGGCAACAAGGUAUAUGCAGAUAAGAAGCAAAAAAGGACUUAUCUUGCAGUAUGAUUUAAGACAUAUCCUUUUAAACUCCCAGAUAAGUCACGUUGAUCGUUUGUUUGCUUUGCUAUACAACACUGAUGUCUGGGUGGGGGUGAGGGAGAGGAGCUGUGCUAAUUACUCAUCAUCCUCAUCAGUGAUAGCAAUAAUGCUUUCCAGUGCUUUUUUCUGGAAAGAAAGGUGGGGGAACUCACCAUGAUGUUUCUUUGCUUAUUGUGGGCCUAGUCGCAGUCCCUCCUCACCCCUCCCCGCCGGGCAGUGGCUAAACAUAAGAUGUGAUUGAUAAACUCAAGCAGACAAUGAUCUGGAUUAGAAAUAGACACAAUUUUAUUGAUUACAGAUAUAGGUGGGUUUUUGGCUCAGGCAUUGUGUGUAUAACUGUUCCAGCCCCCCGCCCCAUUUAAAAAAAAAAAUAUUUAAUUUUUAAAAGGUAAGGGAACUCAGUUUCCCCGAGUACCUGCUUUAAAAAAAACCAAAACCCUGGUGCUUUCUGGUGUCUCUCUCCUCCCUUCUCCAUAUUUUGUACAAUCUUCAAAAUUGCAGUGACCUAGUUAAUGUGUGUGUUGGGUGUGUGUGUGAGAGAGUGAGAGUGAAUAAAUAAUCGUGUUUUCCUCUUUGACAACAUAAUUUAUUUAAAACAUUUUCAUAUCACCUUUCCUCAAAAUUAAUUUCAGGGCAAUUUGCAAGAUAUAAGAAUGCAAUGCAAACACUUCUACUUAACACCUGAAAAUAAAAGAUAUGGUCAAGUAAGAGAGCAGUCAACCCUACUUACAAGUACAUUAAAAGCCCGAACAAAUAAAAUUAUUUUUUGCCUGAGGCCUAAAUGAAAACAAGGUUGGCUUCCCUCAGCACCUCCUAGAGAAGGAGGCCCCAUGGUUUGGGUGCCACUGCUGGUAAAGGCCCUCUCUCUAGGUGCCAGCCACUUCACUUCUGGAAGGGGAAAAUACAGGGAGCCAGACAUUGGCAGGUGACCUAAGGCUGCUUGAAAUGCAGCUAGGCCAUUACUUUGUCAAAGUGUUAGGGAGUGGACUGUUUUUAUGAUGACUUAUUUUAUUAUUAGGCUGUCUGUCAGUAUGUUCUUCGUUAUGUUUGUAUCAUUCUGUAAUGUGUUUUUAAUGUUGCACACCACCCUGGGAUCAUCUGAUAAAAGGUGGUAUAUAAUAAUAAUAAUAAUAAUAAUUUAUAAUUAUAACUUUUCUUAUUUCGAAUGGAAGCUGCUUUGUGGGAAAACAAAUCAGAACAAACAUUUUGUGUUAAACAAUGAGAUAGGCACUUUGUGCAACAAAAGCAGCUGACCUGAUUAAAAACCUUGUAUAGACUUGGGAUUUAAAAUGACAAUAAUCUUCCCCCACCUGCCUGUUCACUCCUUGCAUGCCAUACACCCAAGAAUUAGUGGAGGGCACCUAGCUCUAAUAGCUAAUGUGCUAAUAGGACUGUCACAACUUCAUCAAUAUCCCAUCUUUCUGCUCUGGGUCUUUCUCCAAGCAGUAAAUACCCAACAACCAACCACUACAGCCAUUCCUUCCAAACCAAACAAAAAAGCAGCAGAUGGAUCAGGGACUAGUAAGGAGCAGGUGCUACAGCUGUGCUCUGUAAACAAGUCUGUGGGCCAGGUGUUUCAAAUUGAGCACAGCUGAUUUUUAGCUCCUCAUCCUGACUUGGUCAGCCACAAGAAGUGCCCAGGUCAACAGGGCUGUCUCUCUCCUUACUGCCCUGCAGCAACUAGACAGGUCAGUGUAGAAUAGAAUCUUUAAACUAGAAAUAUUUUCUAUAUGUGCAUUGCCAUUUCUUGAGAAACCUAUGGCAGAAAUUGCACCGUGUAGCAUGUAGCAAAUGUGUUAAGGGUCGUUUACGAAAUAGGGCUGCUUCAAAUGCAAUUGCGUGUGUUCAUUUUAUAUUUUGAUCCCAGUUAUCAGAUAUUGCCAUUAUUCAAGAGUCACACUGAUGGUGGUAGAAGUACGUGUGUAGAAUACAAAAAAGGGAGGUGUGAGGAGGUCAGGGAAACAAGCAAAUGAAAGAUAAGUUAUGGGAAGGCUUGAUUUGUUUGUUGUUGUUGUUGUUGUUGUUGUUUUUAAUUGUUUCUAUUUUUCUGUUUUUUAUUGUGAUGUGUUGUUUUGCUAUUGUUUAAUUUGGUGUUUUUUCUUUUUUCUUUUGCCUUUUUGUAAACUUAAAACCUUAAUAAAUACUAUUUUUUUUUAAAAAAAAAGUACGUGUGAAGCCUUGUAAAAGUGGCAGAACUGGGUGCUUUUAUGAAAGUUAUGGGUAUUGUUGCAAUAUCCACUCCAGUGAAGCUGGUAGUUUUCACAUGUUGUAGGAAUGCUGCUUAAAGAAAUAGAAAUUGAUCUUAUUUAUCUUUGAAAUUCAGUAUAUUUUCACUUUAAGAGAAUUAGCAAAAGAAUGCCAGUAUAUAGGAAGGUUUGUAGAGAACUUGAGUGAAACUGGAAGUUCUGUGGUUUCAAAAUACAGCAGUGUUUACUGGGUAUAUUUAAAAAGCACCCUGAAAUAUCUGAGACUCGCUGACAUAAGAUUAUAAAAUGUAAUUUUUACAAAGUAUUUUGUAGCAUUUCCUUGACUUGUGGCUUCCAGGUUAAUUUACUGUUAAUUUAAUUGAUAUGGUUGGCACUGAUUUUUCAGGAGCUCAAGCCUGGCCUAUUUAAAUAUUUUUUUCUUAAUCUACUUAUUCACUUUGAUCAUUAUGUUGUAGAUUUUUAAAAGCUGUGUUUGUUAUACACAGCAGUUCUUAACUUCCAUGUUCCUCUUAAUUAUCAGCCUUCUUGAAAUUUCAGUGAUUGAGUCUGUAAUUGUGUUUGUGUGUGUGUAUAUACUGUGUUUGUGUGUGUAUAUACACACACACAGUAAGCCUGCAAUGUACGCAGGGGUUACAUUCAAGGGAUCGUGGCUAUAUCCCAAUUGUCUAUACAGUGGUACCUUGGGUUAAGUAUUUAAUUCGUUCCGGAGGUCCGUUCUUAACCUGAAACUGUUCUUAACCUGAAGCACCACUUUAGCUAAUGGGGCCUCCCGCUGCUGCCAUGCCGCCGGAGCACGAUUUCUGUUCUCAUCCUGAAGCAAAGUUCUUAACCUGAAGCACUAUUUCUGGGUUAGCGGAGUCUGUAACCUGAAGCGUAUGUAACCUGAAGAGUAUGUAACCCGAGGUAUCACUGUAGUCAAAAUGCAUUGGGUUCAAUGGUCGGUGGAAUUGCCAAAGUCUUUCUUCCCAAUGCCUGCCCCCUUUCUGUCCCCCACUCUUUUUUUUUUGCUGAGCUUAGAAAUCUUGAAUGUGCACAUGUUAAACAUGCAUAGGCUUUGGAGUGAGAUAGAUAUAUAUAUAUAUUAGUUGCUUUUUAUUUUUUUAUUUUAAAAAGUGACUCAAAGUGAAUUACCACAAUAAUUAAAAAAACAUUUACAUUUAAACAAAAGAGGGGGAAAUCUAAAACACAUAAAUAUUUUUUAAAUGCAGGUUUAAAACAUCUCACCUGCUAAAAGAGGCUACAGAUAAUGAAAAGCCAAAGGCUUGGCAGAAAAUACAUGUUUUUUCUUGGUGACUAAAGUAGGGGCGGAGGAAGGGGGGUGGUGAGGGUGGUCCACCCCGGGUGUCACUACUGAGGGGGGUGACAAAAUGCUGGGGGGCACUCGCUGAGUGGGAGGAGGCAGGCAGACUCCUUGGAAGUCCCGCAGAGUGUCCUGCCCCAGUUUUCUUUCUUACUGUCAGAAAGACUUUCUGAAUGUUUCGUCGGAAUCUCCUUUCUUGCAACUUGAAGCCAUUGGUUUGAGACCUACCCUCCAGAGCAGGAGAAAACAAGCAUGCUCCCUCCUUCAUGUGACAACCUUUAAGAUAUUUGAAGACGGCUGUCAUUUCUCCUCUCAGUCUCCUCUUCCACGAGAGUAUCAUGGGGGACUUUGUCAAAAGCCUUACUGAAAUCAAGAUACAACUAUGUCCACAGCAUUUCCCUGAUCCACCAAGUUUGUAAUUCCUUUAAAAAAAAGAUAAAAGAUUGGACUGGCAUGACUUAUUUUUGAGAAACCCAUGCUGGGUCUUAGUAAUCACAGCAUUGUUUUCUAAAUGCUCACAGACCGACUGUCGAAUUAUCUGUUCCAGGACCUUCUAGCUCACCGGUUGGUAGUCACCUGGGUCUUCCCUUUUCCCAUUUUUGAAAUGGAGACAACACUUGCCCGCCUCCAGUCUGUAGGGACCUCAUCUGUUGUCCAAGAAUUCUUAAAGGCUCUAGAAUUAUAUCCGCAAGCUCCUUUACGAGCUCCUUGGAUGCAGCUGAUCAGGCCCUGGAGAUCUGAAUUCAUUUAAAGUAGCUAGGUGUUCCCUUACUACCUCUUUUCCUAUCUUGGGCUGCAGUUCCCUCCUUACAUCAUUUAUUCUGUUAUCACCAGGGCAUUGCUUUCCUUUUGGGUGAAGACAGAGGCAUAGUAGGUGUUGAGUAGUUCCGCCUUUUCUCUGUCACCAAUGCAGAGGACCUACCACAAUGCUACUCCUCCUCCCUUCCUGUUUGGUCUAUUUCUUUUGAACAGUAGCAUUGUAUAAAAAACAUGAAUGAGUUGCAUUUCUGUUUCCCCAGCUUCUGUUGUAAUGCAUAGAGACCAGGGACUCUGAGAUCUUGUUCCUGGGGAGAACAUUUCACCCUCUACAGGCAUCAUUUAGAGCUUACAGUUCUUGUCGCAGCCGAGAGCCUCCGUUUUGCACAUUGCAACAGAGGCAGGAAAAGCAGAAGCAAAGCACUUGGCAACUCUCCAUGUGUAAAACUCCUGCAGCCUCUUUGCUGUUGCAUGAUUUUGUGGGUCUGACCUGCUCAGGGUGGUGGCUCUAGUAGACUAAAGGGGCCAUGGCAAGGCAAUCAGAAGCAGUCCGUUGUGUGUGACACUUAAGCUGGAACAAAUUUAGAAUGUUGCUUCGGCAACCAAUAACAACAGACAAGGUUGCAACCUGUCCUCACAAGUGAGAGAAGAAGCUCUGCUGUUUAAAGGGACUUGCCCAUUCCCGCAACUUUAGAUUCCUGUUGUACUAAAGUACUCUUGAGUCAGAGGACAGUAAUGCGAUCUCUUUUCCACUGAAGCACUUGAGGACCAGCAUUCUAUCUGAAGCAAAUAGAAGCUAUCCUUCCAUUUAUAGAUUUAUAUACCACUUAAUCAUCACAAAACUCUUAAGCUAUGUUAAUUGUGCAGCCUCAUCUCUAGGGGUGGCCUGCCUGGUUAUAUUGAUCUUGCAUUGCUAGGUAGCUUUCUCUUGACCUUUGAUGGCUACCCAGAAAAGGUGGCUUCCCCUUCUUCAGCCAUGGGCCUUCCCCAACCAUUUGCUAAACUAGGUAAAGGUAAAGGGACCCCUGACCAUUAGGUCCAGUCGUGACCGACUCUGGGGUUGCAGCACUCAUCUCGCUUUAUUGGCCGAGGGAGCCGGCGUACAGCUUCCGGGUCAUGUGGCCAGCAUGACUAAGCCACUUCUGGUGAACCAGAGCAGCGCACAUAAACGCCGUUUACCUUCCCGCUGGAGUGGCACCUAUUUAUCUACUUGCACUUUGACGUGCUUUCGAACUGCUAGGUGGGCAGGAGCAGGGACCGAGCAACGGGAGCUCACCCCCUCACGGGGAUUUGAACCGCCGACCUUCUGAUCAGCAAGUCCUAGGCUCUGUGGUUUAAUCCACAGCACCACCCAUGUCCCACAUUUGCUAAACUAUUUCCUGACAAAAAUAGUUAAAGGCAAUGGAUUGGUGUUUUUUUGGAGGUGGCAACAAGACAAAAAGAGGUAAUAAGAGAUCAAUCAGGCACCUUCACGGUACUCUUUUUUGGCGCCUGCUAAAAAUAUUUCUGUUCAGACCAGCCUACCAGAUGCUUUGGAAGUUGAGGUAAUUUUAAUUUGUUGUAGUAUUUUAACUUUGGUAUGUUUUAAAUUGGUUUUUUAAAAAAUCUUGAUUGUAAAUCAAGUUGUAGAUUUGUCUUGCUUUUACUGUUUUAUCUUUUGUAAACCAUUUUGAGGUAAUGUAUACAAUGUAAUUGUAUGUAAUACAAUGUAAUGUAUACGAUUUUCACAAUCAAGGGUGGGGUAUACAUUUUAUGAAAUAAAUAAAUAAACCCAGUGCCAUAUUGACAGGUUAUUGACCCCAUUCUCAAAAUCUCAAAUUCUCAUGAGGUUUACCUGCUACCCACAGAGUCGUCUUCUGGAUUUGCGGUUCAAAUUAGCAACCAACAUGAAAUACUUAUUUUUCAUAGCUGCAGCAUUCCAAGAGGAAACUUGGUUGUUGUUUUUUUGUGUUUCCAUAUUCUUUCCCCAUUCCUCCCCGAGUAACAGUCAUUAGCAGCUCUGGACAUGAAUCAGAACAGUAUAUUUAAAAUCACAGGCAGCAAGAUCAUAGCGACGCUAAUCUCUGUUAGCCGCCUGGCUGGGAUUUGCAGAGCAAUCUCUGAAGGGUUUUCCUAGACAAGACUAUUAAAUUAACCCAAGGAAGCUCCCAGGUGAAAAGCCUGCUAUCAGCCUGCUUGAGGGAAGAGGUAAUGACUCUCUGGGGCUUAGCUAAUAAUCCUCAGCAUGCGUCCAGCAGCGGCAGCAAGACUGAAAUAACCUGCUGGUUUUGCUUUCCUAAGUACUGUAUUGUAACUCCACACUUUCAAAGGGGACGUUUGAGACAGGUCCUGCAGGAAUCCCUGAUUCAUACAGCAUUUUGAUAUAGCCUUCUGGAAAUAAAACAAGGCACAGUCCUUUCAGGCAUGGGGGACCCCCUUGCCAGUCUUUAAGCCAGGGGUAGGAAACUUAAGGCCGGGGGGCCGGAUGCGGCCCAAUCGCCUUCUCAUUCCGGCCCGCGGAUGGUCCGGGAAUCAGUGUGUGUGAUGGCCUGGGAUUCGGAUGCUGAACCUGAGGAAUCCCAGCCUGCACAGGAUUCCCCGCCUCCAGAACCAGCUGAGCCGGGGCUGGGGCAUGAGACUGAAGGGGUCCUCACCUGUGCUGGAUCCUCAGGUGCAGGCACCAGCUGAGUCUGCUCUAGCUCCUGAGGUGAUGGAGGACCCAUUGCCUGCAGAUGCUCCACUCUCAGCCCCGUCAGAGGAAGCUGAGGUUGCCUCUGGGUCCGGUAACCCUCCAACCUCUCCUGAGCUGCAGAGGCUCAGGGCAGAGAGGUGGAGGGAACUAAGUUCCCGCAGGAGGAGUGCUCACCUCCAGGCCAGGAGAGGCGAGUCACCUGAGGAUCGGGGCUGCCCUAUCCCAUGGGGCAGAUAAAAGCCAGCCAACCCCAGUCCCAACUUGCAGGAGCAACGUUGUUGGUUGUCAGUUCCUGCCUGAACCCUGCCCUGCACCCAGAUUCAACUUUUACAGACUGCCUCCAUAUUGUAUUAUCGACCACGGACUAGACUUGGACCUUGCCUCUCGGUUAACCCCCGGGACCAGCACAGCAUGUUUUUACAUGAGUAGAAUGUGUCCUUUUAUUUAAAAUGCAUCUCUGGGUUAUUUGUGGGGCCUGGCUGGUGUUUUUACAUGAGUAGAAUGUGUCCUUUUAUUUAAAAUGCAUCUCUGGGUUAUUUGUGGGGCCUGGCUGGUGUUUUUACAUGAGUAGAAUGUGUCCUUUUAUUUAAAAUGCAUCUCUGGGUUAUUUGUGGGGCAUAGGAAUUACUUCAUUCACCCCCCCCCCCAAAUAUAGUCCAGCCCAUCCAUCACAUGGUCUGAGGGACGGUGGACCGGCUCACAGCUGAAAAAGCUUGCUGACCCUAGAAUCAUAGAAUCAUAGAGUUGGAAGAGACCACAAGGGCCAUCGUGUCCAACCCCCUGCCAAGCAGGAAACACCAUCAGAGCACUCCUGACAUAUGGUUGUCAAGCCUCUGCUUAAAGACCUCCAAAGAAGGAGACUCCACCACACUCCUUGGCAGCAAAUUCCACUGUCGAACAGCUCUUACUGUCAGGAAGUUCUUCCUAAUGUUUAGGUGGAAUCUUCUUUCUUGUAGUUUGGAUCCAUUGCUCCGUGUCCGCUUCUCUGGAGCAGCAGAAAACAACCUUUCUCCCUCCUCUAUGUGACAUCCUUUUAUAUAUUUGAACAUGGCUAUCAUAUCACCCCUUAACCUCCUCUUCUCCAGGCUAAACAUGCCCAGCUCCCUUAGCCGUUCCUCAUAAGGCAUUGUUUCCAGGCCUUUGACCAUUUUGGUUGCCCUCCUCUGGACACGUUCCAGUUUGUCAGUGUCCUUCUUGAACUGUGGUGCCCAGAACUGGACACAGUACUCCAGGUGAGGUCUGACCAGAGCAGAAUACAGUGGCACUAUUACUUCCCUUGAUCUAGAUGCUAUACUCCUAUUGAUGCAGCCCAGAAUUGCAUUGGCUUUUUUAGCUGCCGCGUCACACUGUUGGCUCAUGUCAAGUUUGUGGUCAACCAAGACUCCUAGAUCCUUUUCACAUGUACUGCUCUCAAGCCAGGUGUCACCCAUCUUGUAUUUGUGCCUCUCAUUUUUUUGCCCAAGUGCAAUACUUUACAUUUCUUCCUGUUAAAAUUCAUCUUGUUUGUUUUUGCCCAGUUCUCUAAUCUGUCAAGGUCGUUUUGAAGUGUGAUCCUGUCCUCUGGGGUGUUAGCCACCUCUCCCAGUUUGGUGUCAUCUGCAAAUUUGAUCAGGAUGCCCUUGAGUCCAUCAUCCAAGUCGUUGAUAAGGAUGUUGAAUAAGACCGGGCCCAAGACAGAACCCUGUGGCACACCACUAGUCACUCUUCUCCAGGAUGAAGAGGAACCAUUGAUGAGCACCCUUUGGGUUCGGUCAGUCAGCCAGUUACAAAUCCACUGAGUGGUAGCAUAGUCAAGACCGCAUUUUACCAGCUUCUUUACAAGAAUAUCAUGGGGCACCUUGUCAAAUGCCUUGCUGAAAUCAAGGUAGGCUACAUCCACUGCGUUCCCUUCAUCUACCAGGCUUGUAAUUCUGUCAAAAACGAGAUCAGGUUAGUCUGACAUGACUUAUUUUUCAGAAAUCCAUGCUGACUAUUGGUGAUCACAACAUUCCUUUCUAGGUGCUCACAGACUGUUUGCUUAAUGAUCUGCUCCAGAAUCUUCCCUGGUAUUGAUGUCAGACUGACUGGGCGGUAAUUAUUUGGGUCCUCUCUUUUCCCCUUUUUGAAAAUAGGGACAACAUUUGCCCUCCUCCAGUCUGCCGGGACUUCGCCUGUUCUCCAGGAAUUCUCAAAGAUGACUGCCAGUGGUUCUGAGAUCACAUCUGCCAGUUCUUUUAAUACUCUUGGAUGCAGUUCAUCUGGCCCUGGAGACUUGAAUACAUCUAAACUAGCCAAGUAUUCUUGUACUAUCUCCUUAGUUAUUCUGGGCUGUGUUUCCUUUGCUGAAUCAUUUGCUUCAAAUUCUUCAGGUCGGGCAUUGUUUUCUUUAUCGGAGAAGACUGAGGCAAAGAAGGCAUUGAGGAGUUCAGCCCUUUCUGUGUCCCCUGUUUGCAUUUCACCAUCUUCUCCUCUGAGUGACCUCACUGUUUCUUUGUUCUUCCUUUUGCUACGAACAUACCCAUAAAAGCCUUUUUGUUGCUUUUAACCUCUCUAGCAAGCCUGAGUUCAUUCUGUGCUUUAGCUUUUCUGACUUUGUGUCUACACGUGCUGGCUAUUUGUUUGAAUUCCUCUUUGGUGGUUUCCCCCCUUUUCCAUUUUUUGUACACACCCUUUUUUAAUCUUAACUCAGUUAAAAGUUCUUUAGAUAGCCACCCUGGCUUCUUUAGGCACCUUCCAUGUUUCUGUCUCAUUGGUAUUGUCUGACGUUGUGCUUUUACUAUCUCCCUCUUAACAAACUCCCAGCCAUCAUGAACUCCCUUUCCUUUUAGUAUUACUGUCCAUGGGAUCUCACCCAGCACUUCCCUAAGUUUUAUGAAGUCGGCUUUCUUAAAGUCAAGAAAUUGAGUCCUAGUAUGCUUGGCUGCUCCUUUCCGCUGUAUAGUAAACUUCAGAAGAGCAUGAUCACUCACGCCUAAUGAUUCUUCCACUUCUACCCCACUAACCAGGUCAUCAAUAUUGGUUAGGACCAGAUCUAAAAUGGCUGUUCCUCUUGUUGCUUCUCCCACUUUCUGGACAAUGAAGUUGUCUGCAAGGCCAGUGAGGAAUCUGUUUGACCUUAUGCUCUUGGCUGAGUUUGACAUCCAACAAAUAUCCGGGUAAUUGAAGUCCCCCAUUACUACUAUCUUCCUUCCUUUUGCAUGCUUGGCCAUCUGUUCCAGGAAGGCAUCAUCUAUGUCCUCCGUUUGGCUUGGGGAUCUAUAGUAAACUCCCACAAUGAGGUCACUGUUAUUCUUCUCUCCCUUAAUUUUGACCCAAAUGCUCUCACUUUGGCUUUGAGGUUCUAAAUCUUGGAUCUCUUCACAGGUAUACACAUCCCUGACAUAUAACGCCACUCCUCCUCCUUUCUUGUCUGGUCUGUUUCUCUGAAAUAGAUUGUAUCCCUCCAUUAUUACAUUCCAAUCAUGGGACUUAUCCCACCAGGUUUCAGUGAUGCCUAUUAUGUCAUAUUUAGUUUGCUGUACCAAGAGCUCAAGCUCAUCUUGUUUAUUUCCCAUGCUUUGCGUAUUAGUGUACAGACAUUGAAGUCCAUUAAUCAUUCCCCCGUGUCUCUUAUUUAAGGAUUUUUUCCUCCCACCACUAGGUCUGCGUGCUGUUUGCUCCAUUUGGUCUAUGACAUUUGGAUGAUCAUCUUCAUCAAUUGAUAGACUCCUACCUUCAGGAGCACUGUCUCCCUCCCCACAUUAGUCAGUUUAAAGCCCUCCUGAUGAGGUUUCUGAGAUUUUUGGCAAAAACAUUUCUCCCAACCGUUGUGAGGUGCAGCCCAUCGCUUGCCAGAAGUCCAUCUUCAAGAAACUGCAGUCCAUGAUCUAAGAAUCCAAACUGUUCCUGUUUACACCAUUUGCGAAGCCAGCUGUUCACUUCCACUAUUUUCCCCUCUCUCCCUGGGCCACGUCAUUCAACUGGGAGGACAGAUGAGAUGACAAUUUGUGCAUUUAAUUGCUUCAAUUUCCUGCCCAGAGCCUCGUAGUCUCUUUUGAUCUUCUGGAGGCUAUUGCUUGCAGUGUCAUUGGUUCCCACAUGAACCAAGAGGAAGGGGUAUUUGUCAGUGGGUUUUAUGAUUCCUUGCAGUCAUUCAGUUACAUCUUGGAUCUUAGCCGGGGAGACAGCACACUUCCUGAGACAUCUUGUCAGGCCCACAGAUCACUGCUUCUGUUCCCCUCAGUAGGGAAUCCCCUAUCACCACUACAUGCCUCCUCUUAGGUUUGGUCGGGGUUCUUCCGUGAGCUGUCCGUUCCAAGGUUGUCUGCACAUUCCCUGAGGACUGACUUUGCUGCUCGUCUUCAUAUACCUGAUCGACUGUAAUGAGGGAGAGAUCCUCAAAUGGAGUCUGCUCUUCGUCUUCCAUGCUAGGGGAGAGGACCUCAAAGCGAUUGUGUAUUUCUAAACAAUCAGAGCGGACCCUGGGCCUCCUACUUCUUUGAGUCACGUUUCUCCAGAUAUCUGGCUCCUGUGUUGGUGAACUAGCCUCCUUCUCAGGGGAGUCCCCUGUCUCCUCCUUGGUGGAGACGGUGUGCUCUGUUGCUUCCAAGAAGAGCUCCAGCUCUCUAAUUCUUUGGAGCGUAGCUACACGUUCCAGCGUAGCUACACGUUCCUGCUUUAAGCGACUGCAGUGGCGCUCAGUGAAGUUCCAGGCACGAUUCAAAGUGCUGGUGUUGAUCUUUGAAAUCCAUGCAGAGUUCAUGACCAGGGUUCCUGGAUGAUCAAAUUACUUCAAUUCAGGUAGCUUGUGCAUUGGGAUUUUCAGGUAGCUUGUGCAUUGGGAUCAUUGGCUCACCUCUGGGUGACUCUGCCAACUGAGGUAUGGUGGGUGGCAACUUGGGAUAGGAUCUUUUUGAUGGCGGUGCCCAGUUUGCAGGCUGUGUUCUCUCUCCAGAAAGGCUUUUUUACACUUUGGGGCAUGGCCACUUGGACAUGUAACACCCUCUCCCCCAGGGCUGAGCAAAGGUCAGAGCAAGCCUUGGCAUGUAAUACGUUGGCCAAGAGCACUUAGCCUAGUAUUGUCUCCUGCAACUGACAGCAGCUUUCAAAGGAUUCAGGUGGGGUUGUUCUGCUGUCUUGGAAGGGCUCCCUUGUAGCAAAGGUUGCAAAAAAACCCCAAACCAAAUAAUGUGUUCUGCCACUGAGUUACAGACUCUUUCUUGAACUACCUGGAAGUAUAUCUAGGAUAGGCUUAAGAGAAUUAACAGUGUUGAUUAUCUUUGGUGGCGAAGCCUGGAGAAUGAUGCUGCAAAAUAUGAAAAGGUCUUCAUAAUAAUAAUAAAUUAAUUACACAUUAUUAUUUGGAAUACAUGUAUGAAUAGCUUUUCUCUUCUUGUCCACAGGCACUUGAUAAGCUUUUUUUUUACUCUUGUGUGACAGUUAAAUUUAAUCAUAUAUGUUAUCAAAAGCAACCAUAACCCUUGAUAAGAUUUUACACUUUCAGCAGAGUGAUGCAUUUGCACAAAGCACCCCUGAGAUUUUCACUUGCAUUUUUUCUCUGCCGAGUACACAUCCCUGAGACAUUAUCUCCAUGUCUCAUGCAGUCUCUAAAAUCUGUCCAAGGGCAUAACCAUUCUUUAAAUCAUCAGUAUGCCCAGUCUGUAUGAAAGAGGUGAGUGUGUUGAGAAUCUAAAUAAGGGGUGGAGAACCUGUGUCCCUUCAGAUGGACUCCAGGUCCCACCAUUCCUGACCGUUGGCCAUGCUGGCUGGAGCUGGUGGGAGGACAACCACAUCUGGCCACAGAUGUGGCCCCCAUGCCUGAUCUAGGUUGUCCCUUCUGCAAAUUAAAGGGCUCUUUUGGUGCAUGCAAGAGGGUGAGAUCCAGUGGAAUCUCUAGAUCAGCCUUUCCCAACCUGUGGGUCCCCAGAUGUUGUUGGACUACAACUCCCAUCACCCCUAGCUAGCAAGGCCAGAGCUCAGGGAUGAUGGGAGUUGUAGUCCAACAAUAUCUGGGGCCCCACAGGCUGAGAACCACUGCUCUAGAUUGAGGAGAGAGAACACAUUCCCCUGUUGUCCCCUGCAGCCUCCUGAACAAACUCCCACACUUACAGAGGGUCCCCCACAUAUCUAGGAGGAGCUUUUCAUGGGCUACUACAGAAUUAUGGAGAAGCUGUCUCUCCCUCUCACUCCAUCUUCCUAUGGGUGCAAUGCUGCUCAGAAGAAUUAGGUGUCUAACCCAGUGGCUGCUCCUCACCUUUGGAACAUCUGUUUCUUGACAGUUUCCAAAACCAAAAUCUUUUAAGAAGCUGCUGCAAAACUUCGCUAUGUGGAUCGUCUUUCACUUACUGGCAUUAAGCUGUCAUCAGUGCUAUUCCCUUAACUGCCUGUGAUGUUUAAUAAUGUAUACAGCCACUUCGGUUUCCGAGCCAAGUGCGCUCACUUGAAAACAAAACAGCCCCCUCCCAACAACUGUAAGUUUUAUUUCCAAGCCUGUUUUCGUUUUGAGAAAACCAAACAACAACAGCAAAAGCUGAACUACUUUCCUAUGUUGCAACAUCUUUUUCUUGUGAUAGCUUUGAAAGAGGGCUAAUCCUGAAAAUAAUGUCUUCAUGAAUUAUUAUUUAUUAUUCCUAGAAUCCCAACCAAUCCCUCUUCCCAGGGAACUCUGGAUAUUGUAGCUAAGGGAGGGGAUGGGGUGUCUCCUAGCAACUCCCAACACCCUUAACAAACUACAGCUCCCACAAUUCCUUGGGGGAGACGCCAUGAUUGUUUAUCAUAGUGCUUUCAGUUAAUGGUGUGAAUGUAGCCUUGGAAAUGUAUACCUUAGUGAGUCUUACACUAUUUUAGCUUAGAUGAGGGCUUAUCCACACUUCCUAGUGCUUCAUUUAUAGACACAGGGCUGGGAUUUCCAGGUUUGUGUCUGAAUGGGGUUUUUUUUCUUCCUUUUGCCGCUUUCCCCCAGGAAAAUUUGUGUUUUACCGCUGAAUCAGAGCAAACUGAAAUUGGGGUUUCGGCAGAUUGCUAUUUGCUCUGCUUCAGUGGUAAGCACAGACCACUAUUGCUAAAGGAUACCUUACUUUAGGAUAGUGAUUGUGGUGCCCUCCAAAUAUUGCUGGACUACAAUGCCCAUCAUCUCUGAUUGCUGGCCUUGCUGGUUGGGGCUGAUGGGAGUUGUAGUUGUUGUAAACAAAAAUUGCCCUUCUCCCUUAUGGGGUAUCCAAGAGAAGAAGAAGAAGAAGAAGAAGAAGAAGAAGAGUUUGGAUUUGAUAUCCCGCCUUUCACUCCCUUUAAGGAGUCUCAAAGCGGCUAACAUUCUCCUUUCCCUUCCUCCCCCACAACAAACACUCUGUGAGGUGAGUGGGGCUGAGAGACUUCAAAGAAGUGUGACUGGCCCAAGGUCACCCAGCAGCUGCAUGUGGAGGAGCGGAGACUCAAACCCGGUUCCCCAGAUUACGAGACUACCGCUCUUAACCACUACACCACACUGGCCCAUAUAGAGUCCUUACAUAGGUUCCCUAUUGGUAGGAGAAAAUAACAGAGGCCAACCAGAGAAUAUUUAGAAGCAAAGCAGCUAGUAAGCUUGAUCUUUAUUGAUCUGUUGCAACAGGGUGCUCCCCUCACACGCAGGAGAGGAGGAGGAACCCAGAGCAAUGGCGCGCAACGCCUUAUAAAGACUUUUGAAAUUGCCACCCUGUAUAUCAAGACCACCCCCAGAAACAUCAUACAUACAUCACAGAGGGGGUGUAACCUAAGACCACGCCUCAGAUGCAUCAUACCUACAUCACAGAAAAGGCGGUCUAAAACAGAAAUUUGAAUGUUGUUUUUCUUCUGUCGUUGUUUAUCUCCUGUCUGGCAGGUUACUUGAUUGGAUUGCCUGGGGAGCCUGGCCAGUCUUUUGUAAUGAUUAAUACUUAGUUCCUGGGCCAGGUCACAGGCUCACACCCUAUUCAUAUCUUCAAUGUGCCCUUAAGACAGGAUUUUUGAGGAAAGAGACAAUGGGGAGUUUUCCCACUCUGACCUUGCAGAGAAAACAUUUGCUCAGUUUAGGAAUCAAAAUGGUUCCAGGUUGGUCUUCCUGUGCUUGGUUGGUACGCUUAUGAACAUUACCAUAUAUCUAAGACCUCAAAAUUCCUAUCACAUAGUCAAUCAACAUCUUUAUGUAAUUUCUGCUACUGAGAUAACGAAGCGAUGCGUAUCAGUACUUAAAGGCACUGAAAUUUACAUUUAAGCUGUAGCUACUAAAAUAAUAAUAGGAAGUCAUUUCUGGACUUGGAUUUGUACCCCCACUUCCCACAUAGCUUACAAACAAACAUCAAAUACAAUAAAACAGAAAUCGUAACAGAGUUUCCUUUUCAACUUAACGGUGUAUAGUACCAGCAAGAAUUAGAACUCCCAACAGGGAAACCCAAGAACAAAUGCUAGGCCCAGAACCCUGUAAAGUAAACCCUCUGCUCAGAAAACAGGCCCUGGGAAAGGGGGGGGGGGGAAUUACACGCGAAGUCAAGAAGACGUGAGAAACAUCAGCCAGCAUGACGCAUUUCAAUUAAUGCAAGAGCCAUUUGGGUUGGAUCCAGUCCCAGUUUGGAAAUGUUGCAGAUUUAAGAAGCUCAGCUGCUGCUGCUUCUUUUUUUUCACAAAAUCACACCCUAGCUUUUGACGGCGAGCAGUCAUGGCUUUGAUGGUAAUUCUGUUUGCCAGAACACAUGACCGUUGAAGACACGUUUAACGGUUUUUAAAAGAUCUCAUGCAGCUUGAGCAGUCAAGCAGCUUGAAGUGUAAACCUCCUACUUGUCGAUAAUUAUAGCCUUGGUCUCCAUGGAGCUUUGGGUGUUUUUGAGUCUGAUUUUUAGCAUGCUGCCUUCUUGAUUUGAGCUUUUUCUUUCUUUCUUUCUGAGAUUCAAGAGUUAUCUUUGAACUGUUUUGCUGACUUCUUACCUCCAUGAGAGGAACUUGGUGUGGAGAGUGUAGCUGUGGCACCAUAGCAAGGUCCCCCCCCCCUUGCUCUUGGAAAGCCUGGGAAGAUUUCCCUCCAUUUCUACAGCAGUGUCCCCCCGUCCCUCCGCUGAGAUGAAAACUGGACAGCUGAAGCUAUCCAGGAGAUUUCCCCCACCCCCUAAGUUAUAUGACUGUGUGCAAAUUUACGCAUUUUAGAACAUUUCAGAAAGGUCUCUCUGAGCUGUGUCAUCAGAAUACAUUCAAGAAAGCUAAUUGUGGGAGGUCUACUAUCAGACGCAUUCCUUCAUUCUCAGUGUGUGUGGGUAGACUGUAGUUGCUUAAUGUAGAAGGUAAGUCACUCUGUACAUGCUCAAGAGGUGUCUUUGUAUCAUCAUCAUCAUCAUCAUCAUCAUCAUCUGCUUUUUAAAAGAAAGCAAAUGGUCGAGAGCUCAAUGGGACAGAGGAAAGCAGGGUGCAACUAAAACUUAAACAUUGAAUUCAAAUGUGUGUUUUCUACUUAAGCUGUGAAUACAUAUGAAAGGAUGAUUGUAUUAGGAUUCAGCCUUUAAUCCAAGGUUCUUCAUGUGAGACUUGGGGCGCUUCCUGACUUUUUGCUAUUUUUGGGUGGAAUACAUACAGGCCAAUUCAGAUCGUACUCUUACAGUUGAUUGGAAAGCCUUGUGCAACAAACUCGUUUCCCAAAAAGUCUGGGCUUUUUGCAGUAUGGAAAGUGAUGGGGAAAUGCCCUGGAAAGUGUGGGAUUUCAUUUACUUUGAUGUAAUGUCCUCUAACCUCCCAGUAAAAAAAAUUAGAAAUGCAGUCGUACCUUGGAUCCUGAAAGCCCUGGAACUCGGACGUUUUGGCUCCUGAACCCCGUAAACCUGGAAGUGAUUGUUCUGGUUCGUGAGCUUUUUUUGGAAGCUUCCGCGGCUUCCGAUUGGCUGCAGGAGCUUCCUGCAGCCAAUCAGAAGCUGCGCCUUGGUUUCUGAACAUUUUGGAAGUCGAACAAACUUCUGGAAUGGAUUCUGUUCGACUUCUGAGGUACGACUGUAAUUCUCAUUAACUAACCAACAUCUUAUAAUCUCCCUGCAAACAAAUCAGGACGAAUACUCAAUAAGUGAGUAUUCUGGGAGAACCCUGAGGUGUCAAAAUGAGGGAGAUCUUGCAGCUGGCAAAGGUACUGUUUGCUGUCAUUCUUCGGGCAAAGGAGUGUUUUUGCACUGACCAUAGGUCAUAAUCAGCCACCUUUCUUGUAAACACUGAAAGCACAUAGAAUCAGUGCAGCUGGAGUUGCUCUGCUUUUCUCAAGAGAAGAGGGAAACCCUCUGUAGAAGAAGAAGAGAGAAAUGUGCUGACCAGGUGUUUGCAAAGAACCAAAGCCAUUAAUCACAUUAAAUGACUCUCGAUAAUGGGUUUUAGUUCGUUGGCUUUGCUCUCAAUAAAGCUUAACCUCUUAAACCUUUGUGCCAUGUAAACAGGAUACCUACCCAUAGUGAUGAACUACCAUAACACACACACACUCUCUCUCUCUCUCACACACACACACACACACACACACGCACAGGCACACACGCAUACUCGUUGACAAAGUGCUUUUGACUAAAAUCAAAUCUGUAUGACAACCAGGAAAAUAAUAAUAAUCAUAUGUGCUUCCUUAUGCAUAUUAUUUAGAUUAUGGAAAUAUUGACAAAAAAUAAAUGUUGGAGAGGGAUUUGUGGCAUUUCUAGACAAAUACAAGUUUUGUAUUUGCAUAUAUUAAAAUGGAGAAGAAGCCUGUUAUCAUAUUUAGCGCUCCCCGCAAAGGUCUAGCAAUUGAAUGCUCCUCCUGGCUCGUUGAGACAGCCGCAUAUGCCAAGAUACUGAUCAUUUUUAUAGCUCUGUCAAAUGUUUUAUGGCAAGCAGCACUUAUUUCCUUUGUUGCUCUCCAUAGCACCAUCUCAUCUAGUGAGCCUAAUAUGCAGUGAAAUAAAUUAGCGCAGCAGUUUAGAGAUGUAGCAUAAUUGCAGCUGCCUGGCAAGGGCCUGUUUAGCAAGCAUUUAGAUUCAUGUGGUGCGUUGACUCUUCUGCAGCUGCAUUUUAUAGGAACUGGAGCCUGACGAACUGUGCAUUUUCGCCCUGCAAGAAAAAAAGGAAACCGGAUGGUUGCUGCGCUUGAAACAAGGAAAUGAGCAUUGGGUGUAAUACCUCCAGACAGGGACACCCAGUACCUCCAGAAUGAAUCAGGAAUAUUCAACUAAAAAUAAUAUUAUACAAUGAGGGGGGGUGUUUUUUCUGUCUCACACAGAAUCCCACCCAAACCUUGCAGUUAGAAAACUAACGAAUUUGAUAAAAAGUUUUUAUUAAAUACACUCACAACAUUGCCCCCCACCUUAGUUUCACAACGUUCCUGUAUUUGUACUGUGUGACAAUAAAUACAGUACAAUCAAUCAAUCAAUCAAUCAGGUAGAAGGGUUCGUGUGGUCUUUGGAUGAAGGAAAUGAUGGGAAGGGAACACGGUCUUGAGUAGAUUGGCCAUGCUAGUGUCUCUUGUUUAAAAUGUGUGUGAAGAUACUGUUUAACCCUGAUUCCACUCUCCUGCGGGUUAAGAAAGAUUUAAAAUCCCAGAGUGAGAUAAGAACUGGACCGCUGAGGAAUCCAAAGGUUGAAGACAGACAAGUAACUCAUGAGUUUACAUAGAUUAUGCGUAUUGGACUAGUUCUCCAUGAUGUUUCUUGGCUAUACUGCUAGAACUCAUACAGUUGAAGAUUCCUUCAAAAAAAAGAAAGGUGACAGGAGCGGGGGAAUCAUUCACAUAAAAAAUUACAGUGGUAUCUCGGGUUACAUACGCUUCAGGUUACAUAUGCUUCAGGUUACAGACUCCCCUAACCCAGAAAUAGUACCUCGGGUUAAGAACUUUGCUUCAGGAUGAGAACAGAAAUUGUGCGGCGGCAGCAGGAAGCCCCAUUAGCUAAAGUGGUGCUUCAGGUUAAGAACAGUUUCAGGUUAAGAACGGACCUCCGGAACGAAUUAAGUACUUAAUCCGAGGUACCACUGUAGCACAUUUAGGCUAGAACACUUGUUUUCCUAGCUUUGUUACUGAGAAGAAAAUUUGGCCUUUUGAGCCCCUCUUUACAGUGCGUGUUGGUAAAGUGCAAACACGGAUUUACAACUGAGAGCGAGUCUCAUUAGGACCUGCCAAGGCUUGAACCCCGGAGCCUUUGAUUUUGUGUGUCGCUGCAGUAUGUAUUGCUGCUGCAACUUGAAGUAUUCUCAAACCAUGCACUUCCUUCCCAUGGCACUGGUGACUAAGCCAACUUUCCCCUUUUGCUUGAAGUUGUUCUAUUCCUGCUCAGGCAGCAGAAGCAGACAGAAAAGGGAGUCCAAGGUGGCAUAGUGAUUAGAUUUGGGGGCUAUUACUGGGAAAACGCAAGUUCUAAUUCCCAUUUGGUCAUGAGGCUUACGGAAUGACCACCCCUAUAUUAUGGUCUGCACUGCAAGAUGUGAAAAUUACUGGCAUUGUGUACAGGUGAACUGAAAAAUGUUCUCCCAGAGGGUUUUUGGGGUUUUUUUGCUGUGCUGUUUUUAAAUUCCAAUUUAUGCAGUAAUUUCCUUCUCUCCCCAAAGACAUGCAACUAAGGGGGUGGGAUUUUAAGGAACAGAAACAAGGGUUGACAAAGGAGGUGAAGUCUAGAAAGAUGUGCAGCAGGCAGCUUCAGUUGUUAAAACAAGACCCAUCUUUCAGUUCAAAUGGUUUCAUGCACGGUAAAUUCUUAAGAACCCUUGAUUGUGCUGGCAUAAAGAAUUGUUCUCCAGUGACAUACAGAAACAGUCACUCUCUGUAACGAAAGCAUUUCUGCAUCAAACUUGGCUCGGGCUGUGCUUUUGCCUUGCUAUGACAUUCUGUAGCUGCUUAGCUAACGCAAGGGAUCUGAAAGGGAAGUAUUGACAUGAAGUCUUCUGUGCUUGCCUACUAGGUUUUGUUAACACUGUAAUACAGAACAGCGCUCAGGAGACAGGUUGAGCAAGAUACUAGCAUAACUUUGUUGGCUCGCAUCUAUAUGCUGGCAGAAGGAUGCUAAAUGUAUUUGGCAGUCAACGUUAGGCUUUUCGUUAAUCUCUGUCUUUCAUGUCAUUUCCAGAAGGUAGAUUAAAGCUGCCUAGAUAGAUUGCAGAAACAAAGGCUUGAAUGCCUUUAUGUUGCUCUGCUCUCUUUAGUCCAGCUUUAUGCUGGAUAUAGGAAGCAUUAAGGUUUCGCGGGUGGCGCUGUGGGUUAAACCACAGAGCCUAGGACUUGCCGGUCAGAAGGUCGGUGGUUUGAAUCCCCGCGAUGGGGUGAGCUCCCUUUGCUCGGUCCCUGCUCCUGCCAACCUAGCAGUUUGAAAGCAUGUCAAAGUGCAAGUAGAUAAAUAGGUACCACUCGGGCGGGAAGGUAAACGGCGUUUCCAUGCGCUGCUCUGGUUCGCCAGAAGCGGCUUAGUCAUGCUGGUCACAUGACCUGGAAGCUGUAUGCUGGCUCCCUCGGCCAGUAAAGCGAGAUGAGCGCCGCAAUGCCAGAGUCUGUCAUGACUGGACCUAAUGGUCAGGGGUCGCUUUACCUUUACCUUUAAGGUUUCGUAUAGAAUGCAACAUGCUCUGGUUUCUGAUUUUUUCAAAAAACAAGAAAUUUACUUUUAACUUGAUUUGCAAAUGUUGGAAUUGCAAAAGGUUAGAAAAUGUCCCAUGCUAAGUGGUUUUCUUUUUCUCUUUUAGUGAGUAUGUUUUUGAACACAUUGACUCCCAAGUUCUACGUUGCUCUUACAGGAACCUCUUCAUUAAUAUCGGGGCUUAUUUUGGUGAGUAAAAUUGUUGCAUUUUACUACUUCUGUCUAUAAACUUUUGAACGUCGGAUUCCACAUGUAAAAAAUAAAUAAAUCUGAUCUUUCUUGCUAUUUCUUCCCUACACACCUGCCUCCAACUUUGUGUCUCUGUGUACCUAAAAGAAUUUGCAUUUGCCAAGGGCUGUGUGGUCUCUAGCAUCUUCAAACCUAAAAUUUCAUUUUCGAAAGACAAAAUUCAUGCCUUGCGUGCUUCCAUUUUCAGCUGUAGAGAGCUUCACUUGCCAACCUGUUUCUGUCAAUCUUCUCAAACUGGACAAUCCCAUCUUUUAAAUCCCUAGUCAAUAGGAACCACCACAGCUUUUUCUGCAGCAGAGUCCAAAAUCAGUACAUUGUUUAAAAUCCUAUUUAUAUUGUGCCAUGCUACCCCAGUCUCCAAGGGAUUUCAGGGGUUGCUUUAGCCCACAGUCUGUGUCUUCUGUUGGGCAAUGAGACACAGUGGAGACUGUGGUGUCUUUAUGAUAUAUGGUUUAUUUACACAUAUAUACAACCCGAGUCUACUAAUUGGAAGCUGCGGAAACCCCGCCGAACAUUUGGGUUCCAAAAGAACAUUCACAAACAAUCACUUCCGGCGUUCAGGAGUCAAAAUGUCCGAGUUCAGUGGUGUUCAACAACCAAGUUACGACUGUAGUGGGUUUUGUUAAAGGUCCUGGACCUCAAUUCACUGAAGGUAACUCCACCCUGAGCAUUAUAUUGGGUAUCUUCCUGAGAAAGUUUUUUUAAAGAAAGCUUAGUCACCUAAAACAGUCAUCAGAAGAGGAUCCUUAUUGCUCUUGACUUCUGUCACUGGAACACUCUAGUAGACUGACUACCAGCAGCUCUUCAGGGGUUCAAGAGGGGUUCAAGAGACCUACCUGGAGAUGCCAAGGACUGGACCUUAGACUUUUUGCCUGCUUUGGAAUUCAUGCCUUCCACGUGUUCCAGUGCAUGCCGAAAGGAUGUGCAAACAACGUGUUCAGCAGAGCUGCAAUCUCUCUUCAGCGCCUCUCACUGCUACUUAAGGCUUAUUCACAAAAGAAAUCUCUGAAGAAUAACGACAUUUGCCAAAGGGUUUCGAGACCUUCCUUGCCUUGCUGCUGUUGUUUUCAAGCAAGAGGGAGAUCAUUACGGAAUUAAUUAAUGUAUCCUGAGUAUUCCUUGAACAGAUAGCACCUCAAGGCAUAUGGUUAGCCUUCAGAGAAAUUAAAACUUCCCUUGUAGGUGUGAACAAAAGAGGCUUGGAGAGUAGAUACUAUAGUAAGAGGAGCUGUCUGUUGUUCUUUUUUUAAAGAGACCCAACAAUUAGGACGGUAAGGUGAAGGCUUUCAAAGCACGACUUGGCCAUUUUUGCAGGAAUUCACAGAGAGAAAUUAGUGUUUGGCUGCCUUCCUUUUCAUAUGCAAAUAACGAUGAUACUAAUAACUUUAAACUGGAAGUAAUUAAGAAUAUUCACAUUGUUUUAAUUUUUCAGCCGUGCAUUACAUUGCAUUAAGAUGUGGCGAUGGGGAAGCAGCCCUUACUAUUUUAUUUCUUGUACUGCUGGCUCAGGGAUAUUGGCAGUUAUACUAAUUUAUAUAUUUUAUCAUUUCGUUAUGCCUUUCUUUAGAAACAAAGUUGAUAGAUACUGAAAUUGUUCAAUAUUUUGUUUUAACCAAAUUAUUUAAGUAAUAACUGUAAACUGUUUCGGUUGCUGCCAAGCCAGGAUACAAGUAUGAAGAUGAGUGAUAGCCCUGCACUCAAUGGUGCUAAAAAGUUACGGUAUGCUUGGCUGUAGUAGGUGGGCAGGAUAUGGCAAGGGCAUGUGAUGUCUGAGGCAUGUAACCCAAUGUCAUAUGGAGAAAGCAGCUGGCUUACAGCUGCAUCCUUUGCAAGCACAUUUUGGGCCAGAGGUCCCACAAAUGUAGGAAAAGGGGUCAGAUGCUACAGCUGCUUUAGUGCUGCUGCUGUUUACACUACGGCAUUACGAUUUGCUUUGUGCUGUGAUGUACGUUGUAAUGUAAGACUACUGAGAAGGGGUCGAGAAAGUGCUGAGGUCAGUUUGAGCUCCCCUCACAUUCUUCUUUCUUCUCUCUCUUUGGCGAUCACUCGUAGCCGAGUAAGAUUGUCUUCCAUAAACACGGUUUUAACAAUGAGCCCGUAAGUGACUGUGGAGGCCAAUUCUGGACCCACACGUCCUUCCACAGUGGGGACAUUGGUUUCCGGGUGGGAGUUGAUCAUGGUGCGGAUUUGGCAAGCUUGCCUUCCUCUUAGCACGUUUCUCCCUUGCGUCCUGAGUUCGAGUGUCUUCAAAGCCCAUGGCACCUUUGGUAGAGGCUGUUCUCCAGUUAGCAAGUGUUUCCCAAUUGUUGGUGUUUAAACUACAUUUUUUAAGAUUUGCCUUGAGACAGUCUUUAAACCUCUUUUGUUGACCACCAGCAUUUACGCUUUCCAUUUUUAAGUUCAGAAAUAGAGUAGUUGCUUUGGAAGACGAUCAUCAGGCAUCCGCACAACAUGACCAGUCCAACGAAGUUGAUGUUAAAGAAUCACCCCAAACAUAUAUUCAAUUCACAUAACUCACCCCAAACAGAUAUUCAAUGCAGAUCCUAUUCAGGAUACAUAAAAGAGCACUGUAUGCAAACAUUCCCCUUUUAAUUCUGCAACCUAUUUGCAGACAGACAAGUUUUAGGGGAUGCCAUUUCACUAAAUUUCUCGUUUCACAGGGGUGGGGCUUGUCAGCAGAAGUCAUGGAGCUGCUUUCUCUCCGCCCCCCUUUAAAGUUGUUGGUGUUGCAACUGUGUUGAGCAGCGUGGCCACCAUUUUUCACUCUCCACAAUAUUGCAUCAUUCCAGGACACUUUGGGGGUGGGGGAGGCAAAUGGCAACCACACACACACAUAAAAAUGGUGGAGAAUAUCCAGAGCAAAUUCUGCAGUAGAUCUAUGAAAAGGACAGAAACCAGCAAAGAAGCCUCUUCGUAAUAACUGGCUAGGCAUUUCCCUCUUAGCAUAUAACGUUGACUUCUAUGAAUCGGAUCAUUCAGCCCAGUAUUGUCUGCUCGGACUGGCAGCAGCUCUUGAAUAUUUCAGGCCUUUCUUAGCUCUGCCACCUGAGCUGCUUUAACUUGAGAUGCCAGGGAUUGAUCCUGUGGCUAAUUAAGUACUCCAAGUAGCUCCAGAGCAGGGAGGUGAGACAGACCCAGGAAUGGAUAGAUGGAUAUUUGCAGCUUUUUAAGGGAAAUUAUGAGCAAUAGGUGAGAAAUAGCUUCUUGGUUGCACAGACCCCUGGCCCUUCCAUUUAAAGCUCUCUGUGGCUUUGCAAUUAUUUCCCAUUAUAUGUUUGCCAAUGAUAGGUGGCCACUUAUGCAUCACCAAAAGAAGAAAUGCAUCACUAAACAAGGGGAUGAAAAGAGGUCACAGGUUUGCAUAUAAGUUGCAUAUGCUAAUUUAUAUUUAUAGAUGCAAAUUCAGAAAUAAAUACCAUAAUUUAAAUAGAAAUCCCGUGCAUCUCACCAUAGCUGGGGGCAAGGAACUAGGUUCCUGCUCAGUCACCUAGAAUCAUAGAAUCGUAGGGUUGGAAGGGACCCUGAGGGUCAUCUAGUCCAACCCCCUGUUAUGCAGGAAAAUGCAGCUGUCCCAUACAGGGAUCGAACCUGCAACCUUGGCAUUAUCAGCACCACGCUCUAACCAACUGAGCUAAGCUGUCCAGGUGCUAAAUGUCAGUGAGCAACUUUGAGGCCCCUGUUCUGUCUUCUCAUCGUUUUGUGUCUUUAAACUGAAUUUGGAAUAGGCAGCCUUUCCAAAUACUCUUUCAAACAGUUUCUCCUUGUGUCUCUCCCACACUCCCUGUUUUCCAUAAAGCCUGUUUUAGUAUGUUGGUGGCUCUUGGUGUAGCACCCUAUCAAUCUCUGCAAGGUUAUGAUUUAUAAAGCAACACCGCAUAUACUGACGGCACUAUAUACAGAAUAAAUAAGGAUAACAAUUCAUCCAAAAAAAUACCUUUAAAUAUAGAAUUAGAGCUUAAACACAAGUGGCCAGUGGAAAUUACUUUGGAGUUAAUAAUAAUAAUAAUAAUAAUAAUAAUAAAUUUUAUUUAUAUCCCGCCCUCCCCAGCCGAAGCUGGGCUCAGGGCGGCUAACAACAAUAAAACAGUACAAAAGUACAGCACAAACAACACUCUAAAAUCAUUCAUUAUAAAAUUAAUUAAUUCAAGCCACUGGCAACCAUUGGGCCAGAGCUCAAGGAAAGCAAACUAAUGAAUGCACAUAUUCGCUUCUGUUUUUAGAUAUUUGAAUGGUGGUAUUUUCGCAAGUAUGGGACCUCGUUCAUUGAGCAAGUCUCGGUGAGUCACUUGCGCCCUCUGCUGGGAGGGGUGGACAACAACUCGCCCAACAACUCAAAUACAAGCAACGGGGAUUCUGAUGCAAAUCGGCAGAGUGUCUCAGGUAAGACAAUUCCGCUUGUCCUGCGCAGAUUGUUAACUAUAGUAGUAUGUCCUUUUAAAAUUCAAGAACGAUCAUGGGUUAUGCUUAUUACUAUUGACAGCAAACCUGUAAUGUCCUGGAUUCCCUUUUUCUUUUCUUUUCUUAAGUGUUCUAUUAUCGCUCAUGUUCCAGCCUUCAGGUAUGGAUGCUGAUCUCAGAGGCAUCUUGGGGUCCUUCAGCCAGUGGCUCCCUAGGGGAAGUGAAUUACUGCCUCCAAUCUAUUUGUAGCUUGUUUUGUUCUGGCAGAGGAAGCGGAACAAACUUUGCAAGAACUCAAAUAGCAUAUCACUUCAGAAGCCACCUAGAGCAAACGAUUAGCUACGUAUCUUCUCGCCUGCAAGCUUCCAUUUUUGACUUUGAAAUGGAACAGUUUUAGCACUUGACUUAAAAAGAAAUUGAAACAUGAGUGGUUUUAGGAAUGAAUUUAUUCACCAAGUCGAUUUUCCCCCAGUUGAAUCUGCUCCUAGCGUUCCUUCAUCCUGGUGUCAGACUUUUCUGGCUAAUAAUAAUAAAUUUUAUUUAUACCCUGCCCUCCCUGGCCAGAGCCGGGCUCAGGGCGGCUAACACCAGUAAAAUUACAAUAAAAACAUAAUAGGGAAAGGAAACCAAUUUAAAAUACAGGUUAAAAUGCAAUUUAAAAUGCAGCCUCAUUUUAAAAGUAGCCCAUAGAUCAAAACUGUAAGGGGAGGGAAACAUAAGGUUUAGACUGAGUCCAAACCAAAGGCCAGGUGGAACAACUGUGUCUUGCAGGCCUGCGGAAAGAUGUCAAGUCCCGCAAGGCCCUAGGCUCUUGACAGAGCGUUUCACCAAGUUGGGGCCAGUACUGAAAAGGCCCUGGCCCUAGUUGAGACUAAUUUAACCACCUUGUGACCUGGGACCUCCAAAGUGUUGUCAUUUGUGGACCUUAAGGUCCUCCGCAGGGCAUGCCAGGAGAGGCAGUCCUGUAGGUACGUAUAAUAUGUAUUCCCCAUCCCACCCUCACCCCGGAAAAAGUGCCAUCAUAACAAAAGAUAUCCAUGCUUUUCCUACGAGUGCAUUUGCAACAACAAAUAAACUGCAACAACACCAGUGGUGGGAGAUCAGGUAAGCAUUGCCCCCCUGCCACUGGCUAUAGUGCCACAUGUUUAUAUCUAUAAGCCAGAAAAGUCAAUACGAUAUAAAUCGCAUCUACACAUAUAUCGCUCCCCAAAGUCUUCUUUAACUACCAUGAGUCCCAGUCAAAAACUCUGGGAACUCUUAAUAAGCCCCCUCUACAACAAUUCUCAUGAUUCUUGUAAAUUAGCAUACCAAUUAAUUUACACACACUUUCUGCUAAAGGUGGAUGAAUUUCCAGCACCUGCUACUUCCCUCUUCUAGGUAAUACUACGUGUACUGGGCAGGUUAUUCAGACAUACAAAUCUACAUGUCCCACAACACAGUCUUUGGUUUUUGGAACAGAAUAAUGCUGGCAACAACUAACUUCCGGGCCAUUUCACAGUUAGAAAUAGGAGGGCUGUGAACAAUCUCUUUCUGAAAUUUGGGAGGACUGUCGCCAUCAAAGCAGACAGUGCAAGGACUGAUGGAACAGUGGUCUGAUUCAGCAUGCCAGCUUCAUUUGUUCAUAUAUUUACUAAUAAUUCAUUGGAUCACAGAAGCACUCCAGAUGUAUAUACUGUGGGCAAAUCACAGGCCCUCCAAUGGCGCCCAUCUGUUGGAUACCACCUGUAUAUUCGCCUGGUGUUCUUUUAGAUGCUUGGAAUGCACCUGGAAUGACUUAAUUUGAAGGCAAUUUUGUUUUCAAAUAAACAGUAGCAUUAACUGGUAAUUAGAAGGCGUAUAUAUUUUUCCAUUGUUACAGAAUGCAAAGUCUGGCGAAAUCCACUAAACCUGUUUAGAGGAGCUGAAUAUAACCGGUAAGUGCUGCACAGAAUUGUCAUUCAAGCACAGUAGCCACUUUUAAAAGUUAUGUUUGAGCACUUGUUCAUUGUCACAGAAUAACUUGGGGCUUAUCCGAGCAGCACAGUGGACAGGUUUCACAUAUAUUGUAUUUUUAAUCCUUGUUGGAAGCCGCCCAGAGUGGCUGGGGAAACCCAGCCAGAUAGGCGUGGUACAAAUAAUAAAUUAUUAUUAUAAUUAUUAUAUGCAUUCACACUUAACACUAAACCAUGGCUUAGUACAGGGCCAGAAACCUUUUUUUUUUUUUUGGUUAGCCUGAAAGCUGCAUUUCUCCGAUGACAAGGAUGAAGAGCCACGGGCCUAGUGGGUCCAAAGUGCAACCACUCCAGACCUCUUUAUCCCACACCCCCAAGCUCUCUCCAUAGCCACUCCCUCUUUUCCUAGGCCACACCCCUCGCCCAUCUUGCUACACAUCAGGGGCAGACCUUGCUAAUAAUGGUGCGAUGUGCCAGGCCAAAAUUUGACGCCACCCAGUCAAGUCCUCGCACCACCUUCCCAAACCCAGUUAAGUGAGAUGCUGGGCUUUGUGAAGGAGGCAUAUGAGGGUCCUGACAGGCUCCUAGAGGCCUCCCACCUCCUUCCCGAAGCUGGGAAAGCACAAACUAGGCUUUGGAAGGAAGUGGACCUUGUCAGAGUCCUCAUGCCUUUGGGAAGGAAGCAGGAAGUCACCUUCUGAGCUGGGUGCCCUGGGGGGGGGGGCAUUGCCUUAAAUCUGCUUCCUUGAGUAUUUUUGCCUGGUUAGAUUGCAUCCUUGAAUUCUGACAGUGACUCUCACUUGCCUGGAUAGAGGAUAUACAGGGGGUCUGUGAGUGUAUGUAGAAACUAGCCUACUGUACAAAGGUUGGAUUUAUAUUCACUGAUUCACCCACUUUUGCUUCUGGUCCUACGCACCCCUUCCUUCUGAAGGUUGUCGAGAAGAAAAUGCAAAGAUUCAUUCUCUCUCACUCACACACACACACACACACACAUUCUCCAUCCAGGUAAGCAGGAGGCAAUAUCUGUGGUUUAAGGACAAAUUCCAGCCUAGAAAGAUCCUUUGGGAGCAGGGCUGUGAGAAGCAUGGGGAGAGGUCCGAUGGGCCCCCAUUUCAGUAGGAUGAAGAGGGCUCGGUAUAUCCAGUAGGAUGAAAAGGGUAUGAGAAGAUUUCUGAGAAUUUGGAAUGGCCCAUGGGGAAGAUCUUCCGAUGAAUUUGCGAUGGCGGUUUCUGCUAUUUCUUGUACUCUCUUUUAUACUCUCUCCAGCUAUACCUGGGUGACGGGAAGGGAACCUCUGACAUACUACGAUAUGAAUCUUUCGGCGCAAGAUCAUCAGACCUUCUUCACGUGCGAUACGGACCACUUAAGGCCUGCAGAUGCCAGUAAGGAGUUUACUAAUAAGUGUGCUUGGAAACGUAUGACUUGGAGUGAAUAGCAAAGUUUACUUCCAAGAAAAUAGGGACAAGGUGUCUCGGAUCACCAGUCUGUUGUCUUUGCUUGUGUCUAAACCGCUUGCUUGGAGUGCUUGUCUAAAUUACGGUUCUCAGCACUUCAGAUUUGAAGUGUGAGUGCUGCUGCUUAUCUAGCUGAAAUGGUAUCACCCUGUAUCAGUAGGGUUUGGGUUAGCUCUGGGGGCGGGGGGAGCUCAGAAAACAGCCUGAUAAUGUCUGGGCAUGUUCAGUGACCAUGAAAUGCUGACACUAAGGGAGGAAACAGAAAACCAAAUGGGAGCGGGAAUGGCCUGGAGAAGCUGAAGCCCUCCACACUGCAACACUUGGUUGCAGGUACCACUAGUAGGUAUUCUUGCCCUUUCUCCAAAAAUCUUCCUUUUAGGAUAGCACUUCUUGUGUGGUGAUUUCUUCUCACGCUGCUCUAGCGCAGGGUGUCCCAAACUUGGGUCUCCAGCUGUUUUUGGACUGCAAUUCCCAUCAUCCUCGACCACUGGUCUUGCUAGCUGGGAGUGAUGGGAGUUGUAGUCCAAAAACAGCUGGAGACGCAAGUUUGGGAAAUUCUGCUGUAGUACAAGAGACGGGAGCUUGUGGUCUGCAGGUCAGAUUUGGACCAGCACAGGUCCCAAUUUGGCCUGCAAGGCCAUUUCCCCCAAACCGCACCCACUUUCCCCAUAUGUCCAGUGUGACAUCGGGAAGUGGAGAUGUAGCUGGAUCAGAUGUGCGACCUGAUCUCCUCCCUGUGGGGGGAGCUCAGCCACACAGCCAAUCACUGCGGAAAGGAGAUGAGCACAGGGCAAAUCAUUGUGCAAGGGACUUUGGCAGGUGGGCAGGGCACCCUACCUGCCCAUCAUCUGAGAUAAGUUGAUUGACAGAUGGGUUGUCCUGCCCACUUGCCAAAGCUGGUUUCCAUUGUUGAUUUCUGAGCAAACCAUUCUUGGCACGUUUUCCUGUAGUUUCCUCUAACAUUGACUGCACAGAUGUAAGGUUCCUCUUCCUCUGGACACGUUAAAAGAGUAAACCUGAGGUUUGGAGAGAAGGUGCGUCGAGACAUUUGCCUGAUAAAAUGCCCCAACAGAAUGCUUGACUACAGUUGCGUCCUGUCAAAUCACCCCCUCUAUUUUUAUUUAUUUUUAAAUACCUUGCUCAACAGUAAUGCAAAAAGCAUGGAGGGAGAGAAAUCCGCAGGCCAGAAUUUCUGCAGCGCAUGAAGCCUUAGAGCUAAAUGAGUAAGUAUCUCAACAGUCGUUUGAAAAUGUUUUUGCUUGAUCAUGAACAGGGGUGAGAAACUUACAGCCUUGGGGACCAAAUGUGGCCCUCCAAGCCUCUUAUUUGGCCCCCAGAACUCUCCCCAGCCAUGCACUUCAAUGGCCCUGUUCCACGCUCUCCUUGGGUACCUUAAUGUCUCAUUGAACUGUGAUACUGCCUCUUGUUUGUUGAGAAGGAUGGAGGACGGUGUAGCAACCUCUGGCUUUUGUGAGUAGCUGCGAUGCAGCCCACUGUAAAAAAAAAGAGUGAAAGCCACCCUCUUUUUGCCUCUGGCCUUAGCCUCCAUGUGGCCCCCGGAAGAUUCCCUAAUGAGGAAACACUGCCUUCAGAUUAAAAGAUUGUCCCCACCCCUGAUCUAGACUGUUCAUGCUAAUUUCUUAUCUUUGGGAGGGUGAGGUACAAAGUGAGGUAGUUCUCCAAAUUUGCAAACGGUAGGCAGUAGGGAAGGACCUAUAAUUCUUUUUUCAUCUGUUGGUGCUAACUGCUGAUGCUUGCAUGGCAAAGUAGUUUUUAGUAGUGAAAUAAGAGCAGGGUGGCGCUGUGGGUUAAACCACAGAGCCUAGGACUUGCCGAUCAGUAGGUCGGUGGUACUAAUCCCCGUGACCGGGUGAGCUCCCGUUGUUUGGUCCCUGCUCCUGCCAACCUAGCAGUUCGAAAGCACAAAAGUGCAAGUAGAUAAAUAGGUACCGCUCCAGUGGGAAGGUAAACGGCGUUUCUGUGCACUGCUCUGGUUCACCAGAAGUGGCUUAGUCAUGCUGGCCACAUGAUCUGGAAGCUGUACGCCGGCUCCCUCGGCCAAGAAAGCGAGAUGAGUGCCUCAACCCCAGAGUCGGCCACGACUGGACCUAAUGGUCAGGGGUCCCUUUACCUUAAGAGCAGGAGAAAUUCUGCUAAUACUGAGGCCUAUUUAUUUAUUUAUUUCAAACAUGGACUUUGUUAUUUCUUUAAAAUAAAAUACGCAUUCAAUUGUUCUUGUGUUUUCUGGGCUCUAUUCCGAAGGUUUCAAGUUUAAAAUAGUGGCCUACUCUGAUCCUGCAAUGUAUUGCCAGUUAUUUAUUUGGAACACAAUCCUGCACAGAAUUUUGCUUUGCAGAACUUUGCAUGCGCUAUGUGUCUGGACAGUGGCUCCUUGCCUCCUUAUUGGGGCUUUGCAUACCAGCUGCUCUGCACUGAGUGCCAGUAGUCUGCUGAGUCGCAGAACGAAUGGAGCUUCAGGUAGACACUAUUUUUGGCCGGGACCUGUUGCAACGGAUUUGACUGGCCACAACAGUUAUUGCAAAAUCAUGCACAGCUUGCUGGACUGUGCCAUAUCCUGAGUCCCAGCUUUGUAUGCCUGGGAUUUCUGGCCUGGUGAUAGUGUGGUUUGCAUAUUUAUGGAACCGCCUCUCCUUGUAUGCCCCGCAGAGGACCUUAAGGUCUAUGAACAACCAUAAUUUAAAGGUCCCAGGUCCUAAGGAAGUCAGACUAUCCUCCGCCAGGGCCUUUUCAGUGAUGGCUCCGACCUGGUGGAAUGCUCUAUCCCAGGAGACUAGGGCCCUUCAGGAUUUAACCUCCUUCUGUCGGGCCUGUAAGACAGAGCUAUACCGCCUGGCCUCUAAUUUGAAUUCAGCCUGAUCUUUUAUUUCCCUUCUCUCUCCCCCCUCCCCUUUUAUGAAGAUUACCCGCUCUGAGACCCCAGAGCUAAUUCUCCCCUGGCCUCCUUGCUGGCCCAAGUAGGACUAAUUCAGCCAGCUAGCCCUGGUGACUAUCUAAUGCUUAUUAGAUGGAUUUCCCCCAAAUUGAUUUCUGAACUUCGAAUUUUAUUGUUAUUCAUGUUUUUAUACUGUAUUUUAUGCUGCUUUUACAAUUAAGUGUUUUAAAUUGGUUGUUAGCCGCCCUGAGCCCUGUUUUCCGAACCGGGAAGGGCAGGGUAUAAAUAAAAAUUUAGUAUUUAUUAUUAUUAUAGCAUGGAUCACACCCUUACUUGUGUCACAUAGAACCUGCAUUUCAGACAGCUACUUGUGGUAAGAUCUCUAUAUGGGAGAAGAAGCAAUAGGUCCAGGUCCUGCCCAGUUCAAAUGAAACUUUCAGGCUGCAGUCUCCAUUCAUGGGAAUAGGAGUCCCUUGUUUAUGCAGAGGUCUGGGUUGCAGCCUCUUGCUGCUCCUGCCAUUGGCUUAAGUGGCUGGGUGGCUUCACACAUACCUUGCAGAAUUGUUCUACUCCAGUGAAGUGAAUGCAGGAGCACUAAUAGACCGCAGCAUAGCAGAUGCUUCAGAGAGCCUCCAUGAACACAUGGAAUUGCAGGCGUGUUUCCUAUCACAAAUAGGGACGCAGGUGGCGCUGUGGGUUAAACCACAGAGCCUAGGGCUUGCCGAUCAGAAGGUCGGCAGUUCAGAUCCCCGUGACGGGGUGAGCUCCUAUUGCUUGGUCCCUGCUCCUGCCAACCUAGCAGUUCGAAAGCAAGUCAGAGUGCAAGUAGAUAAAUAGGUACCACUCCGGCGGGAAGGUAAACUGCGUUUCCGUGCGCUGCUCUGGUUCGCCAGAAGUGGCUUAGUCAUGCUGGCCACAUGACCCAGAAGCUGUACGCUGGCUCCCUCGGCCUAUAAAGCAAGAUGAGUGCCGCAACCCGGAGUCAUCCGCUACUGGACCUAAUGGUCAGGGGUCCCUUUACCUUCCUAUCGCAAUAAGACAGGCAAAAGCUACAUGUUAAUUGGAUAUAGCCUAGAAAAUGCUUUUCCCUUUCCUUGUUUGUCUUACUAAUGAUUGUUUCUGUUGUUUCACUGACAGGUGUGCCACUGCCUAUAUUCUGUUGGCAGAAGAGGAAGCAACAACUAUUGUGGAAGCAGAGAAGUUGUUCAAACAGGCUCUGAAAGCUGGCGAAGGCUGCUACAGGCGUAGCCAACAGCUGCAGCAUCAUGGUGCCCAGUACGAAGCUCAACACAGUAAGCUAGUCUCUCUUCCACUAAAAAUCCCAAGACCUUUCAAGAGACAAAUAGUUGCUAGUAGUGGGGUAGGAGAACUGAAAAUAACGCCGAUAUAUUUCACAUCUGGCAACCAUUGCCUAUGGAAGUGUAUACUCAAUUCUAGGAGGCUGUUUGCUCAGAAUCGAGUACAGUGGUACCUUGGUUCUCGAACGGCUUAGUUGUCGAAUAAAUCAGCUCCCGGAUGCCACAAACCCGGAAGUAAGUGUUCCAGUUUGUGAACGUUUUUCGGAAGCCAAACGUCUGAUGCAGCUUCCGCUUGAGUGCAGGAAGCUUCUGCAGCCAAUCGGAAGCUGCGUCUUGGUCUUCGAAUGGUUUUGGGAGUCAAACGGACCCCCGGAAUGGAUUACUAUAUUUUUUGCUCUAUAAGACUCACUUUUUCCCUCCUAAAAAGUAAGGGGAAAUGUGUGUGCGUCUUAUGGAGCGAAUGCAGGCUGCGCAGCUAUCCCAGAAGCCAGAACAGCAAGAGGGAUUGCUGCUUUCACUGUGCAGUGAUUCCUCUUGCUGUUCUGGCUUCUGCGAUUCAGAAUAUUUUUUUUCUUGUUUUCCUCCUCCAAAAACUAGGUGCGUCUUGUGGUCUGGUGCGUCUUAUAGAGCAAAAAAUACGGUAAGUUCAAGAACCAAGGUUCCACUGUAUACACUUUCAGAGUGAAUGCUAAAUACAUUACUUCAGGUAAAUGAGCCACCAUAGCCGCUAGAGGGCUGUGAAAAUUUGUGCCCUUGGCUUUUUAGGCUCCUCUACCUAUGUACCAUCUGAAACCAAAGAAGCGUAUUGGUUUGCCACAUGUGAAAUAUAUCAGCAUUUUUUUCAGCUUUCCUAACACACCUAGUUACCCCUCUCAAACUUGCAUUUCAAAAAAUAUUUACAUGCUGUUUGUACACCAUUCCUCCUCCAGUGAUUUCUGAGUGUUCUGUGAGGUCAGAGGACUAUCCUCAUUCUUACCGUGUGAUGUUAGGGUUAGGUUUCUCAGUGAGUUCGAUGACUGAGCAGUAUUUCAAUCCCAAAUCUUCUUUAUUUGCAAGUGGCACGUUGGUUGCCAGAUAUGAAUUAUUUUUAUUUUUUAGCUCUGCUACCCCACUAUAGGCUAAUAGCACUUUUUCACAGGGUUGUGUGUUAUAUACCACGAUUCUCCCCAGAAACAGCACUGAACACAGUAUACCUAUUCUUGAGAAUUUUAGCUUUAAUUAAAAAUAAUUGAAAAGGUUUGUUUCUUGUCCUCCAUAAAAGGGGGCUCCCUGUAACUGCUGAUCAGAGGUUGCAGCAAACCCCUUUGAAGGUGCAGCAGUCCGCUGAUGAUGUCAUUGUGACAUCAGGUUAUUGACAGGUGUGUGGUCUCACUCAACUUUCAGAAUUGGCCAGCAGGGUGUGAGGGAGUUAGGGAUACAUUUCCCUACUGCUGCGCUCCAUAAAUGUGAGGCAUCUGCUAUUGAUGGAAAUGCAGUUUUUGGAAUUAAACGGUGUAAUAAAUAUUGAAGUGAUGUAAGGUAGGAAAAUGGAAUUAGAUGGAUAUAUCAAAAUAUGCAGGAACAUAGGGGAAUUUAAAUGAACCUUGGGAGGGGAGGAAGGGAAGUCACAUGUAUGGUGUAAUAAAAUAUGUUUGGUGUGUGUGUGUGUGUAAAUGCAGUUACUGGGAGUACUGUGCACACAACCAUACAUUUGAUUCACCUGACUUUCCCCAUAGAAUCAUGGGAACCGUAGGUCUGUGAAGGGUAAACUGCAGUUUUCAGGAUUCUUUGGAGGAAAUCAAAUCUAUGGUCUGUACAAAGCAUUUUAUCUUGGGGUGGCCAAGAAGUACCAGGAAGCAUUAGUACCACUGAACAAAGAUACGUGUGCCGUCCAGUUGUGGCCAUUUGUAUUCAAAAGGAUACUUUUAAACGAGUGCAACAAGUUGCCUGGAAUAAUCAUUGCCAAAUUUGGAAAGAAGCUGCAAGAGAUCAGCUUGUUUUAACCUGCUGAACUUUAGGAAACAGGAGCCUGAAACAUGGCAACAAUUUCGAAGGUCACUUUUCCACUUAGUGUGGGAAAGAAGUGGGAAAGUUGCGCCCUCUCCAAUCAGAUUUGACGUUUCUGCAUUUCCAUAAGCUGCUUACCUAGCUAGCGUGUUCCAGGAAAUGUUUAUUCACGACAUAUUCCCCAAAAUGAAAAGUGUUUUUAGAAUGAGGAGCCUCCCAUUGGGGCACAUGGAAAUAACAGUGUAGAGGAUUGAUUCAAGCAAUCAGCAGCAUGUCUAUAAAACGGAAUGCUCAAAUUUCACAAAAUGUGGGUGGUGACCUUAUUGGGAUCACUGAUAAGGAUGGCUUCUCAUUUCAGGCACAGUGAUCUCAGGCAGAAAAUGAAAUGGAAUGUGUGUAUUGAGUGCAGAUGAAAAGCUUAGGAGUUGGAGAGGGAGAGAACUUCUACAAUGGGCCUGGCAGCCAGGCAAGUUUACCCCAUGAUAAUUCCAGAUAUGUUGGGUGGUACAAAAGAUCUUAUCAUGGAAGAUUUUAGGAUUAAAAAGUCCAGGAGACAUCUGAGGGCCUCUUUGCAUGUGGCAUCUGUGAGGCAGAGAGAGAGAGAGAAAUCUCUUCCCAAUAGACAUUUUAAACACAGCAAAACCCAGAAGUGACUGUCAUGACAAAUCUAGCCAGAUGUUGGUAAAAUUACUCUUGAACUGCUAUUUGUUCCUUACCUGCUUUUGAGGCAUUCAGCAAACUAGAUGAUCUUCCUUAGAUUAUCAGCCCAUUAAAUGGAUCCUGCAGAGGAUGUUGUUUUAGAAUAUCCUUUUGACACCUCCCAACCUCAUGUUUCUAUCUAUUCCAUGCAAAUUGUUCCUGAUAACACAGAGACUGGCAGGGUGAAAGUGUUUGUAACUUGGCUUUCUUCAAUUCAACCAAGGGAAAUGAUUUUGAAUUCCAGAAAAUGCUGAAAAGCCUCAGGUUCUGUAAAUAACAGUGUAAUCCUAUUCAUGUCUACUCAGACGUAAGUGCCAUUGAGUUCAGUGGGACCUACUCUCAGGUAAAUGUAGAUAGGAUUACAGCCCAAGACCAUUUUAGAAUGUCUUGAAUAGACGCUUUUAUUGACUCUAUGUUGACCAUUCCUUGAGUCACUAUAACACGGCUUGGAGGACAAACCAAUCUAAUUAUGUUAUAUAUAACCAUGUUAAAAACAGAUGUGGCUAAUGAGCCUUUUAUUAAAUACUGGGAAACCAUUCUAGAGAUAAGUGGUUACUUAAUAUGAACUACAGCUGAAGGAAUUCCCUCUCCUGCCUUAUUUAUUUUCUCUUUGAAAGUCAGACCUGUUGCUUAAUCUGUCUGAAAAGUACAAUCAUGGCUUUGGGAUAAUUUGUAUGUAUUCUGAAUGCUUUUGGCUUAUAUCUUGUUGUGAUUAGAAGAGACUUCAAAACGUGAGGACCAUAAUCUGCAAAUACUUGGUUGACAAGUAGGAUACAUUAGGCCAAUGUAUGGCAACACAACAAGUGUGUUGUCUUAAUACUGUGACUCUGUAGAUCAUUAUCUACAUGAACAUUUUCUGUUCAGUCCUUAAAAGAGGGCAUAUUACAACUAAAGAAAGGGUAUGAUGCCUCAUUCUCAAAAAAGUCUUUGAAAAGAGAAAAAAAUCCUGAUUUGUUCUUUGUUAAACGGUCAAUGCUGAAAUUUAUUUCUAUUAAUGUUUGUGGAUAACUACGAUAUCACAAGGAACUGUGUAAAUUCAGUGUGAAGGAAGAGUUCAGCGUGUUUAUAUUCACACAACUCUACCAGAGGCAGAAAUCUUGCUGCUUGGUCUAUAUAUAUCGUGUGCUUGUGUGUGUGUAGGAAUUUGACUUCCUUGACCUGAAGCAAGGAAAGGACUUUUCAGUUGCAGAGGCACCCUUUGGAGGCAGGCAGACCUGAACACUGCACGCUGCACCUGGUCUACCAAGGCUGCAGAGUCCAAUCUAUACACCAAGGUUUUCAUGGUUUCUCCACCCCUGCCCCUUUUCAUCCUCUAGGCUGGCUGAAGGAGGAUGGCUGGGAUGGGGAAAGACCAUAAGUUUCUUGGUACCCCCUGUGUAGUGUUGAAUAACAAGGGUCUCUUCGUUAAGUCCCACGAGAAAAGACCUCACAUCAUGUCUAUUGCUGAUGCUCAAGCUGUGAGUGCCAAAACCCAUUCACAUGUGUGGUAUUGGCAGGGUUGGAGGGACCCUAAAGCUUGCAGAAAUAAUAAUAAUACUAACAAAGCUAUCAUUUUUACAAGAAAAACUGUACUGGGGACCUCCUCUCCCCCCCCCAAAAAACCCCCCCAGAAUGAAUAUUAUCAAUGACUAUGGAAUGUUGACCAACUUUGGGGGUGGGAGGUGGUCAACGGGAAAACCUGGAGGGGGCUGGAAUGGAAUACUUUGGGUCCUGAGCAGCAGCAAUCCUACUUUCAUGUCCCAUUUGCCCUCCUCCUUCUUGCAGUCUUGUGCAACAAGCCAGCCCCAUAGAGACAUUAGGGUUUUUUGUUAAAAUCAUAUUAGGCAUUCACUGCAUGGUUCAUCCUUCAAUGGGGCUUGUUCUCAUGGCCACGAGGUAGGGUGCUUCAUGGCUGCAGGCCAUCUGUUGUGAUCAUUGCACCCCUGUCUUGCAAUAAGCUAGUAGUGUGCAAGCACUGGUGCUCACAUAAUCGGUAUUUACAUGCUUACUGCUUCUGAAAGUGUGCUAUUGACAGUGUGCAAAAAAGAGAGAGAGAAGGGAUUCUCUCCAUGGUACUGAACAGACUCAGCUUGUGAUGCAUAGAACGCCAUUGCACAGAAGGCAAAUUCAGAUUCAAAUGGCUUUUCCAGUGCUGCUAUGUAUGGCUGAACUCUUAAGAGCGGCAAUCAGCUGUUUACAGUGUACAAAGAAUGCCCUGGAGGGAUGGCUGACUUGAAACUGGUAGCUGAAAGCAUCUCUCCUCUUACCAGAACUCUUUAAAUUGCAUGAUAAUGUUGAAAACCCUGGACUCCUUUGGGAGGAAGGGCAGCAUAACAAAUUCAAUAAAUAAAUAAAUUUGGAUUCAGCUGUACAGAAAGCAACCUGCAACUGCAACAGCAAUUCACACUGCAAUCAUUUGUAGCUAAACUUCCUCAGAAAUGGAAACCUUUUCAGAGAGUCAGGAUGAUAAACACUUGCCUAAGUGAGGCAAGGUAUAGAAGUUUGCAUAAUUUUGGCAUGCAUGUGAGUUCUUCUUGUAUUAGUGAUUAGAAUUGUUAACAGUAUGCUGUAGAAUUGAGGCUAAAGAAAAACCCUCACAUUUUUUUUUAUAAGUGUACUUCUUGACUAAUCCUAUUAUUGACAGGCAGGUUCCAGCUCUAGAUCUUUGUAACUUAACAGCGAGGAUUGUUGGUCUAUGUACUUUUUAUUGCUUCCUUCCACAUAUCUUUGGUAUUCGGCAAUAAGAAUUCAAAGGAAAGGUUAUACCUUACACUUUGAGGAUGUUAAAUGGAACCUUUUUUCUGUCUGUUUCUGCAAACACUCAUCCUCUUAAAACCUCCCCCCUCCUUCUCUCUCUCUCUCUCUCUCUCUCCUUCUCUCUCCCUCUCUCUCCCCAGGACGGGACACUAAUGUAUUAGUCUACAUUAAGAGGAGGCUGGCAAUGUGUACAAGAAAGCUGGGGAGGACCAGGGAAGCUGUGAAAAUGAUGAGAGAUGUGAGUUUGGAUUUGUGUUCAUAUUUGUCUUAUUACCAUGCGCAGUCCAAAAACCAUGACACUUAAAAUACCUAUUCCAGCAUUGAUUCUUUGUGCGGAUCCUUCCCAACAUUAUCCCCAGCUUCAUAGUUCCCUGCAUGAUGAGAGUGGAAGACCUUCUUGAGCUCAUGUGAAAUGCAUAAGGCCCCUAAGGAAAUAUCCCAACAAUGCCUCCAUUGGACUUGCUUUUUAUUCCCUCUUUCCACUUUCUGCUCCUCUCCUACUGCCUCACUGCAUGUAAGGGGUCUGACCUGGGAGAUCCCCACUCCCUUACCCUAAUAGCGAAAGUUUUCUAGCGAGUUUGAUACCUUGGUUUUUCAGUUUGGGCCUUGCCCACAAAGAUGGCUCCUUUUCUCAAGACCUCUGGGUAAACGUUGGCCUUUAGUUCUUUCCCACUAAUUGGAAGAUGAUCUCAUGCCAUGUCAUUUGACAGCGCUGCAUCUUCAAGACCACAAUAGUGGCUUGUCAAUUGGAAGGGAUGACUCAGCUAUGAGAUGGCAUGGUCACGCUUAGGUUUUGGAAAUUUACAACCUGGGAGUCUUCUGAUUGCCUAGGAAGACUUGGUUCAGCUGCUAGGCCGUAUUGUAUGGAGUGACCCUAUUCCCUUGUCUGCUGCCGUACACUUUUUCCAACAUCUGUGGGGUCCAUUGAUCCUUUUCUAUGUAUUAGAACUCAGCUAAAUGAGCUUUGCUAUUUUUCUUUCGUUUUGCAAUUGUGUUCUCUUGCACUCUUAGCAAUAUUCUCCAAUUGUAUUUUUUCAGUGGCCUAUGAGUUCUCUUUUAAUUAUGUUGAACAAAUCUACCUCUUCAAUCUUCAUGUGGUUUCUGGGGAAAGUCCUUGGUACUGGGUCCUGUUUCUUGGCCAAACUGCUACUGAGUAAUUUUUGUGGGCAUGAGUCUGGUUUCCAGCUCUUGCUCCUGUGAAUCUCAAGGGGUAUCUGGUAAGGUUCUGGGAGUCUCCUGGCCCAGACUGGUGGGACUAUAGCAGCGAUGGCUGCUGUACUACCUUGCAGGUUUGGGUUUCAACUCUGGUCGUUUGGCGCCUGCUAGACCAACAAGGGAUGGUUCCCAGGGUUUUGGGGCUUCAGUCCUCUUACACCCAGGGUAAGGGAGACCCUGCUUUCAACUAAGUGCAGGGUUUCCUGAUUUGAAUGUUGCCUUUUAUUGUCAAUGGGGAAAUAAGUACAUAAGCCCCGUGCUCCCAGAUUUCACCGAUACAAGGAAGGGAGGCAUAACCACCGGACAAAUGCUAUUAUUUAUUUUAAAAGCAUCAGCAUGUAAUGGGAUGAUUCCCUUAUCAAGAGUAAAUGUGGCAAAACCAGAAACUGAUGCAAUUACUUUGAUUUGGAAAGAGGCUGGAUGUAACAAAAAUGGUAUCAUAAUAUAUAGGAAGAGAGAUUUUUAAUUAGGAAUCCUAAAACGAGAAUUGUUUCUUUCUGGGGGGUGGGGAGAGAGAGGCGAUAUUAGGCUGAUGACAUUGCUGAUGCUUUGACCUCCCUUCCUGAGCUCAUUCCCGCAAUACAAUUUUCUACUUAUCUCAGUUGCUGUCAGCACUCUAGUUCAUUUGCCAAUACUUAGUACAGCAUGUAAGUGCAUGCAUAGUAGCCCCAAGGGAAAUAUGCGCCAGUAGUGAAACGGACAGACCUUAUCAGGAAAUGGGCAUCCCCUCUUUGCUGUCUAAUUCCAUUUUCCUGGAUUUUACAUGUAUUUAGCUCACCACCAACAGCUUCAGUUCCAUCAUUGUGAAGCUGUCAGACGUUCUGCCGCUCUUGAGCUCUAGCUAAAUGUAGCCGCAUUCUUAGGACCACGAACUUGACAGAUGGCCGUUAAUGGGGAUGAUUUCUCCAUCUUGAGAAAGGAUUUCUCCUUCUACACAAAGGAAUCUUGGGGCAGCCAUUUGAGCCUUCUAACUCCUUCAGCCGUUUGUUCCCACGGAGCCAAGUCAAGAUUUUCUACUUUUGAAAAAAAGAUGAAUUUUAUCUUGCUGUUUCUGUAUCCCAGGCAUAGAUGGGAAGAUGGACCCCUCUCCCCCGCAGUUCAAUGAAUAACCAUUUUUGCAGCUUCCUUCCACAUCACAACAUUGGGAGGAAGGGCAGAGGCUAUGAGCUUGUUUGAAAGAUUGGAGGAAGGUGUGUAUGACUCCAGAUCCAAGGCUAUAUAAGGAGAAGUGCUAACAUGUGAAUGCUGGCACGUCCUGGGAAACAAAAUAGGGAUUCAGCAAGCAGCCUUCCAGUGCACUUAAGAUCUCAAUGGUUAGUCUCAUUUCCAGGCUUAAGGCAAUAUAUAACAACCCUGAGAUUAAGAGUCUCGUGCUCUACUGACUGAGCUAAGAACCACUGACUGUCUCGCCAGAAUGGUGCAUGCUCUAGUUAUCUCCCGCUCGGACUACUGCAACACGCUCUACGUGGGCCUACCUUUGAGGGUGGCCCCUGAAACUACAACUAAUCCAGAAUGCUAGACUGGUGACUGGGAGCGGCCGCCAAGACCACAUAACACUGGUCUUGAAAGACCUACGUUGGCUCCCAGUAUGUUUCCGAGCACAAUUCAAAGUGUUGGUGCUGACCUUGAAAGCCCUAAACGGCCUUGGCCCAGUAUACCUGAAGGAGUGUUUCCAUCCCCAUCAUUCUGCCCAGACACUGAAGUCCAGCGCCGAGGGCCUUCUGACAGUUCCCUCACUGCGAGAAGCAAAGCUACAGGAAACCAGGCAGAGGGCCUUCUCGGUAGUGGCGCCCACCCUGUGGAACGCCCUCCUACCAGAUGUCAAAGAAAUAAACAACUAUCGGACGUAUAGAAGACAUCUGAAGGCAGCCCUGUUUAAGGAAGUUUUUAAUGACUGAUGUUUUAGUGUAUUUUUAAUCUUUUGUUGGAAGCCGCCCAGAGUGGCUGGGGAAACCCAGCCAGAUGGGUGGGGUAUCAACAACAACAACAAUUAAUUACUUUUGUGAUACAAAACUGCAACAUCCUCUUCCUUGUCAGACAUUGCCCCAUUUUAGCGAAAUGCUUUUGUCACAAUGUGGCUACUCCUUAAUGAUAUGUGAUGUACUGUGCUGAAAAAUGGAGGUAUGGCAGUGCUUUUAAACUAAGCAGCAACGAAAUGGAGACUAUAGCAUUAGAAAUCGCAGCAAUGAGGCUUUGUUCAUCGGCCUGGAAACAGACUCUUAGUUGUUGAGCUUUUUUGGGGAAAUGAGUAAUACUCAAACACACACUUCCUUGUUCUCUUGACAAAAAACCAGGACAUUUUACCGAUUCCACCCCGGACACUAAUUCCUCCAUUAAAAUGCAAGACACGUCCGUAAAAUUCUGGACGUAUGGCAACCCUAAUGAAUGCACUUUCAUUCUCUUACCUUUCUGCCUACCGUAUUUUUCGCUCUAUAACACACACCAGACCAUAACACGCACGUAGUUUUUAGAGGAAGAAAACAAGAAAAAAAAUAUUCUAAACAAAAUAGUGGAUAUAUGAUUUUUGUGGUUCAUGCUGUGGCCACAGACAUGAGAUCUGACAGUGAGUUUGGAGUAGCCCAAUGCAAAAAUCCUGAGGAUCCAUGUGGAUCCAUGCUUUGUAAACAUGGAGGAGGGAAGGAAGGGGAACCAUGGAUCCUCUGCUCACGACUGCAGCAGAUCCCCCCCUGCCACCCGCAGGCAUUCGCUCCAUAACACGCACAGACAUUUCCCCUUACUUUCUAGGAGGAAAAAAGUGAGUGUUAUGGUGCAAAAAAUACGGUAUAUUGUGUCUAGAGGGGAUGUAAAAACUAUUGAUCCAGUCCAGGCAUCCUGGGGUUACUAAUGGCCUUAAUGAGACUGAAUUAUGUGUCCUGUUAUAACCGUCUUGCCAUCACUAGGUGCCUCCUGUUAACCUUAAUGGAUCCCAUCAGAGGCGGCUGUAAGGUGGCACGACCGGUGCAGGCACAUUGGAAGGGGUGCCACAACAGUGUUGCAGAAUGGAGCACAAGAGGUGGGAAGGGGCCCCUCAAAUUUUAGCACCGCACAGGCUGCCCCUGGAAUUUGAGAGCCCAAAGCCUGCCACCGGUCCUAUUCAACAGGGAACAUUGCAAAGAAACUAGUGUUCAGCUUCUGCACUCUUGGCAACCCUGAUAUCAGUUUCUCAGGACACCAGUUACACCUCCCCCACUUUCAUGGCUAUGUACCCAAAUUGCCCCACCCACAGUUUUAUAAUAAUAAUUUAUUAUUUAUACCCCGCCCAUCUGGCUGGGUUUCCGAAUGGCAGCAGGAUAGAGACCCUGGCAACAGGGUGAAGUUCCCCAACCAGGGUCCUCAGUUGUUGUUGAAUUACAAUCCUCAGCAUCCCCAGCUAGCCUGGCCAUUGGUAGGUGUUGUGGUCCAUCAAUAUUUGUAUAUCAAGACCAGGUGCAGUGGAACACCUAGAUCCCCAAGACCUGGAGUCCUAAUUUUGCCCAAUGUAUGGGUGAAAAAUGAUUACAAUCCUAAAGCCCGAAGUAAUUCCUCGCCUUUCUAUAAAUGGCAAGGUAAAUGGCACAGUAACAUGUGUAUUCCCUUACGUUUUAAAGACAGAAAUAUAGUGAAGCAACUCAUUAUUGUGUCAAUUUACAGAAAUGCUCGAGUUGCAUUACCUUUCAUCCUGUGCUAGCCUACCGUGUUUCUUUGUAAUUUAUUGCAGACAUUUUGAAGGAGAAUUCCACUUUGGAAGAGAAAAUGCAUUAGAGUUAACGUUUUGUUUGCCCACUUGCUUUCACCUGAUUGCAUUUAUUCCGAGAGCAAAGUGGUGGCAGCUUUCAUAGUCACAACCCAAAAUAAUUUAGCCGUAAGACUUUUCUGAUGGGACUGCUGUUGAUUUGCAUUGUCUCGCAGUCCAGUCCCUCUGCUGUUGUCUGAUGUCCAAGCCCAUCACCCACAAAACUGUGUUACAGGUGCGAGUGAAAAUCGUAUUUGGUCAAAAGGAAAAAAAGCAACCCCCCCCCAAACCAAACUAGAUAAAGGUCAACAUGUAAUGUGUUUCUAAUGUGUUGUCAGUCUUCUGUUUUAUUUGUUGGCUCGGAAACAAAUAGCCCACUAGUAUGUAUUUAUUUAUUUGCAUGAUGCUAGAGCGAACACUUAUUUCCAACUUCAUGUGUAUGUGCUCUAGAUUCAAUUCCUGUUCUAAUAGUGAACCACCUUAUAGUGCAAUGUUAUAUUAAUAGAUGUAAAAUGAUUGCUAGGUAAAGUGUAAUGAAAAAUAAGUAUGCAUUUGCAAGCCAAGUUCUGCUGACUUGUUAUCAAAGGUGUUUGCACCAAAAGUUAAAAAAAAUUAGUUAACCCUUUAAUUCGGGGUGUGUGUGUGUGUGUAAAUCAUUUUAUAAAACCGGUGUAAUUUUGAUAACCAUCUAACUUGGUUAUUUGGAAGAAAUAAUUACUGGACCAUGAUUAAGCUACCGUAGUUUAUAUGAAGCAUGUUUCCUGUUCCAGCUUCUACACUGAGUGAUUACAUGCUUCCCAAAGCGAUAUGCGUUUGCCUUAAAAUGAAGUGCUAGAGAGAGGGAAUGGACUCUCCUGAACUGAAAGCAGAAAUUUUUCUUCCUUUCCCUGACAGUUGCUGCAUCUGGAACAAAGCAAUUUCUUUUCUUCUUAUUUUUUUGAGGAUGUUGGGGGGUAGUUUGGCGUCAUCCCUCCCCCCUGGAUUUUGGGAGGCUCCCUCUCACAGAAUAUGAUUGUACACAAGAAGUAAACACAAGAAGGAGAGAACGUGGUCCUCCGUGGCUCAGAUUCACUGCUCGUAUCCACCAGGAACUGUACAUUCAGUACGGUGGCUCAGUUUUAUUGAAAUCAGACGGGACCUCACCCUGGUGGAUGUCUUGACACCUACUGCAGAUUUGUUUUGUUAUUUCAGAAGGCAUUUUAAGUGCUUUUAUAGUUUUAACUUACUUUUAUCUUUAUUGCACUGUUGAAUUUCUUUUCCUUAGAGCAGUCGUUUACACUUGCUUUCACAUCAGUGUUGCAGGAUUCCGUGCUAAAUCUAAGCCUAUUCUCUUAUUUUUUAUUAUUAUUAUAGUUAAUGAAGGAAUUCCCUCUUCUCAGCAUGUUCAACAUCCACGAAAAUUUGCUGGAAGCUCUGUUGGAGUUACAAGCAUAUGCAGAUGUUCAGGCAGUUUUAGCAAAAUAUGAUGGUAAGCAGAAGUACCUCUUUACAUGUGUGUGUGUGUGUGUGUGUGUGUGUGUGUGUGUGUGUGUGUGUGUGUGUGUGUGUGUGUGCAUAAAUUGAGAGGAAGAGAGUGCAGCUUCCAGUGACAGAAUCACUUUAAAGGGCGAAAAUCCCAGCUUCUUUCAAAUGCCGCCUUCUGUAGUUCUGAAACAAUUCUACAUAAGGUGAACCUUUCUUAAGCUUCUCCAUCAUUCAAUGUCUUCUGGACCAUUUAUUUAUUUCAUGAAAUUUAUAAAUUGCUUGGUUGUCAAACAAACAAACAACUAAAAUGGUUUACAAAAAGGUAAAAUAAUGAAGUCAAGAAAAAAUUACAACCCUCCUUAAAGACAUACAAAAGUUAAAAACUAAAACAGAUUAAACUUUUUUAAAUUUUUAUAAUUUUUAUUAGAAAUCUUAUUUACAACAUAACAUAAACCCCCCCAUCCCCAAUACAGAAAUCCACCCUCAUUAAAUGUGAACAUAACAGACAAUAAGCAUAACAUACAAUACAAACAACCAAAUAAAAGACUUCCUUUAUCCUGUAUCUGGUCUCCUUAUUUACUUCUUAUAAGCUGUUCCCUUUAUGAAUAAUUAUUAAGAUUUUUCUAAUUAUAACUUAAAUAUCCACAAAGUGACUUUGUGGAUACUUUGUGGCUACCUCAACUUUCUAAGCAUCUGUGUGGGCUUGUUUAACCCAGGGACAGCUGUGGGCAGGAUCCUGCAACAGGUUGGACUAAAUGACCCUUGAUACAUGGUGCCUCCUCUCCCUCAUUAUCCCGUUUUCUUGCUGUUUAACAGUGUGAUUGACUCUUGGGUGAACUCAGAGAUGCAAAAUAUUCCCAGACAAUGAAUCAUCUCGACUUCUCUGUGUCUUGUGGCCUUACAGAAAUAUUGUCUUCUGGCACAAUUAAGACAUCUAAAGUUCCUACGCAAAGUGCAUUUUCUGCCUCUCUUUUGCUGUCGGCAGAGAUGCUCUUACUAGAAGAGGGGCGCCUGGGAGGUCAUACCUAGAGGGGCAUGCAAUUUUGGAGGAAGAUCUUUCCCUCCCAUUAGUAGAGGGUUAUAGUGUUUGCAGCCCUGGAAACUGCUCACCAUGGAAACUGCAGGCAGGCAAAGAACAUAAAAUGUUUCAAGCUUCUUCUGCUUCUGCCUCUUUACUUGUUUUAAGAGAUGCUCCAGUAUUAUUCUCUUCUAAUGUCUUAAACCGCAGAUUCUUCCUCCUGCAGUUUUUGUGAGGAUUCUGUAUGCAAGCUUGCUAAAUAAAAUGAUGUGCAAGAGGUUUGGGGUUAGGGUUGAUGGCUUAACUGCUGCAGAAUUCUGGGUUAAAUAUGAAUCUGUUGCUGCUGCUGAAUGGCUUUGCUCAGAAGAAAGAAGCUAUUUGCAGGAUUCAUAGCAAAUGAAAACCUCCCUGACCCUCAGGCCAUACUGCAAUACUGGAUUAUGUGCCAUUAAAGCAGCUAUUUUUAAUGGCACUGAGAGCAAGUUAUUCAUUAACCUCAAUGGGGGAGUGUGUUCUGACAGUGAGUGCCAUUAAUUGACUUCUGACCUUAAUAGUGCAGAGAAAAUUGAAAUAUUAGGGAGGAUUUUUGGCUUUUCAAAUGAUUCCUUUUUAUUCAAAAAAAUAGAGGGCCUGUGUAACAGUUUCCUAGGGAACUGUUGAUUAAACAUUUUGGGUCAUAUGCAGUUGUGCCUCUAUUUGAAGUCUUUGAUAUGAUUGAUGCCUCUUCUAAUGGAUUUUCUUUUUCUUUUAGCAGAGAGGGAUAGGUGAUUUUUGCUAAUUCGCUGUGCAGUCCCUCAUAACAAUAUUCAUGCUGUUUUAGAGGCUUCCACAAUCUUCCAAACAGUCUUGGGGGGAUAUGGUGGAGAUUGCUUCUCCGCCACUUUUGGAGGCAUCUAUCUGUCCUUUUGAUCACAGUACAAGAUUUCACCUCUUGCUUUUAUAGUACAGUAAAGCUGAGCAAGGGACGCUGGUGGCGCUGUGGUCUUAACCACAGAGCCUAGGGCUUGCCGAUCAGAAGGUCGACUGUUCGAAUCCCCGCGACGGGGUGAGCUCCCGUUGCUCGGUCCCUGCUCCUGCCAACCUAGCAGUUUGAAAGCACGUCAAAGUGCAAGUAGAUAAAUAGGUACCGUUCCGGCGGGAAGGUAAACGCCGUUUCCGUGCGCUGCUCUGAUUUUGCCAGAAGCGGCUUAGUCAUGCUGGCCACAUGACCCAGAAACUGUACACCGGCUCCCUCGGCCAAUAAAGCGAGAUGAGCGCCGCAACCCCAGAGUCGGCCACGACAGGACCUAAUGGUCAGGGGUCCCUUUACCUUUUAAAGCUGAGCAAAAUGGACUAGCCCAAUGUUUCCCAAACUUGGUUCUCCAGCUGUUUUUGAACUACAGUUCCCAUCACAACUGACCUGCUAGCAAGGAAUGAUGGGAGUUGUAGUCAAAACAGCUGGAGACCCAAGUUCAGGAAAUACUGGACUAGCCAGUGGAACACUGAUCCAUGUAAACACUACCUGCAUGCAGAACACUAGCUUAUCAGGUGAAAAGGUUCUCUCUCACCCUGCUGUGUUAGUUUUAUGCUUUCAGGGAGUUUUGAAGUAAGUGAUAACCUUUACAUGCCAUGCACAGGUAAAAAUGUGGCAUGUGUUAGCCAUGUAUAUCUGGCCUAUCCUAGCCAUGUCAAGAAGCCAGACCUUUUCCAAUGAAGACUGAAGGCUUUCAUGUGUUUGGGGCCAGAUCUCACAGGCCACUUCCCUAAGGAGUGGACAGCCUUAAAGAGAGAAGGUUUAGCACUUCACAUCUCUUUAAUCUUCCCCUCUAGGCUCAUUGCCUGCGCUGAAGGAUUGACAUAGAAAUUUGAGCUCUGGUGUGGAGGUUCCUUAGGGACUGCAGGUUCCACGAGUACAUACUCUUAAUUUCAGGAGUUCCUGGCUGAAGGAUACAAAUGUGAUGGGACUCUGGCUCAGACCUGUUCAUAAUGCUAGGAGCUGGGUCAGUUUCCAGCAUCUCUACUUCCAGUACCACUAGUCUGGUGGAUUGGGGCUCAGGAGUCCUGACCAGAUCAUAUGCUUCUAAAGUUGAGAGCUGGUGGUAACUGUUAAUCUCUAAUUAUUUGAGAGUGGGAAUCUUGGCACACCUACAUAUUGUGUUUAGUAUUAGAGACCCAAGUACUGAAUUUGGCAUCUGCUUGUUUCUCUCUAGCUAUUGCCAUGUUUUGUUCCUUUUCUCUGUAUAUCUGAUUUUAGCUAGGUUUUCCCUAUUGCUUUAAGGGUCUUGAUACUGUUCGUCAUUUUACUUGGUUAGUUGCUCUGGGUUUGAGAAGGGCAGGAUAACCAUUGGUCAAAUACAAACAGACAGACAGACCCAUGGUCUAGGGUUCUGGAAUUGGCCAAAGCAAUCUACCAUGUUUACAUGUGGCAGUAAGCAUAUAUUCAUAACUGCGUAAUGUGUGAAAUGAAUCUUUGUAUGAUCCAAAGACUAAUUCUUCCAACCAUUAAUGGUCUGUUUGGCUAAGCAUAUUCUAUUUUGGUAAACCUGAGAAAAGGUCAGUCAAUAGAUCUCUCCCGUUUGGCUCUCUGGGGACAACAGAACACUUCAGACUUAAACCCAUUUAACAGUAAUUCUCUCCUGUUGAACUCCAAGGAACCUUGAGAAUACUUUCUCCAGGAGACUAGCUAGGGAUCUCUUGAUUGGCACUUCUCAGUAUCCUCAUGAGAAUACAAUUCCCAGGGCCAUUAGAGCUGAGCAAGGAGAAUAUAGCUGCAAGUUUGUGGUGUAGCUUGGCUCUCUUUCUCCAUGGCUUUGCAUUUGAGCUGAAAGCAGUCUUGAGACACAGAACAAGGUUGAUGCAAUGGGGCAGCCGUGCUCGUUUAUUCAAGUGUUUCCCCCAGUCAACAUGAGAGAGGCAAGAGUGUGUGCCUUCUAACAUGCCUGCAUGAAGGAAGCAGAACUGUUACCCAUGAUACCUCUGCUUAUUCUGUUGCUUCAGCCUGGCUUACCAAUCCUCAUGGCAUUGCUGGGAUGAUGGACCACAAAGAGGGUAGAAGAGAAAAGGAGGUUCAAUUUCCCUCACUUGGGUGCAUAGCUGUCAACUUUUGGAUUUGAAAAUAAGGGAUCAGCAGCCUUAGUCUGCGGGAUAUCUAACAAUCCAGGAUAGCAGCGGGAAACGGCACUGAAAUAAGGGAAUUUCCUGCAAAAAAAGGGAAGGUUGACAGCUAUGCUUGGGUGCCCCUUUGGCUAUUAAAACUUCUUUUCAUACAUGUUUUAAUAUAUUGUUUAUAUGCUUUUAAAUAAAACAGUAUACACUUUGUGUGUUUUUAUUGUUUUAAAUGUUUUAAAUUGACACUUUUAUUAAUUGCUUCGGUAUGUCUCCCAGGAUGCAAUUACGAAAUGAAAUAAAGUAGACCUUGACACUACUUCAUACAUGAAUGUGACAGACACAUGAAUGAAUAUCAAACAUGUUCAUCAAAGCUGUAUCCGCCUUAGUUAAGUUCAGGUACAGUCCUGGAUGUUUCUUCCUUGCUUGGCAUUACUGCCGUAUUGCACGAUCCCAUUUCCUAAAAAUACUGCACAUUAGUUGUGUUUAAAAACACUUCCUCACUACGCUGCCCCCCUCUGAGAUAUGAUCUGAGAGGUGCAUCUCCCAAGAGGUAAAUGUUUGUCAGAGGAUUAAAAUCAUUAACACUAAGAGAUACAGCUUCGACUUUCUUCUACCAAGCACUCCAAUUUAGAGGAGAUAAUUGGUUCCAAUCCUUCCUUAAUGUGGUUCUAGAUAGGUUUCCACGUUUCACAAAACGUAUUGAAAAUGUAUUCAUAGAUUCACCUUUUACCACCACCAUUGUGGUUUUUAAACGUAAAGAAUCUUAGGCUUUUUCAUGUUUGUUUUCUUCCCUACAGAUAUAAGUUUGCCCAAAUCAGCCACAAUAUGCUACACGGCUGCCCUGCUGAAAGCCAGAGCUGUCUCUGACAAGUAAGUCCAGAAGAACACCUGUCCACCAGAAUUCUACUCUGCAAACUUGGCUGACAUUUAACAUUUUUCAUUACUGAAGGACCAUUCAUACUAGCAGGAAAAUGUUUUAUCAUGCCAUGUGAUGUUUAUUUGAUGUUGUAUAAUGGAGGCCGCUUGAACAUCACAUUUGUAUACUGCAUGGAUAGCAUCAACAAUGGUUACCUACAUAUUACUGCUGUCGUUUGUUUUUUUUAAAAAACAGCUGGUGUUCUCUUGGCCAUCUUCUUGUAUACAUAAUGUGACAAUUUUAUAAACAUAAUUUAUCCUUACCAGCAGAAUAAUUGUGUGUGGGGCACAUUAUUUAUUUGAAACAAGUAUUGUGAAUGUAUAAGUAUUUCUGGCAGGCAAAUAGUGGGUUAUCUCAGUCUGCAACAUAAAAGCUUCCUUAGGAGUAUCUAGGGUGCUUAGCAACUCACACUCUGCUUCUUCAGCUGCUAUCAAAGAUAUUUGUCAGAGAUGCAGGGAUUCAGCCGUUCGUGGGGGUGCUUGGCACCUUACGGGAUGAGCUCCUAAGAGCCAGAUUCUGCUCAGAGGUGGAAGCGCACAAAUCCCGAGCAGAAGGCGUCACGUCAUGCACAUGCUACCCGGGUUCAGAGCACAGCCCAAAGGGUGGGAAGAAAGCAGCAUGGGAAAGACCACUUUCCUUCCUGCUUUAUUUAUUUUUUGCAGAGACUUUGCGAUUAUAGUGUAUUUGCACUUUGAGACCUAAGUAAUUUUUUUUCCCUUUCGUUCUUUUUUUUUUGUCCUGUAGAUCGCCAGUACCAUCUGCAACAUCUUUCCUCCCUACACAGCGACUCCAGCUUGGGAGGGCAGGGCUAGGUUUGUCACAGCUUUCCCUGUGGUGUCUGCCUGCCAAGUUCAGCUAUGGAGUUAGCCAUGGGGUGUGAGGUGAGAAAGAGAUUGCAUGGUCUGGGUAUUCCCCACCCCCCGCCUUCCAAUCACUGGGGCAGAUGAUAUUUGCCCACAGUAUGGGCACACCACUAGGUAUGGGUACAGCUGAAAGUAGAUUACCUACUACUGUCACUGUCCCAGUGGCUUCGAGAACUCUAAAGCCUUCCCAAAAUGUAUUUUUCAAUUAAAAAGGAAAAAAAAACCCUUUGGAACAAUUUACUGGCAUUUUUUUUUCUUUUUUCACCCCUCCCUUGAGGGGUUUUGGUCCUGCUUUUAAAAACAAGCACAUGAAGCAAAUUUAGAUUAGCAGACAGAGAGAAAAGAAAUUGGACUGCUUAUACAUUUGCCGCGAUAAGUUGCAAACGUGUUUUCAACUUCUGCUGGGAUUUUUAGUCAGUAGCCUCUGUGUCAUUUGGUUGCUCAGCUUUUCCAUUGGAGAGUGCUAAGGCCCCUGCUACAUUGAUGCUCCUCUGAUGCUUUUCCUUGUGCUGAAGUUGACCUCCAUGCUUCCUGUUUUCUUUGUUCUGUGUAGAUUUUCUCCAGAGGCAGCUUCAAGACGAGGGCUAAGUACGGCAGAGAUGAAUGCAGUAGAAGCUAUUCACAGAGCAGUAGAAUUUAAUCCACAUGUGCCAAAAGUGAGUUUAUAAUGAGUUACUGCGGCUGUUUGAAACAAAAGCCAAAAUAAACUUGAAUGGGAGGUGAACAAGGAAGGGUUGGGGAUUUAAUAUAGUGCAACAGGGCAGCCAGUUUUAUGGGCAGGGUGUACAGUCUUCUGCCUUUGUCACUGCUGCAACAAGUACAGUUGUCGAAACCUUGAAAUCAACCUCUUUUUAAACCUCAGGAUUUCUCCUUUUUUGAUCUUGUAUAAAUAGUUCUCCAGUGUGUUUCAUACUCUUGCUCUUUGAAGACCUUCUUUUGGAGUGUCUUCUACGCCUUUAGCCAUUUGAGACUGCAAGUGGGAUCCUCUAUUAGUGUGUUCCUGCAUUGUAAACAGCUCUCUAUUUCUUGGAAAAGAGCAGAUCAGCGUAUUGGUCUAACCAAGCCGCCACAGUCUGCUUAAUUUCUUUCUCCAGAUUAAGUAGUGAGAGGCAAAUGUGAAAUCUACUAUCUGCAGUAUGUAAUGCUACAGGUGAGGAACUGCAGAGCUGUUCUACAUUGUAUAUCUGCAGCCCAGUUUUAAAAUGGCUAAGGCGGCACACAAAAAACAGGUGCGCUAAGAAUAUAGUGUUAAGGACAAUUGCACAAGCAAAGCUGAGAGCUAUGCUCAGUCUGAAAUUCUGACUUGACAACAUAGAAGAAAAAGUGGAAGGGAAGUAUUCAACUUGAGAGCUUGAUUCUAGCUGAUGUAAAUGUGCAAAAUGCUAAAGGAAAUUUACCCCAUCACUUGUGAAAAUGGCUAAAGGCGUAGAAGACACUCCAAAAGAAGUGUCUGGAAGACACACCUGGAAGUGAGGUACCAUUUUGUGUUUCAGUAGGGAAUGCAGGAUUUUACAUCAAGUGUUUAAGACUCGUGCUUCAACAUAUCUAGGAAAAUAUUGCCCCACAAAUAAGAAAAGGGGGCGGAGGGUUUAUUUUUGAAGAACCUAUGCUGAGGUUACAUUUUAGCAUCUCAUUCGAACUGCAGCAAUGUAUUUUCAACAUUGGACUUUGGCAUGCAUAGCUAAUAGAAAAGUCUGUUUAAUUCUUUAUAAACAGUAGCUAAGGCUGCAAUCCUUCCAUGAGGGUUAGUCCCACUGAACUAAAGAUGUCUUACUUCUGAACAGACAUGUGUAAGAUUGCUCUGCCAGUUGUAGAACUGGCCCAGAUAUAAAGUUGCUUCUGAAGAGUAAAUCCAUGUGGUCUCCAUAACUCAGGAAAUCAGCCUCUGCUGUCCUCCUUGUUUAAGUAAUUGGUUUUCCACUAAGCUUGAGGUGCUCCUGCAAUUAAAAAAUCAAUGUAGCCAAAAUGCAGCUUAAUUGGUUUAUUAUUUCAACCUUUUUUUUAUACAAAGAGAUAACAUCGCCCUCUUCCCACUUGGGGGAAUGUAGCUGUGUUUGUUGUUGUUUGCAUGAAUAGUAUUUAAUCAAGAUUUCAAGAAAUUGCUUCUUGAUUUGCUUUCUGAAACUUCUAUCAUGGGUUGGUGGGUGGAAGAGGAGAAAUAAGGGUAAUCUGCUCUUAUAUUUUUAUUCAAAUGUCUUGCAACUUCUUUCUUCAAACAAAAUGGCAAAUUCUAGCAUAUGACUGAAAGGCUCCAGUUUUUAAUCAGAGCAAUAUUCUUUCAGUGGAUUUUCCCUGUGCCUUUAGUUUCUGUGGAGCAUGAGUUAAUGAGUGCACGACCCUAGCCUGUGUUCCCAAGGCAUUCCUUGUUAUGUGUGAUAGUUUUAAUCAUGUACACGCAACAUGUUCAUCAAUAUAGGCUCCCUAGGCUAUUCUGACAACAUCUGCAAAGAGUGCACACGCCUGGCCUUGGACACACCCAGUAUGAGCACUAUGCUCAUACAAAAAGAUUAGUAUAUCUCUUGAAUAGUUUUAGGCUCGCCCUAGCUAUAGGCAGUGAAGCAGUAUCCUAAAUUAUUAAACCUCCCAGAUAGUGAAUAGCCAUUUAAAUGUGAAUUUUAAAUACUAUUCCUAUUACAGCAGCAUAAAUUAACAAUUAGAAGCAUAAUCAGAGUUAUAUCUAUAAUUUAUGGUAUAGUCAAUUUUGUUUGGGAUUCUGAAAUGUAAGCAAUUCAUGUCUGUCUGUCUCUUUCUCUAUUUAUAUCCUGCCCUUCCCCAGAAUUGGUUCCAGGAUGGCUUGUCCAUCACAGGAAAACAAUAAAAGUGCUUGAUGCAGAACUACAAAUACAAACUUCAAAGACCACUAUAAAUUAGGAUUUUUCCUUAAGAUGUUACAAAACUUAAAUGGAUUACUAGAAAUUGGCAGAAUUGAUAUUCAAAAUAGCAUGAUCCUGAAGAAGCAACUUGGUAGAAAUUGAUGUGUAUGAAUUGUAUUACAGUAGUACCUCGAGUUACAAACUUAAUUCAUUCUGGAAGUCUGUUCUUAACCCAAAACCGUCCAUAACCUGAGGCACACUUUUGCUAAUGGGGCCUCCCGCUGCCACCAGCGUGCGAUUUCAGUUCUCAUCCGGGGGCAAAGUUCUCAACUCAAGGUACUACUUCCGGGUUAGUGGAGUUUGUAACCUGAGGUACCACUGUACUUACGGUGGUCCUUUAGAGGUGGGUGAAGCAAGUCUCACUACAUUCAGUGGUCUUACUCCCAGGUAAGUGUGCAGAAGGUGCCAGUCCUGUACGGUUACCUGGAAGGAAGUUCCAUUCAAUUCUGUGAGGCUUACUUCUGGGGGGCGGGUAGGGAAUUGCACUGUCAAGAUACUUGUAGUGAGCCUUCCAACUCUAUAUCACUCUUUCAUUAUUAGAGCUACCCUAAUUAGAGAAUUUUUUUGCUGUUUUCAUAGUUAGCAUUUGUCUUUACAAGGGUAAGUUUUUACUUAAUAGUUCUCUCCUGUUGGCAAGGGAUGCUUCAGUAUACUUAGCACGCUGAAGAACGUGGGAUACUUCAGUAAUGCAUCAUCAAGUGCAGUUGGUGGUGUCACAUUUGGAGUCUUUAACUCCAAACAACCCCCUUUCUCCCUUCAUUCUCUCUCUGUGUAACAUUCACACAGAGUUAAUGAAUCAUGUGUAACUAUGGAGAUCAAAUGUAGGCAUUAUGUUCAUUGGCUCAGCUGAGACUCCAGUGAUUGCCAUGAGUUGACUGCAGUGCCCUAUCUUGUUGUUUCUGAUACAUUGAAUAAAAAAUGUACCAUGUUUCCUCAAAACUGUUAUGGUUUGCUGUAUUUUAAGAGCCUCCAGUUGCUUAGUUUCCUACAAGUGCAGCAUUCGUUUUUUGCCAUACUAUGUCUCCAUUGUCAAAUUAGCAAGUCUUCCAAUUUUGACCUAAACUUGUCUGGCAGCCACUACAAAAAGGGUUACUAAUUCUUUAAACAACAUGGCCUUUAAAUGCUGUAUCACGUUUAAAAAAAUGCAGUACCACCCAGGAAGCAGGUGCAUCCUGGCCCAGGGCAAAAUUUCAGGUAGUGACUUUGUUCCUUUGCGACUGUGUGUUGUCUUUCUGUUGCAGUAUCUCCUAGAAAUGAAAAGCUUGAUAUUGCCUCCUGAACAUAUUUUGAAGAGAGGCGACAGUGAAGCAAUAGCUUAUGCUUUCUUUCACCUUCAGCACUGGAAAAGGGUCGAGGGGGCACUAAAUCUCUUACAUUGUACGUGGGAAGGCAGUAAGUAACUCACUUUCUUAGAAGCAUCUGGCAGAUGAAUGCCAAAUGAUGCAAUAGCUCAUUUGCUUUUGACAUGCAAAGCCCUUGCAGGCUACAGAAUAUUGAUUGAGUCAUGCUAGUACCUGAUCUAGCCGCCUUGUUGCAGAAAUGGGAGCUUCAGUGCAUUGAGUCUCUCUUAUGUACAUAAGGUUAUCCUGCUUGCCAAAAUACAUAGGGAAGCAUGUGCACAGGAGUUCUGUGGCAGAAGAGGAAUGUAGUAUCGUAUCACAUCUUUAUUUUUAUUUACAUACUAUGAAUAGAUUAUCUUUUCAAAAUGAGAGCAAGAGCAUCAAAUGAUACUGAGAACAAUCCUAGUUGUUUUUUGCAUGUUUUUAUUUUGAAAAGUGUGGCCUAGAGAAACAAGUUUGAGAACCACUGCUAUAGACACUUACUUGGGAGUAAGUCCCAUUAAACUCAAUAGGGCUUCCUUCUGAGUAGAGAUGUAUAAAUUGCACUGUUAAUAUUGAUGAUACAGCACCUCUGUAUUCCUUCAAAGCAGUGCUUGGCUGCUUUCAUUUACAUCUCAAUUCCUCCUAAAGUUGCAGGGAUAUUGAGGUUCUGAAAUAGGCAUACUGUUUUUGUAUUAUAUUUAUUUGAAUAGGAAUGUAAUAGUAGAUGCAUGGAGAAUUCAAUAAUUUGGCUAAGUGGCUGGAAACUAUUUACAUCAGGAUUCAUUGAGAGAAGGGAUUAUAUGUAUUGCAAAUUUAAAUAACAAGGAGCUUAACUUGAUGUUUACAUGAUUGUGUUUUAUUAUUGCGGGAGCCUACAUCAGAGGUUCCCAAACUGUGGUCUGUAAAGCACAAAGUGGUCUGCAAACUUCAUUCAGGUGGUCCACGGCAUGUCUGCGGUAAAUAUUCGUAUUGAGUUUAAAUUGUAUUUUUAUUGCUUCUUCUAUUGCUCUUGUUGUAUAACAAUAAGAUGAAUACGAUGGAAGACAAACUAAUACAAUACAAUAAAAGAAAUACCAAAAAAAUCACAUAGUCCCUAGAACAGUGCAUUACAAUUACUACAACAGGUAUAAAAAUCAUUAAGCAGUCCACCAAGACCACUAGCAACUUUUGAGUGUGUGGGAAGUUUGGGAACCAUUGCCCUAUGUGACUAUUUUAGCAACUGAAAAGUUUAUUGAUCUUGUAUCUAAAGUGCAUUACAAUGUAUGGCUAUGUCACCUUCAAACUGUGACUGUUCCUCCCUUUCCUUUAUAGCUUUCAGAAUGAUCCCUUAUCCUUUGGAAAAAGGGCACCUUUUCUACCCUUACCCCAUCUGUACAGAAACAGCAGACAGAGAACUUCUUCCAUGUAAGAGUGAAACUUUUUCCCCCUUGUUUAAUUUCUAAGUAACUAAAAAACAGGCUGUUUCUCCAAGUGCCCUUCCCAUAAAAAAACUAUCAAGGCUGGGAAAUGCUUUACCCCACUGUUGUUAUUCGUAAGUAAACUUAUACAUAAUUGAAAAAUAAACAAUGCUCCUAGCCAUUAUAAUACGUAAUCUUGUAUGAGAGUUUUGACAUGAAGAUGGAUGUUUGGUUUAGCUAGAGAAAGAAGAAAAGGAGGAACUAGAGGAGUAUGUAAGAGCAACAGAGGUCAAGCUCAACAAACAUGCUCUUUUGGUGAACAUUUUAGGUGACAAACUUUUUAAAAAGUAACCUCCCUAGGAAUACUUAAGUGAACUGAGAGCCAGAAUGUUUCAAAUAAUGUAUUUUGCUUACCCUACCUUUGUGUUUGUUCUUUCCUAAUAUUUUCCAUGCAGCAUUUCAUGAAGUCUCAGUUUACCCCAAGAAAGAGCUUCCUUUCUUUAUUCUCUUCACUGCCGGAUUAUGUUCCUUCACAGCUAUGCUGGCACUUUUGACACAUCAGUUCCCAGAGCUCAUGGGAGUCUUCGCUAAAGCAGUGAGUAAUAUUUCCUCAUGACCCUUUUCUGGGUGGAUCAAGUGUAUGUGUUUGACUGGAUAAAUAGGACUGUAUGAAAUUUGGUGACAAUUGUGUUUCUGGCUGUACAUUCAGUCUGAAGGGCUAUGAUUCUGAGGGUGCUGUAACUAUAUAUUUUAAACGUUGUGCAGGAAAACAGACUUUAAUAUGGUCUAUUUUUGCAAUAAUUAUGUUUUACAACCCGAGCUAUUAGGGCAUCAUAAAAGUGCAAACCACGCACUCUUAGUUUGUCCUUAAGCAAAGUGCAUUAGCUGUCUAGUAAACUCUUUCCCCCUAUGCUGCAGUUGGCCCUUGUUGUUGAGACCCCAGUAAAAUGUCGCCAAUUAAAACUCUACCCAACAGCAUGAUGGAUCAGGACAAAGUUGUGGUAGAUCCUUAUAGUAUGGUUACCACAACAUUCAUUCUAGGUUACAUGUUGGAGUGGAAGCUUCAUUCCUUUUAUCAUGGAGCUGAGAACAAGCAAACACCAUACAAACCAGCAGUGGUUCAAAUUGCUGACUAAAUGGAAUAUGUUCCUGCUUGAUUUAACUACCCGUUUGAACUAUACUUUUCAGGGAAAGCUACGCUAUGGAGUAUAUGUGAGAGUUCUUUGUAUUACAAUGUACUAGAAGGAAGAUUUGCAUUACAUAUUGCAUGCCAAAAUACAGCCACAUUUAUGGCAGUCAUGUCUAUUUCAUGUGUGGUAGCAGCAAACUAUUACUUUUCUUUACAUGAUGCAAGCAGCCAGUCUUCCCUUAAACUGAUAUUGUAAGUUGUAGCUAUUACUAUGACGACUUAUGGCUGCUGCUCUUAUGGGUCUCAUUUGCCUUCUCAAACAAAAUUAGUUAUAAAGGGUAAUGAGACAUUUUUGACAGCCUCCUGGUAAAUAGUCCUGUCAAUAGAAUUAAGGGCCAGUUCAAAACAUUUUUAGAAUUCCAUAUCUUAAACAUGCUAACUCACUGGAUUCUGAUCAUAAAGAAUUACUGGGCAAUAAAAUCACAAAAUUUACUAAAACUGGUAUGGUGUUCAGAUCGCAAUACCGGUUUCAGACUUUUUGAGCUGGUGAUAAUUCAUACCUCCUCCCUGCAAUGUAUCAGCAGUUCAAAAAUUCCACCUGUGCAAAGGCUGCACACCUGCCACCUCUCACCAUGGGGAGCCUCCCUUAAACUGCUCUGCUGAGGGGUGGGCGGGAGGCUGCGUGCCCCUCAGCUGAUCAGUUUAAGGAAGCCACACACAGACCCCAUGCCUCUGGCUCAAGGGAGCUGAAGGUGUAUGGAAGGACUGAUCAGCUAAGAGGCAGCGCGUGCGCAGGCUCUUCCUCCCACCAGUCACUAUUGGGGCAACUAACCAGGAGGAAGAGGCAGCCUGCUCAAACAGCUGCCUCCACCAUCCCCUCUCCCUUCUGGCUUGCAGAGCUGAGGGGCAGGACACUUCCGCUAGGUCUGGAGGAUGUCAGCUUUUCAACACCGUGAUGUUGAAACAGAGGGAGGAAAAAGCUGCAUUGGUCCCAGCCCCACGAUGAGCUGGGCUGAAAUCGCUGUCACUCCCACUGAGGAAACCGAGAUGGUUUUACCCCCAGCGCCUGCUGGGGCCGAUGCAGCUUUUUCCUCUCACUGGGCAUUGGGGAUAUGAGCUGCUAGAGGGAUGGGCUUUCUCAAAGGUUCCUGCUUGCUUUUGCCCGAGCGGGCACACUGCGUCUUUACGCCUGGAGUGGCCAACCACCCUAGGAGAAAAGAUGCAGCCCACCCUCUCAGGCGAAAGCACAGUGUCAGGCUUCAUUUACUGGGCUACCUUUUUCUCCUGGAAGGAAGAGGUAGCCUGCCUGACCCCACCACCCUCCAAAGGCAGCAGAUGAGAGGCGCAUAUGGGCCUGCCUCAGCCACUUUGGGGGGGGGGAGUGUCAGGCAGGCUACCUUCCCCUUAGUGAAGUCGUCUAACAGAACCCACACCCCCAGCUCAUGAGGCCGGGACUUCUCCGCUAAGGGAUCGGCAGCUGCGCGCCCCAUGAGAAGUUUAAACGAGCUUCCUGCCCAGGCAGCUGAGGAAAGAACAAACUAUUGGUCCCAGUUGUAUGGUCCCAUGAUGGCAGUAUAUUGGGAGUGAAACUGCUGCUGCUCCCAAAUCUCUCUACCACCAAUGCCCAGUUGCAGCUUGUUUCUCCGUCAGCCUGCUGGGUGCUGGUUGUAGAGGGAGUCAGGAGCAGCGGCAGUUUCACAUGCAAUAUAUUAAGGUUACCAGAUGUCCCCGGGACGGAUUUACAAAUCAGCCCCAUUACAAAAUCCAUUGAAGUUGAAAAGCGUCCCCGGAUUCAUUGAAGAAAAUCAGGUAACCUUACAAUAUACCCCCAAGCGAAGCCGCUAUUGUGCUCUGGCCCAUGCAUUGAUACAUCGCCCAAGCCUACUUUCCACCCAUUAGCUGAGUGGUUUAAGGGUCUCUCUGGCUUGUACAAGCCAGGGCAGGAGGCUUGAUGCUGAGGCAUGCAGAAAGCUGAUCAAGCACUCUUGCUUGCACAAGCAAGUAUGGGGUUGGGCGAUGUAUCUUGGCUGCUUCUUCCUCACUUAAGGUGAGAAGGAAGCAGUGGCUGAGGUACAUUUCAGACAUCGUGCUACAGCAACAGAUAAAUACCAUGAUUUACUGAUAUAUCACAGUGUUAAAAACCAGAUACCAACUACUGUGACUUUCCCAGUACCAAGACAGAGGCAAGAAUGACUGAAAUAUAAAAACAUACCCACACAUAAUUAAAAUGUACAAUGAAGCAUGCCCGGUAAAGUAGCUUUCCAAGAAGUAGAGAUCGGGAUGAGAACAGUAAAGGGGCAGAAAGAGAGGGAAGUGAAUUCCAUCAGUGUGAGACAACAUAGCAUGACAGAUGCUAUGAGAAUAGGAAAAAACCAGAAUCUUGGGAAAACAAUGAGAAAGCAAACAAAAACCCAGGUUAGAACAAGGACAGACAUUAUCAAAACCAGUGACUAAAUAGAAGGCAGAGAAAAAGACAUUUGCAUACAAAUCAGAAAGCUGAUCUCUCUCAUAGCCCACAUAAAGUUGAUGUGUAUUAAGAAAACUACUUUAUCUUCUCCUCCUCAACAAAUGAUCACUCUUUUUUGCUUUGCAGUUUCUUAGCACUCUCUUUGCCCCCUUGAACUUUGUGAUGGAAAAAGUGGAAAGCAUCCUGCCCUCCAGUCUCUGGCAUCAGCUGACAAGGAUCUGAAGGAAAAUAGUCCGAAAUGACUGCCAUGACAUUUUCUGUGCCAACUUACUGUUGCUGACCAGAAAGCAUGAUUUUUUUAAAAAGGGAAGCAGUUUUCAGCUCUUCAUGGGUUGUCUGUUAUAAUUUUUGUUGUUGUACAAAAUACAUUGAUGUUUGGUUCUAUUCUAUUUUGCUUUCAGAAAACAAAAGGGGGAAAAACUUUGGGGGGAAAAUAAAUUUUGUGUAUUGCAGCAA